AUGGGUAAGGACUUAAAAUCGUUCCCUUACUCUCUGAAACUCUAGCUUAAGUCAAUGGCCCAUGCUAUAUGUUCCCUGUAUACAAAAGCUGUGGUGCAGGAAUUGGAUGCUGAUACAGCACACACAGUCAAGAUAGCUGCACUUCAGGGUAAUGAGGAAAGGAAAGAAGAUACUGGUUCACCCUCUAAUAGGAAUGAGCGUAAGUUGUGUAUUUGAGGGGGUUGAUGGUCAGAGUAUUGCUGCCUAAGGCAAAGGACAAAAUGGCAGUUCCCCUCCCCAUUCCACUUAAGAGAAGCAAUGGAACCUCAGUUCAUCACUAACAACGGGAUGGUGUACUCCACAACAACUGAGGUAGCAUGCUAGUUUAGGGGGUGCAAGGACAUGUUGUACAGCAUAUACAGCUCUGUCCUCCAACAGAAAAGAAUGGCCAGGGGGGCUCAGAAGGAACAGCCAAGGGGCUGCUUUCACCACCAUCUGCCCCCUGAGGUAGUCACCUCACUUUGCCUAAUGGUAGGGCCAGCCCUGGUUGUGUUUGAUAUUUUAUUUAUUUUUCUGCUCUGUGAACUUGGUGUCCGUAUCCCAAAGAUUAACCUAGUGUCCGUGGCUAUGGAAACACUCUGAUAUUCCUGUAGCAGAAGCAGGAAAAACCCAUCUUACUGACAGCAGUGUGGAGAAAGAUAAAAUAAGCAACAAAUGAACUGUUGCCAAUGGUUUUCAGACUCACCCGACUGUCCCCUUUACGGUUUACAUGCGGCACAAGUAGCCUGAGAAAUCAGCUGGGCUUACUCCCAGGCAAGAAUUGAUAGGACUGAAGUUUUAGAGAUACUUCUGGCUUUUCUGGUGGUGUUUUAAAACUACAAACUGAACAUUAUAGAUGAAACUCUCAUCUAACUUCUUUCCAAGAUUUCUCAGUCCUUUUUCUUUUACAGUUCACACUGCUACAAGCUAUGGUCAGUAACUGCCAGUUCCUAUUAUCUUCAGGAAGAUGGCUCCUUACACUUGAGAUAAAGCCUUUAGUCUGUGGUGAUUUAUCUGGAAAAGACUAUGUAAGAAUAAUAAAAAAGAGCAACCAUAAUUAUGAUUAGGCCCAUAGUGACUGAAAAAUAUCAUUAUUUGUAAACUAACACUACUUAAUGACAGAUAAUAUUAUUUUUAGAAACAAAGAAAAUAUCCAUUUAGAAAUAACAAGAAGCAUAAAAGCUACUUCAGAUUACUUUUUCUGCUACUCAUUAUCAGUUGCUGGUGUUUUCCAUAUUCUUUUUUAAAAAACCCUAUAAAGGCAAAAUGUAAAGAUUCAGAUUCGCAAUAUUGUGUGAAUGAUAUAAGGAUAUUGACUUUUAAGCAAACUCCAGUCCUAACCCUGGCUCUACUAGCUGGCCUGGGGAGCAGUUUGGGAUGAAUUGGAGGCACCUCUCUCCAUGCAUGGAAGAGCUUCACUGGUGAAUGAGCACAUCUGCUUAAUAAUAAUAAGAAUAAUGAUAUGACUGUAAGCAUAGAUCUGUUGCUGGUGGGUUUUUGACCAGCCAUCAGUAGGCCCUAACACUGGGCCUGAUUCUGGGGGUGGGGCAUGAUAGUGGUGGCUUUAGAUGCACUGGAUCUAAGCCCCUUCGUUCCUCAGAGAAGCCCCAGAAUAGCCUCCCUCUUCGUAUGCUUGUGUAACUAAUUCUACCCCCUAUCUAAGGGGAGGAAUACAUUUAGUCCUCUCCUGCCCUGGCCAGCAGAAGUUGGCAGAGCUUUGGAAGAGGCAGUUAAUUCACCAGUUCCACCCCAUCCCACAUAAAAUUAUGUUGUAAAUCCGUUCCACCUCCCCAGUUGUUUGUCAGAUAUAGUUAUGGCAAAUGCCACACUAAUUUCUGAGCAUCACAUGCCACAAAGCCCUGGUCCAGUGCCACUGCAUGAUGCCCAGAACCACAGAGUUGGUCUGCUCUAAGUAAAACAUGUCUGAUUACCGCGUAUAAAGAAGUCCCCCUUUCACAUUUUAAAAUUGUUUUAAACUCACAAUUCUGGGUGCGGUAGUCACUGAGGGGAAGAGUUGCAUUAAUUAUUUUUAUCUUGCCAUCUGUGAGUGUCUGAUGCAAGAGGGCACCAGGGUCAUGAUGACUGUGAAGAAAUUCAUUGUCAACCAACAUGGAUGCCUUCUAGUGCUGGGAAGGAUGCCUCUAGGCCCUGAUGGGCGCUAAACAAUAUCUGCAUUCCUGUAUCCAGGCCUUUUUGUGUAAAAAUAGUUUGACAUUUUUCUAAUGGCCCCCACUGUGAUGAAGACUGUGGAUUGCAACACCUAUGCGUGCCUGGGUGCAGCUUGCUGGUUCAAGGCUGGCCCAUGGCAUCCAGAAACAGCCUAAAGUUUCCCUAGUUCAGGUUGGGGUUCUAACGGGGUGGGGGCAGUACUACAUGGCAGGGUUUGUUUUUAGCCUGGUUAUUCAACUUCCUAUUGCAACCGAGGAGGUUGUCACCCUGGAUUUGGAUAUGUCAGUCCUUGGUGGAUUUAUUGGGGUGUUGAGUAUUCACCCUCCCUAUGUUAUCACUCCUUUCUUUUCAUUGCCUAUUGCCUAGAAGGAGCAUUUCUUUCUUUUUUUUUUUUUUAAUAAUUUUUUAUUAAGGUUUUAAACAACAACAAAAAAAGAAAAACAACACACACAAAAAACAAUACAAAACUUAACAAUAAAAACAGAACAUAACAAUUAAAAACAAACUCUCUUUUCCAUUUCCAAUUUUAGAUUACUUAUUUUCUGGACUUCCUCAUACCUCCUUUUUUUGUAUUCCAAUCCACAUUAUUUGUCCAGCAGUUUCUUUUCCACUUUUUUAAUCCCAAUCUUUAAUUUACUAAAAUGUUAAAAUAUUUAACUUCAACUUUUUUUAAACCUAAUCCUUACUCUUAAUGUCAUAUAGCUUUAAAUUUUUCCCUUUUAUUAUCAGAUUUCCAUUUCUUUAAACAUCUUUAAUCUUAACCUUUAAUCUUAAUCUAUCCUUAACUUUAACCUGUACAGCUGGAAACCACUUAUUUUCAAUCCAACAUCACUCUAACAUUCCUUAAUUUUGCAGUGUUUCUGAAGAUAGUCUUUGAAUUUCUUCCAGUCUUCCUCCAUCGACUCUUCUCCCUGGUCACGGAUUCUGCCAGUCAUUUCCGCCAAUUCCAUAUAGUCCAUAAGUUUCAUCUGCCAUUCCUCCAGCGUGGGAAGUUCUUGUGUCUUCCAAUACUUUGCAAUGAGUAUUCUUGCUGCUGUUGUUGCAUACAUAAAGAAAGUUCUAUCCUUUUUUUAACACCAUUUGGCCCACUAUGCCCAGGAGAAAGGCCUCUGGUUUCUUGGGGAAGGUAUACUUAAAUACCUUUUUUAAUUCAUUAUAUAUCAUUUCCCAGAAAACCUUAAUCUUUGGGCACAUCCACCAAAGGUGAAAAAAUGUACCUUCAGUUUCUUUACAUUUCCAACAUUUGUUAUCGGGCAAGUGAUAGAUUUUCGCAAGCUUGACUGGGGUUAUGUACCACCUGUAUAUCAUUUUCAUAAUAUUCUCUCUUAAGGCAUUACAUGCCGUAAAUUUCAUGCCUGUGGUCCAUAACUGUUCCCAGUCAGCAAACAUAAUGUUAUGUCCAACGUCCUGUGCCCAUUUAAUCAUAGCCGAUUUUACCGUUUCAUCCUGAGUAUUCCAUUUCAGCAGCAAGUUAUACAUUCUUGACAGAUUCUUAGUUUUGGGUUCUAACAAUUCUGUUUCUAAUUUGGAUCUUUCCACCUGGAAGCCAAUUUUCCUGUCCAAUUUAAAUGCCUCCAUUAUCUGAUAAUAAUGAAGCCAGUCUCGCACUUUGUUUUUAGUUUUUCAAAACUCUGCAAUUUCAGUCUAUCUCCGUCUUGUUCCAAAAUUUCCCAAUAUUUCGGCCAUUUGACCUCCAUAUUGACCUUUUUCAAGGCUUUCGCUUCCAUUGGUGACAGCCACCUUGGGGUUUUAUUUUCUAACAAAUCCUUAUAUCUUGACCAAACAUUAAAUAGCGCUUUCCUGACAAUGUGGUUUUUAAAUGCUUUAUGUGCUUUGACCUUAUCAUACCAUAAAUAUGCAUGCCAUCCAAAUACAUUAUUGAAACCUUCCAAGUCCAAAAUGUCAGUGUUUUCAAGAAGUAGCCAUUCUUUCAACCAGCAAAAGGCUGCUGAUUCAUAAUAAAGUUUGAGGUCUGGCAGGGCAAAUCCACCUCUUUCCUUUGCAUCUGUUAGUAUUUUAAAUUUUAUUCUAGGCUUCUUGCCCUGCCAGACAAAUUUAGAGAUAUCUUUCUGCCACCUCUUGAAACAAUCCAUUUUGUCCACGAUCUGCAAAGUUUGAAACAAGAACAACAUUCUAGGCAAUACAUUCAUUUUUAUCGCAGCAAUACGGCCUAGCAGUGAAAGCUUCAAAUUUGACCAAAUUUCUAAAUCUUUUUUCACUUCUGACCAACAUUUUUCAUAAUUAUCUUUAAAUAAAUUCCCAUUUUUUGCUGUCAUGUUAAUCCCCAGGUAUUAGAAGGAGCAUUUCUAACUCUGUGGUAAUAAUAUUGGGAGGAAGAUCCUUUCUAUCUUAAUAAAAGCAACCCCAAGCACUCUGGCAUGCAGUCGAUUUUCCAUUUUUUGCUAAACCUGGAAGAAAAGAGCACUUUAAGGACAGUAUCUUUCUUGUUCAGAAAGGUGCUUAAUAACGCUUGCAUAGAACAAGUUCAUAUUAACCUCCUUGCCGACAAGACCUUUCCCUGAUGGAUGAAAUGAAGCAUUGUGCGAUGGCAGCUGCCAGUCUUGUUAUCUCUCCCCUACCAUCGCCCCCCCCCCCGCAUAGUUUUCCCAGCCUUUAAAACCAGGCCAGGGAGAAGAGUGGAUUGCAAUUCAACAUAGCACAGCACUGUCUGUUCCCAGCUAGUCAGUGCAGUGUUAGCCUUGUUUCCUGUGAUCAGGCAAGACGUAGCCAUGGUGCUGCCUCUGGAAAAAGAAAUGACUAGGCUGAUUUGAUAUUUGUGAUGUAGUAAAGCUUUUAAAAAGAAAGCAAGAAAGGGAGCCAAAAUGUCGAUUAAUCAGAGUCUGCAGUGCUGUAUGUAAGUGAACUGCCAUAGGUACUUCUUAAACCCAGGCAGUGACGUGGGAGAUCCUCUUGGCUGUGACUAUUGGAUGGCUUCAAAGUGCUGGUUGCAGCCCUUUCCCAAACAUCUUGGGCCCUGCAGACAUUACAGAAUGUCUUCGCUAUAUCACCGCUUCCCUCUGAUUGUGGGAUUGAAGUCUCUUUCGUAUGCCAUCUUUCCCUAAAGUGAGAACAGUUUGGGCACAGAGAAGAGCUUCAUCAGUAGAAUCCUUUGCCUGGAGAGACUUACCAGCCCAUUUCCCUCUAUUCCUUUCUCCAUUGAAAAUACAGUAUUUACAUUCUCAAGGAUUUUCCUAGUGUCUGAAUUGUUGGACAUUUAAUCUUUUUGGUUGCUGUUUCUUUUCCUUUUCGUUAGGAUUGUUUACACACACACACACACACACACACACACACACACAUAUACCACCCUCCAGGUAUUUUACCUGUUUUAAUUGUGGUACGAAGCACCAUUUUGUAACUUGCUUCAUGUACUACUUAUUGGAACAGGACAACACCUAACAAAUAAAGUAAAGGUAAAGGGACCCCUGACCAUUAGGUCCAGUCAUGACCGACUCUGGGGUUGCGGCGCUCAUCUUGCUCCAUUGGCCAAGGGAGCCGGCGUACAUCCUCCGGGUCAUGUGGCCAGCAUGACUGAGCCACUUCUGGCGAACCAGAGCAGCGCAUGGAAACGCCGUUUACCUUCCCGCUGGAGCGGUACCUAUUUAUCUACUUGCACUUUGACGUGCUUUCGAACUGCUAGGUUGGCAGGAGCAGGGACUGAGCAACGGGAGCUCACCCCAUCGCGGGGAUUCGAACCGCCAACCUUCUGAUCGGCAAGUCCUAGGCUCUGUGGUUUAACCCACAGCGCCACCCGUGUCCCUUACCUACAAAUAAAUGCAUGCAAAUUAUGGAGUGGCCACUUAGGAUUUCAUGGGGUGGCAGCUGCGUCCUUGUGGGGAACCAGCCCUCUCUGGUGAGCAGCCAUGCAGCAAAGCUGACUUUAUUGCUCCUUUUUCUACCCACACAUUUCCAUGUACUGUAGUUUCCAUGCAUGGUCAGACUAGUUUUCAUCACAAGGCUACUCAUGCUGAACUAGGCUACCCAAUCAACUGGAAGGGAGGGGGCACAUGCCUACCUGGCCUCUGGUCCAGUUGCCAGAAUUUGAUCCCAGAAAUGGUUGUUAAAAUGCAAGAGAGAAAGGAGAAAUCAGAUUUAAAUAAUGUCCUGAAGUGAGGCAUUAUUAUUUUCAUUCAGUGUGCAUGAUGAACAUGAGAAGAGUCCUUAGAUCAGACCAAAGGCCUACAUAGUCCAGCAUCUUAGAGCUGAGCAAAUGCCUUUUCCCAUAGAUAGACGUGCCAUGCACCAAGGUGGCAACCUCUCAGCACUAGGACAGAAUUACUAGAUCUUGGAGAGAAUGUCAAAUCCAUAAGAAAGGGGUCAGUUCCAGAGCUCUGUUGUUAAAACGUUAGUGAUCAGAGAAUACAAAUAGGCUGUUUAUGUGAAUUUAAAAAAAGAUAAUCAUGAGAAGCAGCCUCUGCAGUGGCAAGCAAAAUAAGAACCCAUCACCAAUCUUUAGCUAUCUGCCAAGAAUUAUCAUUAUUAUAUAUUAAAUUUGUAUACCGCCCUUCAUCUGAAGAUCACAGGGCGGUUCACAACAUAAAGAAGUGCCAAAGUUGCUUGUAAAGGCUGUUUCUCAAAUGAAGCAUGACCUACAAGAUCAUAGCUCAGCUGCUGCUUGUGUCUACUCCCAUUCACACUGUGUGAAACCCAGUUUUUCAAAUGUGCAGUUGAAUUGUGAAUUCAAGAAGGCAGAUUUGCCUUCUCUAAUUUUUCAAAGGGGACAAUUUUUUUAAUUGCCCUUGCUUUUGCUGCUAUUGACUGAUGUUCUGAAGAAGAAAGGGGGGAAGCAAUGCCAGCCAGUUGUCCUUCUCUGCUUUUCAUUCACCCCCAUCCCAUCUUUUCUGGGCUGGCCUGAAAAUUUGGGGAAGCGGCUUCUUUGCCAUGACCACCCUCUCCAUGCUUCCGCAGCCUCUCAGGAGUGCCAUUUGGCUACCAGUAGAUCAGGUCAACUUUGUAGCAUGCCAACUGUUUGCCUUGCUUGCUGCUACUUGGUUUUGAACUUACCUUCAUUCAAGCAAACCUAGUCCAUUUAUAAGGCUGCUUGUUGCAACCCUUUGGGCUCCUCAAUUUUGUAAUUUGUUACACAAAGUGGAAUUUCCUACUAUAUUAUGAUCAUUAUAGGAGUGGAAAAUAUGCACAAAACACAAUGUAUAGGCAGUAUCUAACACCAAGAAGACAAACUAUGAUAGCCAAUGGUAGAUGCUGGAGGUGCAGAUUACAGAAUGCAGACUCUGCCACUGACAGUUAUCUGCAUCAAAGAUAGCUAAGUUGACAGGAUGUGGUGUUCUUAAGGAGGUUCUGCUAGAAAUAAAGCAUGUGUCCCUAUGCUCUCGUUGGGGCAACUUUUUUUGUUCACCUUGGCACUUGGUGGCUCAUGAUGACAUCCGUUAUUAACUCAGAUCUCAGGAGAAGCUCCGUUCCAUAUUCUGUUGCUCACACAAGUAAAAUCAGAAAGUGCAAGGAGUCUAGCUUUUUCCAUCAGAACCCCAAUACUGUGGAAUGUCCUUUUUGAGGAGAUCCACCAGACUACUUCCUUGAUGUCAUUCCACUAACAAAUAAUAACUUCCUUGUUACUCCUAGUGACUGAGCAGAAUUCAUGCUGCCGCUCAGGUUACUAUUUGGGAGUAUUAUCAUUUAUAGCGGUUAUCAUUAAUUUCAGUUGAUUUUAAAAUUACUCCAUGAAGAGCUGUUUUUAAAACUUAUCCUGUGAAAGGCUCCAGGCAGAGAGUGUGAUUUAUAGAUAGACUUAUUUUAUAGUGCCAGAUGCCCACCCAAAAAUAUGCUGUGCUUGCAUUCAUAAAAAGGGUGCAGGCCGAUGUGCUGCAAAGUUUAUUUUCUUCUAGCAGCAAAGCUACUGGAGAGGGUAGCAGGAGUGUUUGCUUGGCUCUGUUCUAUAGCCGUGCCCAAGAUAACUCUGUUCCUUCCCAGGUGCCAUAGAUGGCUGCUGCCUCUGCCUGUUUUGUUGUGCCUGUGAUACAACUGCCCACCAGAAAUCUAGCUAGACAAGAUUCUGUAUGCAUUAAGGAUCAGGAAGAUCAGGAACACAUGUGAAUAGGUGCUGAACGAAGGAGGAACAGUUAGUUAAUCAAUUCACUAAUUUCAUAAAAUGUAUAUAUAUACCAGUUGAGGAAAAUAUUCUUUGUCUUUAAUAAAUUAUUGAAAACUGCUUUUUUUAUCUCUUGCACUUCCCGUUUGAUGUUAAUUUUUACACACACACACACACAAAAUUGGGUACAGUGGUGCCCCGCAAGACGAAUGCCUCGCAAGACGAAAAACUCGCUAGACGAAAGGGUUUUGCGUUUUUUGAGUCGUUCCGCAAGACGAAUUUCCCUAUGGGCUUGCUUCGCAAGAUGAAACGUCUUGCGAGUUUGUUUCCUUUUUCUUAAAGCCGCUAAGCCGUUAAUAGCCAUUAAUAGCCGCUAAGCCGCUAAUAGCCGUGCUUCGCAAGACGAAAAAACCGCAAGACGAAGAGACUCGCGGAACGGAUUAAUUUCGUCUUGCGAGGCACCACUGUACUUUCAUCCUUAUGUAGAUUACUUCAUUGAUUUUUUAACUCUUUGCCCUUCUUUCUCCCUUUCCCAGUUGCAGGCAGAGGCCUGAUGUUUUUAUUUCUGUAGCGUGCCAAGCAUAUACUAGGCAUUUUAUAAAUGAAAAUAAUUGCGAUAAGCAAUUUUGAUAUCACAAAGCACCAUCUGAAUGCUAAAUACUAAAGUUGUUUUCUGGGUACCUGCUGUCUCCUUUUUCUACAUUUCUGUGUUUCACCUCAAAAGCAGGAAUGAUCAAGAGAAAGAACUCAAAAUACGAACUCCCCUGUUUUAGAACAAGGCAGUCCCCAUUUAAGUUGGCAAAUUCCCUUUCAGUCUUGUCUAACUCAAGGUCAAACUCUUUCUGUGGAGCUGUGCCCAUGAAAUGACAUAUCCAUGGCCAAAGAGAGGUUGCCCAUAAAUCCGAGUGGAUGGGGACUUUCCUGAGCUAUAAGUUCAGGUCUGCCUAAAUGUAGAGAAUGUGAAUUCUUUGUGCUCUGCUACCAGUUUUGACUCCAUUCUACUCUUUCUAUGCAUCCUGAUCCUAAGCAAAUUUCUUAAAUAGCAUAUAUUCUGUGACUGGUAUAGUUUGCAAAUUCAGGAGUUUUCCUUCCCACGGGCCUAGCCAUAUGCCCAUGCCUGGAAGCCGAUGGGAUAAGCGGAAAUUGCUUUUCAACAACAAUGAUAGUGGCAGCAUAUUACCUUGCCCAUAGAUCUCCUCAAAUUUCUUUCAUAAGGAUUUGGCAGCAGUAAAUACCAAUAAAAGGGAGCAGGGGAAUUAGGAUUGGGUCAAAGUUGAUUCUUCACACUUCCAUAAGAUUUCCCCGUAUCUCAUGCAGAGUUUUCUUAUUCCUCUUAAAUGAAAGUUUUGAUUUGCAGUUUUUACAGAACUAUGGGAUCAUUACAGGGAAGAGCUGCAGAAGGAGGCUCUAGAAAAUAAAAUUAGAGAAAAGAAGGGAUGUAAUAUAUUAUUGUGGGAUGGGGAGGAAUGGAAUAUAAUCUUCUCAAGUAGAAGCAAGACUAUAUUUCAUGUUCUGUAUUUCUAAUUCAGACAUGAGUGAGCAGGUAGUUUUAGUGUAGAAAUUUUCCCUGCUGUUUCCUCCAUGAAUAAUAACUUUGUUCUUGCUUCCUGAUUAGAUGUUCCAGAUAAAUAAUAAUGGCAGCUAUUAUACCUAUGAAUAUCUGACAGUAUUAUAUUUCUCAAAAUGUCAAAUAAGGAGGCAAGAACAAAGUUAUACUUCAGUGGAAAAUUCACAGUAUGAACCUGUUCAGACCUAGGAGGACUGAGUGAUUCUUUUUAAACAACAAAAGAAGUGGAAUUCUUAAAAUGCAUCUUUUUCUGCAUUCCAACAGAGAAUGAAAUAUGAGGGCAAUAUUCUGCUUAUGUCAUGUUAUGUGGGGCAUUUUCAUUCAACCACAUGGAAUAGAAAAAUAUUCAAUGAAUGUACAUAAAUUGAAAAUGUUAUUUUGAGCUCAGAUUUUUAUUAGAAGCAAGCAUCCACGAUUCAGCUGAAUGAUAGAAAAUAAUAAAAGAUAAGAGAGCUUUUAAAGAACAAGAACAUACUUAUGAGUAACAUAAAUAGCAGUUCUAUGAAUGAAAUCCAAAUGGUGUCUUUGUGCUUAUGAAAGGGCUUUUGACCUGGCACGUGUUUUUGCUAACAGAAGAAUGGAGGAAUUUUAUGCAAGUUUUGCCUUCAACCCCCAGCAUCCUGGGCUUUAGUACCCAGCAGACAGACCGGAGUGAAGCCCACAGGCUCAGUCCGGUCUGCCCACAGGGUAACCUGCCCACGAUUGGACAGUUUGUGGGCAGGCUACAAUUUGUGGGCAGGCUGGGAAGAAAAGGAGGGAUCGCAGGUGAGAGCUGGGAGGGACUGUUAUCCUCUGUAGGUGGUGGAGGCUGAGUAUCAUCAUCAUCAUCAUCAUCAUCACCACCACCACCAUCUGGGUGGGAGGCUAGGACUACUGAUCAAUGUCAACUAACAUGAAGUAAUUUUUAGUGAAUUAUGAGACUAAAUUCCAAAUGAAUAUGCAUAGGAUUUGGCUGUGUGGCUUAGAUCUUAUGUUCACUAUAGCCUUACUAGGUAGUAUACAAACAAGUGGCUUUUUCAUAAGCUUCCAUUACCUGACCAGUAACCAAAGGGGUUUGGUAUACAUAGGCAGGUGUAUUACAUUUCUCUGUUGCACACAAAAUCCAAAUGGAGUGAAUGUGACUCACCCAUAAAUGGAAGCCACUGAUGUUAAACUAGCAGAGCACUGAGAAUCAUAUGACACCAAAAGUGGGACAGUUUUAUUUUGUAGUGAGAAAGCCACCUCCAGUGCUUGCGGAGUUCUAGAGUUUCAAAUAUCCUAAUGAAUUCCAACUCAUCAGUUUCUUGCUGAAGACUAAGCUAGUAGCACCUAUCUAUAGCGAAAGGCAGAGAUUCAAAUCUGACUUACAUGCUGAUUUUUCUUCAUUGCCAAUGUUAACAAAAAGUGAUUUUAGUCUUAAUUUUUCUUUGGGAAGGUAUGGAAAAGUGAUUGGGCAUCAGAUACAACAUUUCUACAAGGUGAUUUGUUUGGUAGAUGAACGAAUGAAAAUUGCUUGUUCCUGGUUGAUAUGUGGAGUAGCUUUUAAAAUGCAGAGUGACACAAAGUCUGGGGGAGGGACCCUGGAAGUAGUAAGAUGUUUCAACAGUGGGAGCUUUCCCAUUGUCCAUUAUUGCAGAAUAGCAGAAAUGGGGAAUGUGUUGCACUCCAGAUUUUGUUGGAAACCAACACUCUCUAGCUCCAACCAGCAUGGCCAGUGUUCAGGUAUGGUAGGAGCUGUUCAGCAACACCUGGAGUUCACAGCUUCUGUGUCUCUGCAGUAUAGUUUUGUCUGAACAUUUACCAACUUUACAGUCUAGGAUCAAUUGCACCUGUCUAGGAUCAAUAUGCCACUUUUUAGCCUCUCUUAUACUUACGGGUGUUAAUGACUUUUGGUUUGCUUAUUUAGUUACUUACCAUAUAUUGUAUCUUACCCUUCUUCCAAAAUGGAGCACAGAGUGCAGCAACAAUCAUAAAAGGCCAUAAAAUAAAAUACCAAAAACUGACAAGGCAAGAUACUGCUGAGGGUGGGGUGGGCAGGCUGGUAAUGUUGAAAAGCGAGUCUACAUACCAUUCUAUGGGAUUGCAUGUAGUCACAGGCUACUGUAGGCCAGCAUAUGGGGUAGGCAAGAGAAUAAAUAUUGUCACCUUCACUAGCUGAAGGGAGAUGCAAUUCCAUUUGAAGCAGAAAAAACACAACUUGUAAACUGUGGCAGUGCAUAUAAACUGGAAUGGAGAAAGUCCUAAAGAAGCACUUUAAAAUGUCAGCUUUCACCAACCUGGUGCCCUCCAGAUGUUUUGGACUACCAUGCUGGGGGUGAUGGGAGUUGUGAUACAAAACAUCUGGAGGGUAUCAGCCUGGCAAAGGCUGGGAAAUGUGAUCUUGGUCUAAGGUACAUUUUGCUAAGGAGGUAUCACAAUACACGAUAAACAGUUCCAGAGUUUGGAUAAAUGACAGCAUUAAUUACCUUGAUAGAUGCUGAGCCGGAGGGAUUUGAGAGGGGAGACUACCGCAGCAGGAAAUCCUAGGCUGCCUUACUUAACAGCAUCCACAUUACAAGCAAACAGCAGACUUGGUUCAAGCAAAGACUUUUAAGUCUCAUUUCAGUGAGAUACAUUUAAAUGCGGCCAACUUUCCCAUUUAAUGACACUUGCAGCAUAAUCUUAUACAUGUGCACUCUGAUACGAUUCCUAUGGAAUUCGGUGUCUCUUUGCUCAUUACUACAGUUUCCCCCUAAAAGCUUCACCUAUGCUGUACCUUGCAUGCUGUAAGGCUUACAAUAACUGAAUAAUAGACUGCUACUAGUUAUUAUUAUACUUGUAUUUCAUAUGGAGGAGGUGGGUAGAGCCUGGAAUAUGCCCAUGUUCCUUCAAUGAGUUCAUAGCUAACUGGAGGUUUGAACUGGAGUCUUUGCAGUUCACACCAAAUGUCCUUUAAUGCUUCUGCAGCUGUUACUCAGCUGCCUCGUCAAAUCUAUGCCUAAGUAAACCAAUGUGACAUUCCCUGGUAUUGUGGGAGCCCUUAUAGUAUAUAACAUGCAGACUUGAGCUGAAGUGGCAUUUAUUUUACAUGAUUUUCUGUGUCCAUUUUGCAAGUGGAAAACCUCUUAUUACUUGAUCAGAUAAAGGUGCAGCUUCAUUCACAGCAGAAACAGUGGCAUCAAACUGUAGUGUUGCAUCAAUUACAGUAUUUAUAACAAAUGUGUAUGCUUACUGGGGUAGGUAUUGUGAGAAUAUACAGUACAUUAUAGUGAAAUCUAUAAAAUAAUAAAGCAAGUUGAAUUUAGAUUAUUUUUAUUUUUAUUAAAUUGGUAUACCACCCUUCAUCCGAAGAUCACACGGCACCUCAUAACAGAAAAAUACAAAACAAGAACACAAAAAAACAAAAGAAAAAACAAACCAAUAACCCCUCUCCCACAAACACCUUUAAAAGGUCAUAGAAUGUUUAAUUAGCCAAAGGUCUGAUUAUAGAGAAACUUUUUGCUUGGUGCCUAAAGAUACGUAAGGAAGCUGCCAGGCAAGCCUCCCUGGGGUGAACAUUCUACAAAUGGGGAGCCACUGCGGAAAAGGCCUGUUCUUGUGUUGCCACCCUCUAGGCUUCUCAAGGAUGGGACAUACAAAGAAGGGCCUCAGAUGAUGAUCACAGGAUCCAGGUUGGUUUAGAAACAGAGUGGUGGGCCUUGAGAUCCUCAAAGAGCUAAAGCAAAAUUCAUUGACAUGGAAGAUAAUACAUGGUUUUAUAACAUACACACACCACAAAACACACACAUUGCAGGUGAAGAUACAGUGCAAAUUGUGAUACGUAUCUUCCAAUAAAAUCUGGAUGAUGGCAUUUUAUAACAGAACAGGCAUUGUGGAUUCUUAGAACUGGAUUACUUUCAAAGGUUCUCCCUAGUAAUACAAUACUAUUAGCAGUACAACAGUAGUACAGAUACUUUUUUUCAUGCUCUUUUCUUGAAUAGCAUGAGCUUGGCAUACUUGCAGAUAAUAGCUAAAUUGUAUAGAAACCAAUAGUAGUCAUGGAUUUAUGGCUAGAAAAUGGGUGACAAGAUCCAUAGAUUUUUAACAAGGCCUCAUCAACCUUGUUAAGUUCUCCCACCCCCACAAAACACAACCAACUACCAACAGAAUGGAGGGACCAUUUACAUGGCAUGGUUUUAUUUAAUAACUUUGCAGUAAAUACCUGCUUUUGUAUUAUAUGUUCUUGUAUCUCAAAAGCCAGUGGAAAGACAAGUAGCUUUGGCCCUUAAGAGGGGAUGUCUCAAAUUUAAUAAUAUAAUUUAUGUAGUAUUUAAACAGCAAGGAUAGCACGUCCCUUAAAUGUCAUGUCAUAUUUCUUUUGAUUUUUUGGGGAGGGGGAGUGCUAUAAAACUUACAAUACUCUUUGAUUAUAUACAGUAAUAGAGUGGGUAGGUGAACCAGAGACUACAACAUUCAGGCUAUCCUAUCACUGAGUGUAGUAAAAAUAUCAAUAUUGUGCUAUGUCAAUAGCCUCACAGUGCACCAACAAGGCUCUUUCCAUCCUUAUGUAGGACACAAAUUACUUUGCCUAACAGCUUACUAGCUUCCCCUCGUCAUAUCUUAUUAAAUUAUUGUGUCUCUGGUUUCAAAAUUGCUUUGUUGUUUUAGUGGAUGGUGCUAGAUAUUUUCAAAAGAAUGAUCUAGUGGUUUUUGUCUGAAAUGCUUCUCAGUCCAGUGAUAUUCCAUAAACAAACUAUAGACUAUUCAUUAUGAACUUUCAAAUAAGAGUUGAUAUUUAUAAAAUUGAUGGCUUAUGGGUGGUAUAUAUUUGGAGUGUGGUAACCUCACAGGAACUGUCUGAUGUGUCUUUGUGAUGUUCUGUAUGAUCAGUUACAUUGCAUCUGUAUUGCAUGUAGCUAUAAUUCUGAGAUCUCUAUAUCUGUGAGUCUUGAUAUCCAACCUGGUUAGCCUUCCACUGACCUCUGUUUCCAGAUAACUCUGUUCUGAUCUAUAUUUCUGAGCCAUGGGUCUGUUAAAGCAGUGCGAUAGCAAGGCCAUUGUCUCACUCCAGCACUUCUAAGCAUUUUUCCUUUCGUCCCCACUGUGUGACAUCUGCAAUUCUACUUGUAAAUGAGUUCUAUAAAAUAUUAAUGAACAUAUCAGAUUGUCAUGCCAGACAUUCAACUUCUAUUUGCAGUAUUCUGCAAAGCCGCUUUGUAAAAAAUGAAGUAAAAAAUGAAAUGGGGCACCAAUUCUCUCUCUCUCUCUCUCUCCCUCUCUAUAUAUACAUGAUAGAACUACAAUUGUCUAUGGGGCACAUUCAUUUUUUAUUUUUUUUGUCCUCCUGUCAUUUCUUACGAAUUUUAUUUCGGAAGUGUUAUAGUAUUCUUGGACUACAUAUAGUAAUGGGUUGGGUUUGUGAACCAAAGACCCGGAUUAUGGAACUUCCUCCCAAAUGACAUUUGGCUAUCUUCUGCGUUGUCCUCAUUUAGAUGCAAGGUGAAAAUCCCUGUUCCUGGGUUAGAGGGAGCGGCCUCUGGGUGCACAUUGCAGUUCCCUUCUCCUCCUCCAACAAUUAAAUAUAUUUAAGAGGUCAGUAAAGUAUGGUCUUACUUAACUGUAUACUUAAUCUAAAUCGAGGCGCUUCCAUGCGGUACCCUGCAGCGCCCCCUAGGUUUGACGCCCAGUGCGAUGGAACUGAUCACACUGUCCUAAAUCCGUCUCUGAAAUACGUGUCUCUAUGAUAGCAGCUCCUAGUAGCAAGCUUCUUUUUAAUUAUUUUUCUGGUUCUGUAAGGAGCAAAUAGGUUGAAUGGAAAAUAGUCUAAAAGAAAAUCUAGCCAAUAAUUAAUAAUUAAUAGAAGUAUGGUAAUUCUUUUCAUUACGGCUAACAAUAUAUUCUUUCCACAUAUUCAAAAUGUUAAUCCUGUUUUCUCUGCAGAUUAUUUAUGCAAAAUAGUGCUUGAUUAUUGCAAAAGCCAGAUCCCUUUGCUUUUGACAAUGCAAAGUGAUGUUUUUCUUUCUGUCAAGGUUUGUUGCUAAAAAUAAUUAAAUUACUACUUACUCCCCUUUCCUAACCUUUGGUUUUAAAAAAUCAAAAUUUUAAAAAUGCACUUAUUUCUUUGGGCUAAUGUAACAGAAGUUUCAACCACUUAUUUUAAGAAAUUUUGGUAACUUGAUCAAAUGCUAGAGGAAGCUUCUAGUAUCAAGUCAAAUCCUCUCCUGCUAAAAACAUCAAUGCAACAAAUUUCCCAGUUAAUUAAUUAAUAUUGCAGGAAUUGCAUGUCUCUCAGCUAAAAGUGAAUUAAAGCUAGUCAGUUUGAAAGAGAGCUGUAAGUGAACAGAGGUAGAAACACAUUACUUUUGCUCUAGUCAAAAAGGUUUUGCAGGUUUUUUAAACUAAACACCUGAAAGUUAGAUGAGCAGAGCUCCCUCUUUUAAAAUGCUCAAGCUCCUGAGAAAAACAAAUUAUUAUUGGUCUUGGAGCCUAACUACUCUGAUCUUAUAUUAUGUGGUUAAUUUCUGUUUCCUGUUUAUAGUUCACUGUGGGUAUUCCAUCGUAAUAACUAUAAUCAGUGUGUUUACAGAAUCGUAUGACUCUUUUGGUGUUUUGUUUCCAAAGGAAUAGCCGGAUUAGAAAUGAAAUGUAUGAAAUAUAAAUAGUUACAAUUCAAUUAGAGCCAGAAUGUAUGCAAAAUAAGUAGUGUGAUCCUUUACCAUGGCAGUGAUAGGUGAUAAAAUAAUGGACUUGGAAAUGCUAAUUAACAUCUGCAGUUGGAAAGGAAACCACUGGCUGUAUUCAGGCCCAAAGGGAUAGAGUUGAACUUCUUGAUGAAUGGAAACUGAGCUGACAGGCUGCUGGUAGCAGACAAAAGCUUUUAUUUAAUAUUAAUGAAAGUUAAUGGCAUAUAAUCACUAUUAUCUUAGUGGGUUUUUUAUCAUCCUUAGUAUGUGAGUAUGGGACUUAGUUUGUAUAGAACUAACGUAAUUAUUUUUGCAAUUAUUUUAAUAUACAAGGAAGCAACUGCUUUCCAUGCAGUUGCUAGCAUGUACUUCACUGGCUUACCUUAGUGUCUGAAUUCCCAAAGGUGAUUAUUCUCUUGAGUUAAAUGUCAAUUCAUAUUCUUGAACAACCUCUUAAGUGUCUUUUGUAUUUGGAUGCAAUUGCAAGAAUUCAGAGUCCAGAGACUCUGUAGCAUAUUAGUGGUGCUGCAAAUGUUUUCAGGCACAAUUUGCCUCUCUUAGAAAAUUGUACUGUCAUUAGCAGUUGGGUAAAAGUGCAGUUUGACCUCUUCAAGACUGAACCUUUAAUGUGAAUUGCAGCAUUGUCUGUUUCUAGGCUAAGAGAUUUGUGUUCUUUCUGCCGUAUCUUCAGAGCACGCUAGUGCAAUAGGCUAGUGUGGAGACACCAGCUUGGCCAAGAUCAUUCAGGGACAUCCAAAGCAAGUGCUUUAUCGACUGUAGUAUCAUGGUCUCUCUUUCAUUUCUGAAAACUACUUGGGCAAUUGAUUAAAUUGCAUAGGAAAAUUAUGAAAUUGUCCCAGACUGAAAAACUGUUCUCUCAGUCAGUGUCCAGUCAUCAUUUCUUGGAAGCUGGUCCAAACCUAUACAAUCUUGUAUGUUAUGAAAGGAAACAUCGAGUUUUAUUUGAGAAAUAACAUAAAGAGACCAUAGUACUUGCAUUUGGCAGUUUAUCUAGCUGUUCAUUUAGUUCUUCAAACAGUGCUGUAACUGAGGCAGACUGUGGAAAGACCAUGUCUCUUCUGGAAAAAGUAUCUCUUAGCUUCUUUCAGUUCCAUUUAUUGAAGCUCCUUGUGUUUCUUGCUGCCUACUUGGUAUUUGUAGCCGGGCAUUGCUGUGUCACAUAUAGUUGUGUUAUUUAUUUAAAAUAUUUUAAUUUUAUAUUUCUGUUAAAAUAUCCAAAGCAGUUCAUAAAGGCAAUGUAUCAGAAAAUAACAGUGUAAUACAAUUUGAAACAGCAGCACCAGCAAAGGAAACAGCUGAAAAUCAGAGUGCUCUGACAAAUGCCCUUUAAACAUUGUUCCCUGUCCCUGAUAUCCAGUUUCAGUUCUUCAGUUCUGACUCGUGAAGAGAAGGUGAAAAAGUGAGGCGGAAUGGCUGGCGCGGCGGUAUCUUAAACCGCAAACCACGCCCCCACCAAGCCGCCCGGUUGGGCGCUUACCUGUGGGUGUGGUGCGCCAGCCAGGUGAGUGGGGCAGGGGGCAUAACGCCCCCUGCGUGACGCAGAAAUCACGUCCCGCCCACAACACCUCCCCUCCGGGAGGAGGAGAGGCCUUUCAGUUCUUCAGAUGAAAUGCAGUGGUGGGAGGGUGGUGGCUCUACCCUACCACAUGGGAUGUUACUGUUCCUUCCCUAGUGAUCAGAGUUGCAGUCCAACAACAUCUGGAGUGCUACAAAGUACCAUCUUUGGCAUGCCAAAAAUCUGCAAAGACUAAGCAAUUCUGGGACUUGCAGUUCUUUAAAGAGUAUGUUACAUAGACAUGUAUCUUCAGACCUUUAGAAGUAGGGCAAGUGAAUAUGGUGUGAGGUCUUUUGUGGGGGGCGAGGCACAAGAGAAAGCACUAAAGUCUCCCGUUUUGUCCUUUGGUCCCAGUCUGCACUGAAGGAUCCCGUGGCUGCUACUUUUUAACAUUUUAAAAAUGAGGUGGUGGAGGAACUGUUUAAAAUUGCAUUAUGCUUUGUAUACAGCUACUACUUGGAAGAUGUAAAAUGAUAAUAUGAAAUGAGAAAAAAACAAGACAAAAAUACAUUUUCAUGGCAUUUGCAUAUGAAAUGAUGUCUGAGUUUAGGAAAAUGCCACCUGGGCAUAAAGAAACCUUCACUGUGCAUUACAUUAUAACUUAGCAGCACAUUGUAAAAAGGUAAAGGGACCCCUGACCAUUAGGUCCAGUCAAAUAAACAGGUGGGCUCAUUUCUUCUGAGUCAAAUGUUGAUGGAUGUGUUCUGAUAACAUGGCCGGUUUGGGUAGUUUCACAUGGCUCCCCAACUAUGAAAUACCCACCCUGAUGAGGUUUACCAACAUGGUUUGUUUUUAGUUACCAGACUAAAACCUUCCUGUUUGUUUUUAUCUUUUUUUCCUGCAACAUGUUUGCUGAUGUUUUCUUUGGAUGUUGCAUUUUAAUUUUUGUCCUGAUAUCCUUAUACAGAACUGGAUUGAUGUGUUUGUAUGAAUGUAUGUAUCUCUCUAUCUAAAGAUAUAUUUAAAUAUACUACCUGACAACUUUAUUUUUUAUAUAAAAAUACUUACAUAAGGGUUAGGCUAAAGCUUUAUCUGUGGUUUCCUUUUUGUAAAUGGUUUGGUUGGUCAUUCUAUGCCAGCCUUCCCCAAACUGGUGCCCUUACAUUAAAUAUAAUAUUUUAUUUAAUAUUGUUGCAUGCCAUCCCUAUCUCUGAGCAGUGCAAGAUUCCAGGCACUUACCCAGGGUCCAGUUUCAUCCGAAUGAGGGACAGCAGAGACUGUAGUGUCUUUAGGAUAAAUGGUUUAUUCACAUAUAUCUACAACCUGAGCCUACGAUGGGGGAGCUCAUAUCAUUAGCACCCCAGAAGGUCUUGCUUCUCCCAUAGUCACAGCCUUGGAUUCAAGUAGAAAUCAAGCAUGUCUCCCAUUCUCAGGCUUCUGCCUGCUUCUAACCCACCUCUCUCUCACACCUGCCCUGGACUUUGUUCUUCUCACUACCAGCCAGCAGAGGAAGGCCCUCCCCAUUUGCCCCCCCACAACUUCCUUUCUUAUACUAAUGACCCAUACUUAUACUAAAGGUCAGUUACCAAGAAGCUGGCUUGGCUAAUUCAGCAAUGGAGUCCUCCAUUAGAUUGUAACCCUUGCUGGAUUGAGGAAUUAGAAGGGACUCAGACAUACAGCCUAACCCUCCCCCUCCAACUCACAACACUAUGUAUUAUAUUUUUAGAUAUACAUAUAGAAUGUUUUCUUCUCCCACCUGAAAGCCAGAAUAGGCUGUUGCUGCCUAUGGCAAACCUGGAUUUGUAAUAUAUGAAAUGGCUCAUCGUCUGAUGAGGAUGACUGCUCAAUGUAUUUUUUCCACCAAUAGUCAUGACUAAGCACCCUUUUUAUAGGCAGUGCUUAUGACAUCAGAUUACUUUGCUCUCCCUCACCUCUCAAUCCUCCAGAAUCACUUGUGCUGAUGACACGCUUUUCCCCAGCAACAUGACAGAGUUUCACAGGCUCUACUCUCUCUAAAGAUACUAGCAGGAAAUGUGGGAGUGUUUUUGCAGCAAGGUGAUUAUUAGCUUGGCCUCUGGAGCUUAAAUGAGCAGGUAUCACUGUAGCAACGAGUUUGGAGGUAUAACAGUAGCCAUUCCAUUCUGACUUACAUAAUGCUCACAUAGAAAUGCUUAAGAGUUUCCUUGGUGGACAUUUCUCUCUCAUAUCUAAGGAUAGACUAGUGGUCUAGAUAUUUGCUGCACAGGAAUAUUUUGUGGAAUAGGAUGCAGGCCUAAACGCUAGUGAAGAGGAAGUAUUGAAUGAAGCAGGGAGUGGAUAAGAGCAGCUACAAACCACUUUAGUUUCCAAUAGUGCUAUCCCCGCCCCCCCAGUAUCGCAGACCUGGAGGAUAUUAUUGCUUUAUUUAAGUAUAGAGAACAGUUGCAGACCCUCCAAGUGUUCCUAUAUUCCAGGGACAUCCCUGAGUUCUGAUUUGAUUCUGCAAUGUCCCUAUUUUCAUUGGAGAAAUAUUAGAGGGUAUGGAGUUAUCCAACUCCUGAGUCAUCUGAAGGCAAUCGUGUAUAGGGAAGGUUUUUUUAAUGUUUAAUGUUUAAUUAUGUUAUUAUAUAUAUUGGAAGCUGCCCAGAGUGGCUGGGGCAACCCAGUAAGAUUUGUGGGAUAUAAAUAGUAAGAUUAUCAUUGUGGAAUGGAAUGUCUCUAUUUUCACUGGAGAAAUGUUGGAGGGUAUGCAGUUGUAAUCCAACAACUGGAGGGCUACAGGUGAAAUGCACUGAAAAAAUACAAUUAUUUCUGCUAGAGAAAUUAUGUUAUUAGAACAUAAUUGUAAUUGUGGAAGAAAAUAAUGUAGCUUCUCCAGAGACUGAGCUAUGUAUUGCUGCGACUGGGGCAUAGAGCCCAUUUAAUAGACUUUCAUAUCAGCAGAAGAAAAUGAUUGGAUAUUGCUGUAUAGGCAGCCAAUGGUUACAAAUAAUGUCAAUGGUCCAAAAAUGCUCUUGGUUUUAUGCUUUUGGGGGGGGGUAUGUUUCUAAAUCAGGGGAAGGAACUUCAGGCCCACCAGCUGAUCCAUUUUUUCCCUGAAACCACACACAGGUGUUAGUCAGGUGAUGUCACUCCAAUGAGCGGGUGAUGUUAGCUGUGAUGGGUGGGGCAAGCAGAUCCCUGCAGAAAGCAGGCUUGAGCCACCUGCUCAUCAGCUAAUAGCUGGUGCUUUUAAUCCUACCAGGUUUGGCUGUGUGUGCUAGUUCCCUGCAUUCACACAAUCAACACCUACAGACAGCAGGAGUGACCUCCAUGUACAACAGCUGAUGCAUGGAGAAGUCAACCCUGCUCACUUUGACCACAGGAGGUUCCAAGUGCCCAACAGCCAGCUAGCUGUGGAGCAUUUGGGAACCGCUAUGCAAUGUGUUUUCACAGGUAGGCAAUACAUAGUGUAAGUCAUAAAGAUAUGUAGUUGACAAGUGAUUUCCCUGCUCACCUGUCAAAGUUAGCCCAUGCAGUGUGGAGCCAAAAAGAUUCCCCACCCCUGUUCUACAUAUAAACACAACUGGAACAUGCCACAUGUUCCCUAAACAGCUUACAAAACAUGGCAAAAAUAUGCAUUUCUCAUGCCUUGAAAUAUCUGGCAUUUAUUUUCUUCUCUCAAUUACUGUGUCACUUGUAAUAUUACCUUAACUUAUGUUACUUGAAAGUAUGUUGCACUGAUUUAGGAUUGGAAAGAAAUAUGCUUUUAUGUGUUUUUUCUAACUGCAACUUUGUAAUUUAUAGAGCCGUAAAUAGCAUUUUAUUCAUUAUGCCAUAAUAUUUUUAAAAAAUAUUUUUAAAGUUUCUGUUAAAUCUUCCAGCCUAACUAACUCAGGCAGGCUUAUAACAAAUUUAAAGCUACCUAAUUUGUUCAAUUUAUAUUUUCCUUUUGUCUCCACAGGAUUGAAAAAACGUACAAGGAAGGCCUUUGGAAUACGGAAGAAAGAAAAGGACACUGAUUCCACGUAAGUAUUAUUUAUGUUUAAACAAGUACCGGUAUUUCUGUAUUGCCAUAUGAAAUAUAUCAAGGCGAAAUAGACUAUGGAGUAUAGCACAUCAUGUAAAAUUAAAAAUAAAAUAUGAAUUCUGUGUAAGUAUUAAUUUAUAGAAGAAUUUCUAUACCACCAUAUCAUAAAAUAUAUCAAUGCAGUGUACACUAGAAAACAUCAUUUAACUGAUUAAUAUGGAUAAUCAGUUCAGGUGACUGACUCAUCAAAAAUUAGACAACUGCAAAGGCCUGUCAGCACAAGAAAUAUUCAAGAGAUGCGUGGAAGUCAAAACCAAGGAAACCUGCUGAAUCGCAGCUGGGGGAGCGUUUCACACCAUGGCUGUGGUGAUUCUAAAUGCCUGACCUAGUUGAAGCCAAUCGGGACUGUGCAGCAUGAGGGACAACUAACAGUGUUCCUCUUGAUGAUCUCGGUGAUUGGACUGGAAUAAAAAGGCUCAGGUGGUCCUUAGGUUUGUAGAGUGGAAGAGCAAGGGAGCUAAUGCUGAAUGGUUAACAAGAUUACACCAUUAACUCAUGAAAUCUGCAUUUUGACAUGCACAAUGGAAAACCAGCAAAGCAGUAUCAAGUAAUGCAUACUUUAAAAUACAUAGCAACCUUACACCUGCAUGAGUGAGACAGCUGUCUGAUAUUGUGAGAAUGACAGACAAUUUUGUGUGUUUCAAGUCAUGGACGUUUUAUAGGUGGCCUAUAUUUUGCCCCUUUAAAAAAGUCUUAGUGGCUAUGCUUCAUUCCUCAGAAACAUAGUUCUCUGAAAGCCUAGGAGUAGGCUGAAACUUUCUUGUUCUAAUUGCAUAGUAUAUCUAUACAUGAGCCUUGACAGUAGGCAAAGGACAUCUCUUAGAAAGAGAAAACAUUCUGACACUUUUUGUCUAUGCAGAAUUGUCCUGGCUUUUCAGCUAUACUUCAGUGUCAUGGUGAUUGUUCACCAGCUGAGGUUUAGAACAUAAUGGGAUUGGUGAAUAGCUUUUGAUGUUAAGCUGUUUUGUAACAUGCGAUGCUUAACCUUUCUGGAUGAUUGGGGGGGGGUUGAACUAUUUCAAGUGUUUUCCUGCCCUCUAUUUCUAUAGCAUUUUUAGGGGGCGGGAGGUACAAAUUGAACUAUUUCCCCCUGCCCUGAAAACAGAGUGGGAAAGGGGUGUCCUGGCUCCCAGUUGCUCAAGAACUGGAAAGAGGAUUCUUUCCAAAAGCUUUAAUGUUUAGAUUGCUGUAUACAUAUGCAAAUCUUCAGCUUAAGCCAUAAUAGGCAAUACACACUAUUAUUCCUAGGUACAGCUACACAAAAGGUUUGGACAGUUGAUCUGACACUAACACACCCCCUUGCUGUCUUUUAUAUAGGAUUGGGACAUGCUCAACUUAGUGCAGCAAAAAUUUCUGCUCUUCGGCAAUCAAUCUCUCACUACACCCAGUAGGCAGAAUAAUCUGUUCCUACCCCUUUAGCUCCUCCUGGAGGACAGGGGAGGUGUCUUUGCCUCCCCCCCCCCCCGAGAGCUGGGUGGGGCUGGCAGAGGCAAGGCUACUCUUCAUGUCUGAAAGCACCAGUUUAAGUGGAGCAAUAGGCACCGUGAAAGAUUCAGGGAAAGGCUCUGGUGGCUGUGGAGAGGAAAGCAUGGCUUGUGGAUCUUGUUGUGGAAAUGGGUGAGGCAAAAGAGCAGGUUGAAUUCUCUAUCCCACUUGAGCCCUUUCCUGGGUCCUUGGCAAACCAUCCAUCUGUAUUGUUCUGACUCAGCCAGCCCAUGAUGGGGGGGGGGGAGAGAGAGAGAGAUUGGCCAUACUGUCUUUGUCCCUGUGAUUAUUGCAGGUCAGUUUGUCAGUUUCUUGGGUGGUUUGGGGAUUUGUUUAUGCCAAAUUCUUUUAGUGACCUGGGUGAAAGUGAACAACAACGUUAGUUCCCAAUAACCUAUUUACAAUCUGCCCCAAGUGUAGGGAGAAACAGUUGUUGCUUCACCUUUAAAGGUGUGUGCCUCUACUGCAGCCCUAGCCUGUGAAUGGGUUGCUUAGCAACAGGUAAAGGAGGUUGCUGCAACUACAGAUUCAUUUAAGCUGACAGAGAAUCCACCUUCAGUGCCUGAAGUUGAUCAAUGCUACAGCUCCAUUUCUGGAACAUGUGAUAUAAUAAGGAUAAUGGUUCUCCUGAACAAGGGACAGAUUCCUCACCACUAACUAAAACUAGCCUUUGUCCCAUCUGAGAUUAGAAUCUUUGACUUUCUCAGCAAGUUUGAGUUCUGGCACUUCUCUGAUUAAACAUAUGCCUUAUUUACCUAAAAAAUGUAAUGCAUGUGCACAACAAACCCUUUGCAAGCAUGGAUGAUACCCAAUGUUCGUCAUUCUCAAACUAGACCCACUGAAAACCAACAGGCCUAAGAAACUUGUCCAUUGAUUUUCAGUGGGCCUAAACCUGAGAAUGAUGAACAUUGGAUAUCACUUUAUAAGUUCAACUCCACCGCUGUAUGUCUAUGCAGUAGCAAAUUAUUGUUUGCUGCCAUUUAAUAGUGAUCAUGGCAAAAAAUACAGGGCAAAUUGAUUAUUUUUUUAUUUAUGACAUUUUGAAAAUUAAAUGUUUGGAUUUGUAUUCUUCUAAGCAGGGUUAACUUGAGCAACAAUCCCUAAAACGUAAGAGACAAUUAUUUAUAUUUCCACUAUAAGACUAUUAGUGGAAUGUUUGUUGUUCAUAUGAAACAUUAGGUGAAAGGGGAGCAGGACCAACUGAACAAAGAACAUCAAGAAGGGAGCAGGCAGAAUUGUGUGUUUUAAAUUAUUACUCACUGAUGUGUCUGUCUAACAACAAAGCUUAUACCAGCUCAUACCUAAGAACCGCCCCUCCCCUGCAAGCUUCAGUGUUGAUAGCGUGCAACAAUGGCAAAGAGACAACAAAAACUGUUUUAAAUAUUUUUCUAUUUUUCUCUAGAGGCAAUUGUUGAGAUAACAACUAACCUUCUACAUUGCAUCAAGCUGAAUGCCCGACAUAAUCUUUAAUAAUUUAAGUUUCCCUUUUUAUGGGCACUCUGGGAGCACUAAUGGUAUAGCUUUAUAGUAUCAUAAAGUGGAAGUGUGUAAUUAUAAUGGGCUGGUCGAAAAUACAAUUUUGAAACACGUAAUUUAGCAGAGACAUUAACUGCUGAAGACCCUUGUGCUGUUUUCCUGUUCAGGCAUUAUGGGUUUUUCUUUAUGUUUCAAUAUGGAUCUCCAACUAUGCAGACUUACAGAAGUGAAAUGAGCCUUUUCUAAACCUCUGUUGUUAAGAAACUGUAGGGGUCUUGUGUUGUCAGUACUACUACUCUUCAUAUAUGUCACACAAUCUUCAUUGUGUUCAGCCUGACAAAUAGCCUUCUGCCGGCAAGCUGUUAUUUAUUUCAUAGAUAGAAAUUUGAGGAAAAGGGAGAAGCAUUCUUUGGGUUGCAUCUUAAGAGUAUGUAGAGAGGGUUUGGUGUUGUUUAUACCAGCCCCUAUGCCUUAUGUACCUGACCCUGGCUCCUCCAUUUCUGACUUUUGUAAGUUUACUGCGAAGAUCAGAAGGGAGGUUAUAAACACAUUCAGCAGAACAUGCGCCUAAUCUAACCCAGAACAGAAACUCUGAAGGUCAGAAGUGGAGCUGACAAGGACAGGGUUCCAUGUUCAAUGAGAGAAGAUUCAUUAUUUAUUAAAGUAUUUUUACUCUACUCUUCAGUCGACCAGGCUUCCAGAGAUAAAUUAAAACCAGUGAUAAAACAUUUAAAAAGUAAAAAUUAUGCAUGUGGUCUUUAAGAGAGCUGUUCAAGAAAAGUGACCAUAUAAUAGCAGUUUGCUUCAUAUCAUCAUCAUCACCACCAUCACCACAAGGCAGUUUCUUGAGGUGAUCUCUGAGAGGGGGAGAAAGGGCCUAGAACAGCUGGUGAGGCAGCAGGUAGACAUGGCUGUGGUGGUAGUUUGCCUCACUGGCUGCCUCUUCUUCUGUUCAAAGUCAACUAAUCUAUGUCGAUUUGAUUAAAAAACAGUCCCACAUUGUGUCUCAACUCAAGUCGCCUUCAUGUGUGAAUUGCAUAACUGAGCAUGAUAGGAUGAAUGGAGCAGUGGCACUGCCUCACUGCCUCAACCCUGAGGUCAUGCAGCUCCUUCGCCCUUUCAGUAUGUUAGGUGUGGACAUAUUUCCAUAUGUUAUGGGACCCCAGUCACAUAGGGUUUCGGAACACGUGGGAGGUUUGUGCAUGAAGAUGUCUAGAGGGACUGAGGCACAGAAGGCUUGAAGAGCAGCAUAGCUUCAAGGUGGAGGAUAGUGGCAUGGCCCUACAGCACUUUCUAUGCCCCUUUUAUAUGAUUCAUGUGUGAAAGAGUCAAUAUUGGCUGAUUGGUUUGCAGUGCAGAACUCCAACCUUUAAAAAUAAUGAGGAGAAAGUAUUUCCAAAAAUUUAAUGCAGGAGGUUUGAUGUUUUAUAGUCAUGGUACAUAUUUUUACUUUCUUACAGAGGAUCACCAGACAGGGAUGGAACUGUAAGUAUUUAAAGGAAAUUAUAUAUUGAAUUAGUCUUAACUUUAAAUUAGAUGUGUCUAAUGGAAAAUGCUUCCCCCAUCCUGUGAAUCGUCAUAAGCAAUUUUGAACCCUUUGCCCUAUUUCUAUUUUAAUAUAGUUAAUAAUAUUAAAAUGAUCAAUGUUGAUACACUGUCUGAUGUGCAUUGGCUUAUAUCCAGUGUCUAAGGCCCUUCUCUCAAAACUUUUUUGGUCAAAGGAUUAUCAAGUGAGAUAAAUUUUCUAAUAAUAGUCAUAAAUACAAUGAAUAAAGACAAAAAAUUACAUGAAAGAUGAAGAAACAUUUAAUACCUGCAAAUAUUUUAAAUUGGUUAAAAAUAACAAUUCAGGAAGCCUUCCUGUAGAGAAUAGAAAUAGGAGAAGGGUUGCUGUUGAGUUACUGUUGCUUUUAUUUAUGGUUUUAGGUUUUCUGUCUCUGCUAGAACUGGACUUUAGAAGGAAAUGUACCACAUCAGCUAUUAGGCUUUAAGUUUGCAAUGAAGAAUGUUGGGCUCAGAUAUGGAUUUUACUUCACUUUUUAUUGAUUCCUGACUUUAAAACUCCCAUUUAAAUUUAUCUUGUGAAGACUUUAAGGAAAAUUGGAGCAUUUGUUAGUCUUCACCAGAUUUUCAGCAGUGGAAUGGAAACACUACCAGCCAUAAACAAUGUCAUUUCUCUCCUAAAAUUAAAGGAAUUGGAGUAGUAAGGGCCUUUCCAGAUGAUCAUUAUUUUGCAUAAUAAAUGAGCUGUUGUUUCAUUGGUCUUGAUUCAGAUGUCUUCCUUAAAGAAAAUGCAUCUGUGUCUGGAAUAGCGCAUUGUCCAAGCAUGUACUAUGUCAGUGGGGAAAUUGGGUUCUUCCCUACUUAGCAUGUCCCUUGCUAUUUCGCGAGUGCUUUGCAAGGAUGCAUUGCAUGAGUGCCACGACCACAGAUAGAGAGCCAUUAGUGAUGAGUGCUGACUUCCCUGCCUGUGAUCAUGUUUCUUCAUAUUUCUGGUGUUUAUUGUGCUGUAUCUUCACAAACAGUGGCAAAACAAACGAAGGCUGCUUUUUCUUUUCUUCCUCCUGCAGCAAUGCUCUAUUGCAAAUCCCCUUUUCCAUUUAUUUACGUAGUUCUUAGAAGGCUAUGCCAUUCCUUCUCCAAUACAGGACUGGACAUGUCCUGUAGGUUUUUAUUUUUAUUUUUUAAGGGCUGAGCAUCUGUCCCCUAUACAGCAGAAAUGUAUAGGGGGGGAAGAAUGGGGGUGAGAGAACUAUACAACUUUAAAUGGGGUGAAAUAUCAUACUAGUGGUGCUGGAUAGAGGCUAGCCCAAUCGUAUCUUGAUAAAUAACUUCAAGGGGUUGGUGGGGCUUUGUCUUCUGGAAAGGCCCUACUAAUUUUUUCUUUCUUUCAACUUCUGUCUAUUUAAAUUUCUGACCCAAGAUCCUUAAUCCUAAACAUAUUUACUUGCAAGUAAAUAUUAAUGAUUUCAGAAGAACUGAACAUCCAAGUAGAUGUGCUUAGGGUCACAGCUGUAGAUUGAAAAAAGCCUGCAUCCACACAUCCUUCUGCAUCCCCAUUGUGUUUUGUCAAGCGCUUUUAGCUUAAAGAUUCAAAAAGCAGACCACAUUUGGAACUCUAUACCGUUUUUAAUGGUUCAGCCAAGGCUCUGUUCAGCAGAAGAAAAACAACGCUGUUCACUUUCCCGACUUGCACGUUGAUUCAACCCGCAGUCCCCGUCUGUGUUGCACACUUAAAGAAGUAACUGGUGCACUGCCCCUUCAGGCACUUCACAUACCCGAGAUCAUGUAGAGAGUCCCCACAUGCCCCCCUGUUGUCUUGAAGGAGAGAAGUCUUCCUAAUGCCCCCAUGAGCUGGAAUUCCUGAGCAUGCAGGGUUCCAGCUCAUAGAAACAGCCUGCACACAUUCAGCAGUCUUUCUCCUUCAUUCCUGUCCCCAACAGAUCAACAAUGUGGGACUGGAAGAGGGAUGAUAUGAUAUGGAGGGAAAUACUUGGUGUAAAAAGGGAGGAAGGGAACACAGAAACCCCGUGCAAGAAACAAUCUCCUCACUUGUUCACCACCACCCAGUUAAAUUUAGCACCGAAGUGAUGAACGAAAGGCAGAAGAGGAGACUUUUUUUUGCAGAUAUGGGCCAUAUUUGCACUAUACAUUUAAAGCAGUAUCAUACCACUUUAAACGGUCAAGAAUCCUGUGAACUGUGGUUUGGAAAGGGUGCUGAGUUGUUAGUAGAAUCCUAUUCCCCUCACAGAACUACAGUUCCCAGGGAGGCAUUCAGUGUAGUGCUAUGGCUAUCAUUCCAGCUUGCCAGAUGGCACAACCCCCCUCUCCCCAGCUCUGUAUGCUAUUCUAGGGGUUCUCCUGACACACACGCCUGAGCCUGUUUGGAGACACUCAGGAGGAGAAGAGGAAAUCCCCAUUGCACUAGUGGGAGUCCUUGUGUGGGCUUCCAUUAGCAGGACUAGUUAGUUGAAUCCUGCCUGUAAAGUGGCUUAACUCCCUCUUCCCAUAGAACUCUGGGACUGUAGCUCUCUGAGGGAUGCUGGGGUCUCCUAGUAACUCCUAGUAACUCUCAUCCUCUGUGAGGCAAGCUGAGCUGCUGAGCAACUUUUUUUCCUUGGUGUUGACCACGAAUGAUAAAGGGCUCUCUCUGUCCAUGCUGGUUCAUGCACUGUCACCACCUCGGUGUGUUCAUUGUGACACACUAGUGCUUUCCCAAGAUUUUUCAUUUAAGGCCUUCACUUCUACGUUUGUUGAUGAUGUUCCUCAUGUAGCAUUUUGCUUUUCGGAGGCUAUGAGAACAAUGCUAACUUCAUUUCUCAUUUAGUACCAAAAAAUUACAUUCUCUUUAAAAUUGUACACAAUCCCUUCUCACGUUAAGAUUAAGAGAAGGUGCUUACUUUGUGAAACAUGAACCUGAAGAAUUUAUUGUGCUGUAUUUAGUAUAAUGUAGCCUUAUUUUUAUGCUGACUUUGGAAUUAUGCGCUUGCAAUUUUUAAUCAGACUAAUAAAGAAGAAGAAGCUAAAUGACCAGAAUUUUAAAGUAUGCUUGAAAACUGUUCAUGUUAUUGGCCUGUUUUUUAAUUACUUUGUAGACUAGAGGUCAUAAAAGACUGUAGGUGAUGAUCAAUAGGAAAAGAGCUGGCACUUAGAGAACGAUCAUAUUCCGUAGAACUCUUCAAGACUUACUUAAUACCAAAACGCUGCUAACCUUUUUCUUGCACAAAACCAGGAUGAAAACACUCACUGAGUCACUUCUUGUAGGUAUGUGUUCAGUUACAAAAGAAAUGCUGAGUUAUAUUACAAGACUCUAAGGGCCCACUGCAAUGGCUGCCACAUUAAAUAAAGCAUGUUCUGCAGAAUUGUAUGAGGACAUAGUUCUGAAAUGCAUGAAAAUUUUAUGUCUUGUAAACAUCUUACUCAAAGGAAAUAAGGGGAAAACAUUUAGUAUUAGAGAUAAUUGUCCAUGCCACUCAGUUAUAAGAGAACCAGUUUCUGCUGAAUAGAGACCUAUCAUAUGUUCCAAAAUAGUCUGCUGACAGCAGCAUUUACAUUUGGCAAGUAAUGCCUUUGAAAAGUGCAUUCUGAGCUUGCUUACUCCAUGUAGAUUCAUGUGUUUAAAAAAACCAAACCACCCAAUACUUUAACCCUUUUUCUAUAAAAAAACAAAAUCCAUUCCAGCCACCCAGCCCUCAUCCUCAUGAUCCACCCUCCAAUAACAAAGCAGAGUGUGCACAGGAAGGAGGAAAAUCAGUUUCGGUAAGGACAUGAAUAUUGGUUUAAAGCUUCCCGGGGGUUGGUUGGAACAAUGUGUAAGCCUGGCCAAAAAAAGUUUGCAUGUACAAAUGUAUGUUUGGCAUUGUUUAUGCAUCACUUACUUCAAUGUAUUUUUUUACUCCAGGUGCUCUGCAUAGGAUGCCCAACCACAUAUGUUUUUGCCCCUGUGAUUCUGAUGUGUUUCUGUGUGUCCAUAGAUGUCUAAUUAUGUUUAGGUACUCACAAUGGUUUCCUAAUAUUCAGUAGUAUUUGGAUCAUUUGUGAUGGAUACAGGUAACUAGAAAUAGAAAUGGAUUACCUCGUGUGCCAGGCUCACCUUGAAAACUACAUUCAUAAGAUAAAUAAUACAGGACUGCGUUCAUAAUAUGCAUUAGGAAGUAGAUAAUUUCAUGGAUAAUUUCACACGUAUCAUGCAAAAAUGGAAUAUUUUAUAGGACAUUCCUUGAAUGUUGAAGGUAACAGCUGGUUGAAAUGAAAUAUUUGAUUGAUAUCUGAACAACUAUAUGAUUAUUUUGUAGCUUUCCUCCUCCUCAUUAGUCUACUAUGUAUUGUAUACUUCUCCAGGUUUUGUAAAUGGCUCAAGACUAUGGGAAGAAUUCAGCAUUGCUCUAAGGAGUUGAUUCCAUCACUACAAGCAUUUCACCCUCUUCUCUCCCCACACCCCUGUACACUGUUUUGAGGGGUUCCCUGGUGCCCCCCAGCCAAUUUGGGAUUGCACGGAGAGGGAGGAGUGGGAUCAUGGAAGACCUUCUGCUCAUUUCCACUAGCAGGACUCAUUAGUUGAAUCUGGCCCACUAUUUGAUCACCUGACCGCUUUGGUUUCGAAGGCUUCAGAAAUGAAGUACAGCAUAUUAAAGUAAUUGUAACAUAGGAGGCUGCCAUAUACCAGAUCAUAUUAUUAAUUUCCAUUUAAUCCAGUAUUGUAUAAUCUGACUAGUAGCUGCUGUCCAGGUUCUCAGGUCUUGCUACUUGACCAAUGCCAGAGGUUGAACCUGAGACCUUCUGCAUGCAAAUCACAUGCUUUCCCACCAAGUUGUAGCUCUAUCCUCAUUUGUCUUGCCCAUAAGCCGUAAUAUCUUGCAGCAUGGUGGUCUUUCCUUGCAAUUCCUGCUCCUGGCUUAUCAGGUUUGAAAAAUUCAAGAGUUCAAACACUGGAAAUUACUUUCUCAAAGAAGAUUGAGAGGCUGGCAUUCUCUUUCUAGAGAUUGAUUAGCAGGGAGCCAGAACCCACUCUAGUUAAGAGACCAUCCCAAAUUGAAAACUCAUGACUUUGUCAUAUCUUCUAAGAAACUAGUGCAUGUUGCUGUUCUCCCCUUUUUAAUAUAAAACUUAUCAUUUUUAACUGUGUAUUACAGAAGAGAACCAAUGGUGCUCCAAAUGGGUUUUAUUCAGAGAUUGACUGGGAAAGAUAUGUAAGUAAGAGUAAUCACCUGGCAUUCAUACCUUCCCAAGAACAUUUCUUAUUACAAGAAUUUUCUGAGAACUUGCCUCUCUGUUUUGUGUGUGUGUGUUCACUGUGUUUCUUGAUUACUUCUUUCACACUUUAGUACAUCUCAUAAUCACAGCACAAAGCGGAUAACAAUAUUUGAAUAUUCAGGAUUUCACUGACAUGUCCAGCUGCCCAGCUAUCCAAUUGGGAUCUUAAAUUUGGCCCACGUAGAAAUAUAUUUUUCUCACAGUUUAUUUAUGACCUUCAAACUGCUGAGCAAGUGAGAGUUCACCUUCCUUCUAAGCCCACCAGCACAUGCAUAGAAUUUAGAAGAGAGGUAGAGUCUUUCCUCACUUGUGCAUAGCUUUAGAUUGCCAGGAAACAUUCUCACUAUCUUAUUCAAACUAGGCAGGCAUGAAACAUCAGUUUUAUUACACACACACCCGUCACCUGCGCCUGUCAGAAGGCUAAAGGAAGAUGUGGCGCCUUUUCUUCCACAGCAGUUUGGAGAAGGUUAGAAAUACCAGUCGUUCUCUUGCUGUUUCUUACCUUCUUCAAACUUGUAUUCAAGUGAUCUAAGACUCUGCCUCUGACAAACAGAUGGAACAUGAAACACUACAGAGUUUCCCCUCCAUAGUUAUGUAGUUUGGACAAAAGAGAAAACUACAGCUUCUUUCUUUUUCUAGAUUACCAUGCAGAUUGCCAUCAAAUUUGGAGCAAAAUUGAGAGUUGUAUCACACCUGUUUCAGGUUUCAGUCUCUGCUGGUUUGGGGAAUUGCAACUAGAGCUAGACAAGGAUAUGAUAUUGGAGUAAUUUGAAUGAAUUAAACCAGCAACAAUUUGAAUUAUUUAAUGAAAAUAGUGCAUUCAUAUAGAUGUGGAUGUGAGUUUACUUUACUCUGGAACAGAGAUACAUAAAAAAACCCUCAAAGGUUUUUGCUUCCUUUUUGUACUCAUACAAGCUUGAGGGCUUUUGCACAUACUAAACAUAAAAAUGUUUGCCAGCCAUUGUCUGAACUGCAGUGUCUUUCAAUAUACCUACUUGAAAUCAGCAGAAAUACGGUCUCCAUGAUUUUAACCAGGCGGAUGUAAAGAUGUUUCAUCUCUGAAAACACCAUGCGUGGGGCAGAAAGCAAACCUGCUUCUGAAAGGCCCUUGGGGCAUGAGGAUAAUAAUAAUAAUAAUAAUAAUAAUAAUAAUAAUAAUAAUAAUUUAUUAUUUAUACCCCGCCCAUCUGGCUGGGUUUCCCCAGCCACUGUUUGGUUUUGGUUUUUGUCCUGCAACAACCAUUCUUGAAGUUCUAGGUCAGGCUUCCUCAACCGCGGCCCUCCAGAUGUUUUGAGACUACAAUUCCCAUCAUCCCUGACCACUGGUCCUGCUAGCUAGGGAUCAUGGGAGUUAUAGGCCAAAAACAUCUGGAGGGCCGAGGUUGAGGAAACCUGCUCUAGGUUUUACAGCCCCAGAACAUGGUCGUUAGCAGUGCUGUCAGAACGCAAGAUCUUGGGCUGCAAAAAGCAGUCAGCCCCACACAGCCUUGUGGAAAGGGGGACUAGCCUGGGGGGGGAGUGGAGGGUGAGCAGAACAGACCACUUUGGUUCUCCUUGCAGUCAUUUGAGAAGGAGUGUUUGCAUAUUUGAGCACCCUUGCUUCAAAGGGAUGCCCUAGCCCUACUUUGGAAUAUCUUCUAAUUUUUAUGGGGUUAAUUAGAUUGUGCAAAAUUGCCUUGGAAGAAUGGGAAAGAGCCAAUAAAAUGUUAAAGACCAAUUAUGCUAAUAAGGUGGGCACCAUUUCAGACAGAUUUCGUGCUUUUAGUAUGGAAGGUGUCCAAGUUAAUUAGAAGAAAUUAAAAUUUCUUUUGGAAUAGUUUUUGCUUGCUUUAGCUGACAAGAAUUUAAAAGUUCAAGUGUGUUCCUGUUUACAAUGAUCACCUUUAAAAUCACACAACUUGAUCUGGUAAUAUAACAAAAUUACUGUAGUCCCUAACUGUGUGUUUGUGUGUGUUUGUGUGAAGUUCUUUCUCUUCACUUUGUAUGCCAAGUAUAUAUAAUAUAUAUAUGCAUUAUAAGUAAAAUGAUCAAAAUAUUACUAUUAUUUUUAGUACAGUUACUAUGCCCAGUUUGAGGAGACUGGGUGUUUGGGUUGAAGUAUUAUUUGGCAUGAUUAAUAUCUAUAAAUAGAGUGGUAUAUUUUUUUUUAACACGUGUCAUGCAUUCUUUCCAGACAUUGUUUUUUGGAAAAUGCUUCAAUAAAUGAGAUUUGAUACAGAGACAGUAUAGUUCAAAUAAACUGCUCUUUCUGGUACUACCUUUUUGGCUUUAUCAACCAGCUGUGUCUCACUGUAACUGCAUUCUCUUGUCAUGGUCAGAUCCCCUCCUGUUGAGAUUUAGAUUGUCAAUUACUUUUCUCUUCUGCAGAGACGGGGGCCUAUUAGAAUGGUCUGCCGUCGAAGACUGAUGGAACCAAUUGGCUUCCAGGAGACUCUGGGGUAUUUUUUCUGCUGAGAGGUUGAGGUCCUGGUCUAUCUUUGCAAUUUAGGAUUUGCCCUAUGUUCACCCCUAAGGGCUUUGCCUGAGCCCAAGUAGUACCAUGGUAUACCCUGGAGUUGAGAGCAAGAAAGCAGGUUAGAAUAUGAUUAUAAUGCAAGUAGAAGAAGAAUUGGAAUGAAUGCAGUUGAAAGCAAGUGUGUGCUCAUUGUAAAGCCUAUUUUGUGCUGGUGAAGGCAGUAAAAAAUUACUUCUCUGCCUCCAUCAUCCUUGGUGUCUCAUCCAGCAGAGCUUUAUAGGAUGCUUUUACAUAUUGGCCUGAAGGAUAUGCUGGAACUCUCAAUGCCCUGCUGUGAAUUAUUUGUAAGGCAUGUUGAGGAUAUGAUUGCUUGUAUCCAUAGAGACCUAGAUUUCACUAUUAUAGCAGGCCAGUUUCUAAGAGUAUCCAGAACACUAUUUUGUCAGAUGUUCAUGGAUGAGUUUCAAUUAAUAAGGCUUGAGAAUGUGGAUGAUGUGCUUGGAAAGGUGUAGGUGUUCUUUCCCCCUUACAUGUUAUGACUGAUAACAUCCAGUAGGGAGGGGAUGGCCAACUAGCCCAAGAAGAUAAUUAAUGCCUCUCUGAGAGAGGGAGUAGUCCCACGAAAGAGCCAGCAACAAGACUACUCAUUAAUAAAAUUCAUUAGACCCAAAAGUUAUGUAUAACUAUAGACUGGUUGCAAAUGUCCCUUUGCUGAGCCCGGUUCUUGAGUCGGUGGGCACCAGCCAGCUCCAGGCACUCUUGGGUGAAGCUGAUUUUCUAGAUCUACUUCAUUCUGUGUUUAGGCCUGGUUUAAGCACUGAGGCCAUCUUGUAUUAUACCUUGUGUCAGCAGAGAGAUGGGGGAAUGUGUCCCCGUUGAUUGUCCUUGAUCGCUUGACAACUUUCCAUACGAUGGUCCAUGAUGUUUUUCUUGGGAGCACCAGUGAUAGGAUGCUUGUAUUCUGAUUAUGUUUUUAUAUGAUUAUGCAUUUUAUUACUGUAUUUUAAUUGUAAAUCACUCUGGAGCUUUUUGAAGAAGGAAGCAACUUGGGAAUUUUGUAAACCAUCAGAAAAGAAGCAUCUGGUUCUGUUAUGAAUGUUGUCAUGGCCAUGUAAACCAAGGUGGAGGCUAGAUUUUAUUUUAUUAAAUGAGAGCCAACUUGAUCUCUGAUACAGGGACAUCACUUUUAAAGAGUAGUAACCAGAAGGCAAAGGUGCAAAAAGAAAAUUCUAUCAGGCACUGGAAAUGAGCCCUUCUUUAGCAAGAGGCCUCAUGCAAAUGUUUGCAUACAUAAUGCUUUGAUGUCUUCCAUAUUUCCAAGCCACCAUUUUCUUAUAUUGGACAUAUUCCUUAUCUAUUUAAUAUUUUCACCCCACGUUCCCCCUACUGCACAGAGAUCAGAGCAGUUAGCACAACUGUUUGACUGCCUGGCUGAGAAAACAGGUUCCUGGGUAGACUCUUCAUUCUUAGUUAAGCGUAGAGAGCAUUGCACAUACCAAUAUUUUAUUGAACAAGUGCUUCUUAUUAAUAUGAAAUUGGUGGUAGAGAGGGGAAAGAAAGAGUGAUUACUUAAUGUUUUGCAAGUACUCUAAUUGCUUCACUGUGUUUGCUGCACCAGAAUUCACCUGAGCUUGAUGAAGAAGGCUACAGCAUCAGACCAGACGAACCAGGCUAUAUCCUUCAUGGUCAGUUUUACAACUGAGUUUGCAAACUCUGAAACAAGUGUGGGUUCAAGUGUGGCCACCUGCUGCCGUCCUCCCUACCACUGGAUGCCCCUGAAACAUCAGUAUCUCAAGUUUAUUUUAUUUUAUAUAUUUAUCAAAUGUAUAUCCCGCCCCUCCUCCCAAAGGAGCCUAAAAUGUUCAAGAGGCUUUAUGAAUGAGAAGAUAGUGGCCAUAAGUAAAAUUUAAUUUUAAGCAAUCAUUAUAAAAAGAAAAAAGGAGCCAACACUCAUGCCUGGUGUUGGAGGCAGUGAUGGUCUGGGUGGGGACCAAGAAACUGAAAUUGAUCCUGAUGGAGGUAUUCUCUGGAAUUUGUAAAUCUGUUUUUAUCAUUGUUGGCCCAUGCCAAUCAGUUCCAAAAGUUAUAUUUUGUGAUUCAACAACAUUUCUCUUUAACUGUGAUCUACCUACCAAAGGAAAGCACUUUUAUUCCUCAAGUGAAUCUGAAGAGGAAGAGGAGGCACACAAGAAAUUCAACAUUAAGAUUAAGCCCUUGCAGUCUAAAGAUGUUCUUAAGAGUGCGGCAACCGUUGAUGAACUGAAAGCCUCUAUAGGCAACAUUGCACUUUCGCCAUCUCUAGUGGUAAGCAAAACUCUUUUUUUAAUAUGGUGAUUGAUUAGAUUUUCAAAAGUUAAUUUUGCUUAGCUUUCUUGUUAUAUUUGUUCCUUGUAUUAGCAUUUUUAUUAUAACAAAUCUUGGUUUUAUCACACAAUGGCAAGGCUUUUCAGAAACUAUUUUUGGUUCAGGAUGUGUUGAAAAGUGUGUUCUGCAUGUUGACAGGUUGCUUUUUUAAGUAUAUUGCUGAACUGCACUAGCAACUUUCUGCGCAUGCCAAGUACAUUUCAGUAAGCCUAAUGUUUCUCAUAUCAGUGAAUGGCACAGCUAUUUUGAUCCAUGCCAAAAGAAAAAACAUUUGCAGCACUUUAACAAAAAAUAAUACGUUACUAAUUAUAGAUGACUUUACUUGUUAAAAAUAGGGUCACAUUUUUGUAGGUACACUUUAAUUAUAAUGCCCACAAGCCAGAUAGCCAUAUAUUGAUUCUGUGAGCUCAGGAGAUGUCCUUGAUAUUUUUUUAGGAGAAGUAGACCCCCUCCUAUGCUUUAUGCUGAACCACCCUUUGAGACUUGAAAGCCAAUCCAUUAUGUAUGCUUAAAGGUGUAAAGCUGUAAUUUGGCAAUGUAAGAUUCCAUGUAAAGUCAGAAUCUAAUUUAUUGGAAAUAGUCUGGAUUGUUAUGUCAUAAGGGGCAGCAGAGAAUGAGUGAAGAUGCUAUUGUUUUGCCCCUUGGAGAAGGAGAAGACAUGGCAAGUAGUUCUGUGAUACGAUCUGGAGGAUUCCUCCACCCCCAACGGAAUACAAGGCUGCAAUUUGAAAGGAAAUACUGGCACAGAGGGAGAGGUACUUCUUUAGCACUUUCCCCUCAUACUAUUUCCAUUUGAAAAUUUUGCACACAAGCAGGACUUGCACUCCUGUAACACUUUCCAGGGAGAAAGCCCCACUGAACACAGGGAGACCUCAUUAAGCAUGCAUAGGAUUACCCUGUAAAAUGUUUUAAAUGUAUGAGUGAAGAUAUGAAGUGUGGACACAACAAAAGUGUUUGUCAUAAAGAGAACAGAGCUGGGUAAGCUACUAGUCCUUGUGUAUCCAAUGACAGCAAGUAAGAAAAAAUGUGUUUUAAAUAAUUUAUUGACGUGAAAUAAAAAAGAGUUUGCCAGCCAUGAGAGAGAGCUUGGAGAUAAAGGCUUUGGAGGACCUUCUCCCUUGUGGAAAUUACUUGUGCAGUAUCCAUUUCCCACUGGAGAUUCCAGAACUCAUAGGAAAGCAAAGGAGCAGGGAUGGAGACUGAACCCCUUUCAGGGCAAGCAGCAAUUUGUAUAUUUCAGUGUGGGCUCUAUCUCUUUAAAGUCUCAUCUGACUUGUCUUUGUUAGCAUGCAGUGUCUUGAAGCUUUGCAAAAAAAUCUUACUCACCCCCUAUAACUGUUCAGAUUUGGAGGGUGGGAGUUGUAGGCUCCCUUGUUAAGGAGGUUAGGCAACAAUGCCUUUUAAAAAUUGUGUUAUGUGUGGGGCCAUAGUAGUGCUUGUGAGUUUUGAGGACUGUGGAAUAAAAAAAUGUGUAAGUAAAAUCUCAGAAGUCACUGUUUUGUGUGCUUGUACAUAUGCUUGUACCAUAUUCUUUCUCUAAAAUUUUACUCUAAAUCCAAAGUAGCCCAUGUGUUGUUGCACUAUGAUUCCCAUCAGCCCCAUAGCCAAUGGUCAGGAAUGAUGGGAGCUCUAUUCUAACAACAUCUAGAGGAUGUCAGAUUAGCUACCUCUGCUUCUAUCAUCUGGAAAUUUUAAUGUAAAGUGAGGACAAGCAUAUAUGACAGCUGAAUCAAAUCUAUAUAAUUUUGUUCAAUUUAGAGAGCAUUUUGGGGGGGGGGGAGGGAAGAGGAUGGAUUAUCUUUCCCUGCUAAAACAGGUUUUCUUAUUUUGAUAAAUGAUUUUGCAUUGAGGGCCAGGGGCCUGGCAUUGUUGAGUAAAACAGACUUAUCACAUACACAAACUGAUAAAUACAUUGCAAUACUUCCUCUCAAAGCUUUUGUAUAACCUGGUCACUGGAGGUGCUGCUGAACACACAGCACCUGCGGAAGGCUGAAUUUUGUAGCUUGCUAGGGGAAACCCACUUAGGUUGAGAGUGCUGCAAGGAUCAACUUAUUUUUGGAAAAUGGGAUGCUGCUUUAGUGACAAGAAAUGCUAGAGAUAAUACUCUUGGAUCACUUCUAAAUCCUUAGUUUUGUUUUCCAUCCAGUCUACCAUUGUUCUAAAAAUCAAGGGUAGACUGCUGUCAGAGGGGUGCACAAACAAAACGUAAAUGUAAGACUUACUUACAUGCUACUAAUUCAUACCUACAUUGCAAAUAUCCCAUUUUCCCCCUUGCAAGGAACCCAGGGUUUUAUAGUUAUGUGAGGUGAACAGUGCUUCAGGACUUUUCAGUACCCUCACAGAAGUACUAUUCCUGACAUUCUUGGGAGAAAGCCAUGACAGAAUAUAUCCUGGCAACGAAAAACUAUAGAACGCCCCUAACUGAUCCCUCGUCACAGCUAAUACUAACUUAUAUCUAUAAUUAAUUGCUGUUCUAAGUAAUAGUGUUCUGUGGGUACAUAACUGCUUAAAAGCUUUUCAGUUUACAAUAGAACAAAAUGAAUUAUCAUUAGCUGUUUUUAAAUUGUAAUCAAAUAAAGUUUUCCAAUGUUGAUUGACUUUUAGCAAUUGCAUUUUCAUCUGAUACUUAAGUUUUAAUAAUAUGGAACUAGCUAUAUAAUAGGAAGUAGGUGUCAAUGUCAACUUUUGUUUGUUUAUUUGUUGAUCUCUACCCUGUAAACCAAAGCAAAAGAACCCUGAAGUUGUACUAAAUUAAACCUCAUAACGUGUUUUAGCAGUACUGCUGGGAUCACAUUUAUGUUGUUUUUAAAUUUGCUGUUGCAUUCUGUUUUUUGCUUAUGUGCUGUGGCGGUUGGUCUUUAUUCUAGCAAGUGAGCUUUGCAGUCAUUAUGCAGUCACCAGGCUGUUGCAGCUGGGCUUGGAGGCAAGACAACAGUGCAUUAUAUUGUUGUAUAUGGAAGCCAGGUUCAAGAGUUGAUUUGUGACACUCAUUUCCUGGGCUGUGGAAGAUGUGGGAACAGUAAAUCAGAAUGAUGGCUUUGUUGCGCUGCAGAAAAUGCAGCUUCCUGAUCUACUGAUGUUGUACGUCUUAAGGAAGCUUGGCAUGUAAAGCGGUAAUGCUCUUUAUGGAGAGCAGGAUGCUAAUAAGAAUAACUGAACUAAAUUGCUCUAUAACUACACUCUUUUAAUAAGGACAGAAUAUAUACCAAGCAAAUUGCAUUGCUUUACAUUCUUUUCUAAGACAGCAGCACUUCAUGCUGUUAUAUUUAAAAGCAGUAAAUUAAGUAAGAUAUUUUGGGUGUUUAAUUCAAAAGACUGUGCUCUGAUCAAUAGAAGUGAUGCCUUGUUUUCUAACACGACACUUGGUUCACAAUAGUUGGAUUCCAUCUAGUGUGUGAAAGCAUUGUAUAUUUGUUUUCCACAUCCUAAUAUUGGCUAAAGGGUAAAUGCCAGCACCCUCAUAAAAUCUUUAUAUUUCAUCCAUAAGGCACCUAGGGUGGUAUAUAGAGGACAUGGCUGACUACUCUGCUCCUUUAAGCUUUUAUAAGAGGCAGAGGACUGUGUGCUUGAGGAUUUCCAUUAGCUAAGAAGAGAUGAGGUAGGAGCAAAGACGAUGGUGGGGGGCAGUUACUUUAGUUACUCAAUUAUUGUUUCUGCUGUACCUGAUAAGCAUGAAGGUGGUCAAGAAACCAACAGGAUAGGCGAUUGCAGCUUCAUUUUUAACUUUUAUUGUCAAUGGGUCUUUCUUUAAAUUUCAAAACACUAACAAAAGUCAAGCAGGGUGGAAACUCCAGAUAUGAUUGGCAAUUCUUUCAAAAAUUACAUUUAUUUAUUAUCGUGUCUAUAGGGCUCCAAGGAGCUCUGGCAUACAUUUUCCAGGCCUGCAGGACCUGCUGUUGCCCUUUUGUGUAGGGUUUCACUGUCCCUCUUCCACCCUCUUUUGGGUUCCUUUCUUCCAAUCUGUCCUGUCAUCCUGUUCUAUAGGCCUAGAAUACCUUCUGUUUGACAUUUUUAUUCAGCGAAGCCAAGUUAGCCAGACCUUACAUUCAUUCCACCUGAUUCUCCUUAGCCUAGAUCCUCAGAGGUAUUCUAACAAGGCAGAACAAGCAUGGUGGGGGCAGCAUCAUAGCAGACUCUACCCCAACUUUCACAAGUUCAUUUAGAGUUACUAAAGUGAGCCUGAUGCACAUGGCAUUUGUGCAUGUGUACGGACCUCUUUAUAUGACCGGGAAUCCUUCAAAGGCCGGGUUUCGAAUUGUGUAGAGACAUCACUAAGCACAUACACUUACUUCAGAUGUUGAAACAUGCUAGAGGUAGAGACUCCCAGCACAUAGUUGGUAUCCCCCACCCCCAGAUAAAUUGCAUUAUUCAGUUAUAUGUGACAGUAGCACCUAUGUUAUUUUCCUGUGCCUGCCCCUGUUCGCAGAAUAAAGCUAGGGGUGGGAUGGUCUUUCCCUGUGACACAGUUAAUUUCUCUUGGCACUUUUGUCUGCUCCUGAAUCAGCACUGGAGCCAGGAAAGAAGAAAAGUGGAUGGAGUAGUGAGGCACAAGACAAGCAGCAGGGAGGGUUCACAUUCACCGAUAGGACUUUUUCUCUUCUUUUUUAGUGUGUUUCUUUUUUCUUUUUUUUCUUUUUUUGAUAUAUAGUUACUUCUUCCUCCAUGUCAAUUAAGCUAAUAGACUUAGCAGUGCUUUGCUCUGCCCUGUAACCUGCUUUAGCCAAUGGCCAUCUGCUCAAACACCGAAGCAUAAAACAGGAUUGAGGCACUUGGAGGCGAGUAGCAUUUGCUGGAUAUUGCAGUGUCUCAAAAUAAAUAGAAUAAGGAGGACAACCAGGAGUCCAGAUAAGAGGCAAAUGAGAAGUUGUUAUCAGAAAUAAACCAAACCUCUUUUGGAAUAUGAAUUGCAUAUUCUUUAGAGGAUCCCAUAAGGUGUUAAGUACCUUCAGGGAGUAACCUGCUGUAGAGCUGGAAAGCAGAACCAAAUUUUUUUCCUUAUAUAGGAGGGAUUUCUAUGCACUUAUCAGACUGGCUUUACCUGCCAAGCUUCCAGGUGGUGCUUGGUUGGAGCUCCUAAGAGCCGAAAUGGUUCCUGCUUCCUUUGUGGUGGGAGGUGGUAGAAAUCCCUUUAUUCCUUUAGUUGCUGCCUACAGGUAUCCCCUCACCCUUCCUACCAACACAUCCUAGGCUUGGCAGUCAGGUUGUGGCUCCAAGAGUGAGGAUAGCGAUCUGAGUUGGGUAGGUGUGUACCAGAAUCUCUUGAUGCUGAUGGAUGACGGGCAGAAGGAGGCUGGGUGUUCCACAUGAUCUACUGCUUUUGCAUCCCUGACCCACAGGGUAUGUGGCUGUGUGUGGAACCCAUCACAGAACUCUUUCUCAUAGAACUUUCUUGCAUGCCCAUAGCAAGCAUGCAUGCUUAAUGGAGCAGCACAUUGGAGGAUUGAGGUAGCAAAGAUAAUACUUCCUGAGGUCUACAGCAGGGGAUGGAAGGGCAGGUCCCAGGGUCAGUCUUAGGACAAGAGGAAAUAGGAGCUUCAGGGACCACUCUGGUUCCUCCUCUAGAAGCUCCUCCAGAGCUCUUGUACUUCCCACAAGCGUGCAGCCCAUGGGUUCCAAAGAGGCACCCCCUCCCCUUGGUGGGGAGGGGCAACCCCCAAAGAAGCAAGCGAACACAUUCCCCUCACUGGCUACGAUACUGCCACUGCGCAAAGCUAAGCCAGCAUGUUCCCAUUGACCCUGGCGUUCAUUCCUAGCCAGGCCAUGCAGGGUCUGAAUCCCCAAAUACAGGAAGUGGCAGACGGGGAAAGACUUACCCUGCUGGUUCCUUUGGAAGUUUUCCUGGUGCUUUUGGUGAACGCCGCAGAAGCCACCCAGAAGGAAGCAAGAAUCGCCUUCCCACAGGGUCCUCCAUGGGCGUAGCCAGGAUUUAUGUUAGCAGGGGCAGGGCGCAGAACCUCAGUGAAGUAUUUUUGUUGAUUUACUUGAUCUUAUCAGACUUGGCCACACCCAUGGGGUCCUCCUUAGGCAUUGCACCUGCCUAAGGCUUUGAAGACAGAGUGGGUAAGCCCAACUAAGGGCAAGCUUGUCCAUAGGCUGGCAAACAAGCUGCAUUGCCUCCCCAAGAAAGCAGUGGAGCUGUUGUAUGUGCCUGUUCAUUUAUUAUGUCAGCUCCUAAACUGGGGAACGCCCAGACGAGGAGGCUUUUCUUAUGUGACCUUUUCCCAGGUCAGGAUGGUCCAGGUAAAGGAGGUUUUUGAGGAAUAUUUCUUUCUUUAUUCAGCUCCCCAAUCACUUCCAGUCUUGUUCUGGGGAGUAUGGAAAGGCCAUAAUUUUGCUCUGCUUUCUGGCUGCAGAGGAGGUGCCCAGCCUCCCAAAUAACCUUCAGCAUCCUCUGAGAACAGCAGUCCACAGUAAGAAUUUGUUUUUUCACGACAAGAACCUGUCUUGUGAAUCUUGCUUUAUUCCAUGCCUUAAGUAGAUGGCAAACAAACAGUUUUUGAUUGAAACUGAGGCUUGGUGAGAGGUGUCUUCUGUAGUAUUUGAUGGAGGAACUACUCAGAGCCUUCUGUUGAGUUGUAAUAGGUCUCUUAUUAGAUUACAAAAGGAAGCUCAUUAUUCUAAAUGUAUAACCCACAAGUUUUCUACUCAUUUAAAUAGGGUGGGGGUGAUAGUACUAGCCCACUUAGGCAGAAGAGAAUGCAUGUAUCUUCAGUUACUUAGUGGAUCACAUCUAUCAUCCCUAUUUUCUGGAAAUGGUUUAUUUUAUUAUCCUUAUUAGCAAAGUAAAUCUGAUAAUGGAAGCCAGGAUAAUGAUUGGCAUUUUCCUGACUACUUCUGUUCUCAAGAUAGCUACCAGAAUGAUGUCUCAAGAUAACUGCCAGAAGAAUGUUGCAGUAUUUGGCUGUAUACAAAGCACCUGUAACAUCACCAUCAUAAUAGUAAUAUAACAUUGAAAGUUUGUUUUCAAGUCAAAUAGCUUUUCACAAAAGUAAGAAGCCAAAAUUGUUGCAAAUGCCUGUUGUGGAGAGAAUAAAAACAAGUCCACACUUUUUGGAAGGGUACAGCUUUUAAAGCCCAUCAGGAUACUCAGUUUACUGCAGUAUAAUAUUUUAAUGGAAAAUUGAUUGUGGGGUUUGAAAAUAUAGUUUCUCUUUAUUUGGUGUACCAGCAAUGUGUAACUGGGCAUUUACAAUGUAAGACUGCAACUGUAUGCACUCUUAUUUAGGGCGUAUGUGUCAUUUAUCUCAAUGGAACAUAUUUCUGAGUGAGUAUGCAUAAGCUGGGAUCAGACUGUACUUACAUUAUUGGUUUACACUUCUGUAUGAGUAUUUACUCUAUUUUGUAUAUGAUAACCUUUUAGGCAUUUCAGAAUUUGUUAGUUUGCUUGUAAUCCAAUCCUAAGCAUACUUUCCUAUAAGUAAGUUUCAUGGAAAUAAAUCCCAUUUUACUACUGAGCAGACCUGCUUGGACAGGAGACUGGGAUAUGCCAUUUCAUGGAGAAUGAUAUUCUAUGCAUAAAUGCUGAUGUUUUUAGAAAAUGCUUAUUCUCCCUCCCUUUUCUCCAUUUGUUAAUGCAUUCUAUAGAGGAAAAGUCCGGUAAGAAAUUAUCUAUCCCGUUUUCUUUCUUUGUAUCUAUCAUUUUAAUGGAUUAUUUGCAUUAGGAAGUAUUCACUUUAUUUAUCUUUUUUAAAAAACAGUCUAUAAAACCAAGAAUAUAAAAUGCAAAAUCUUAUUAUUUACAGGUACUGGUAAUUUUCCAUUUGGCUUUCUUUAUGAGUGGUGGCUAAUCCCAUUCAAUUCAUAUUGCACAUAAAUAUAUGUAAUGGUAUGAAGCUUUAAACCCUAACAAUGCUGGAAUAAAUGGGGACAUUGCAAAUUUCCACAAGUAAAGUAUGAACCUCUGUAACUCUACUUUUCUUGACUGUUCAUAAAAUUGUUCAGCCAUAGUAUUUUGUGACCUAUUAUCAUCAUCAUUAUUAUUUACUAAAUUUGUAUACUACUCUUCAGCUGAAGAUCCAGGGCUGGUUUUUGUUUCAUUUCACUGCAUUAAUUUCUCCAAGUUUUUUAGACAACAUGAAGACUGCUAUACAGUCUGGUUCAACCAGACAUCCAGGACUUUGCUAUAUUGAUAUGCUAAUUUGACCCCUUCCCUAAAUUAUGGAGACAUAAAAGGGGGUUAGCACCUCCACCACUAAAUUCAUGUGUAAGCUUUUACAUCCACAGUAGUUUUCUUUCGCUUUCACUGGGCUUAUGACAUCUGUACCCAUCCUUCCAAGGAAUACAUGAUGUGUACUUAUGAGAAUUAGACCUAUUUGGUUCACUCUGCUUUGUGGUGGAAGUUAGAGCAAAAGCACAAUUGCAGCAACAACCUGUACUGGCGUGGAGAGAAUAGCAUGACAGGCACUUUCAUCUUGUUAUCUGUAGACUCAUCAUGACAGAACUAUUUCCUGCAAUAAUGUGCACACUUUCCGCACUUUCUGCAGUUCAACUAGCUACUAUAUGUGUGUGUAAACAGGCAUCCACUCAGCUACCCCUUCCUGAUACAACAGUUGCAGCUGAGGGCAUGUAGCCCUCUAAACAAAGCUGAAAUCUGCUGAUAGGCUGUUUGGCAGUAAGAACAGGAUUCAGUCCCCUUGGCCAGGAGCUAAUCAGUGAAUCUUAGCUUUGUUUAAAAGGCUAUAUAUGUGCACGGUCUCAGCUGCUUCAUAUGAUGUUCUGUAGAAUUGGAUCAGAGCUGGCCCACCCAUGAGGAGACUCCCCCAUGGGCACCCCACCCACACUAGCAGAGAAGGAGCUGUGGCAGUUUCUGGCUAGAUCUCAUGUGCUUUGCAAGAUCCUGCCAGAGCUUGCCACUGCUUCUCAGGUGCUGCCACACAACCCAGGUAAGGGAGGAUUUUGUGGGGUGGCAGGAGGGUGGCAUGGCAUGACACGUUCCUAUUUUGUCUCAGGCAGUGAAGUGGGGCUACUCUGCCCCUGGAUCAGAUCCAUGGUCUGCUUUUGUACAAAUAUAAAGUAGCCAGGAAAAUUGUGUCCUCUUGGUGGGCUGAGACCAAAACUUUGAAAAAGAAAUGUUGAUGAAAUCUGAGGCUAAAUUAGUGGCAUACUAGAUAUUUGCAGAUUCCUUUCCCCAGCCUUAAAUGUCACAGAUAAGUAGAAGUGGCAAGCAGUUGCUUACUGGAAAGAAUGAAAGGAAAAUAUGUAUUGACAAAUUCUUGGCUAGUGUGUAUUGGCAUUGUUCCACUGAAGUUACUGAAACUGUGUGAGAUCAUGAGCACAGUAGUAUCCAAGCUAUAGCCAAAAAUAGCCCAACUCUCUCCAGAGAGCACUGCUGCUUCAGUUAUAUUUAUUUAUUUUAGAGGUUUACAUACCACCAGUAAACAAAGUAUCUAAGCGCUGAAGACAACACACCCAUAAAAGAGCAUAAAUGCUAUAAAUUACUUGGCAUUUCCUGGUUAGUUUGAUUUGCAUUGCAAUAUGAUUCCAAACUGAUCCUUGUGCAUCUUCAGCUCUGUUGUUUUUAUAAUCUCAUCUAAAUCAAUAGCCAAGAACAUUUUUGAACAUUUAUGCACUCAUGUUCAACAAGUGUCUCACCUAUAUUCCUUUAUUUUGGCAGUCAUAAAUACAUUAUUACCAAUUUUGGUACGGGGGAACUAAGAAGGAUGGCUUGCCUAAUCUCUCUUUGCAUCCUGUGUACUUUUGUAUGCCACAGCAUUUCCUGUAUUUAUAAGAAUUAAUGUGAUCAUUCUUCGGAAAACUCGUGACGUGUGUGCCUGUUUGUCUGUAUUUCUCUACUAAUUUCUUGCUGCAAAUAAGCCAACACAGUCGAACUCUAAUUUGCCAAUUUAUUUUUUAACAAGGAUUUACUAGAGAGAUAUGAGAAGGGGACCUUGAGGGCAGAUUAAAAUUUGCUAGGUUUCUUAACAAUCGAUGUCUCACCCUUCCAUACCUAUGGCAUGUCUUCCUUUAGUUAGGUUUAUGGGGUAUCAAGGGGUCAGACUACAAACUAGGACAAGGUAGAUCUGUGAUUGGAUAAUCUUUUUUGUCAGCAGCUCUGAGUUGAGGGAGUAUUUAACCGUUUCCCCCUGGUCAGUUCCAGAAUUUGGAGUGCUAUGUGUAGGCUGCCAUUCUAGGUUCCAUCCUACCAGAGUAUCUAAGCUGGGCAGCCCCUUUGGUAUUGCUGCAAUAGGCCUCAAGGAGCCUCAAAGUUAACCAUUUGUUUCCAAAAUUUCUGCAGACAUCUAUAUAGCUUACUCAUUAAAGGACAUCAGAUAGGGUCGGGGUCUUCAUGAGACAGGGGGAAUCUGGGGAAAUUGUUUACUUAAUUUGUGAAGCUAGAGGAAGAGCUCAUCAUCCAAAGUCCUUUUUUUAUUAUUGAUCUGUCACUCUCUGACUAGGUACCUUUCUCUCUUCCUUUUUGCUGAUAACAGAGGCGCAGCCCGGUAAGACGUUGCAUGACUUUUCGCGUUAAAUCAGUAGCAGGAGUGACUGGGAGUGUUUGUCAUCUGGGUUUAAUUUAAAUUAGUUUUGUGAACUGCAAGUACAGCAAAUUGAUCUAACUUAAAAGUAAUUGGGUGAAAAUUACUGUUCUUUCAGGGGUGUGUGGCUAUCUGUAGCAGCCUUUUUCUAUUAUAGAAAUACUGAAUGGAACCAUACUGGCACUGCUACAGAUUCCACAUAAUACCUGUUCCACAUUUGUAAAAAAAUCCAUUGUUUUGUGUGGCAGCACAUCCUCUUUGGAACUCCCUGCCUAUUGCGAUCAAGCAAGUGCCUUCACUGUACUCUUUUCAGUGCCUGCUAAAAACAUUCCUGUUUAGACAAACCUACUCCUAGAUACAGUGGUGCCUCGCAAGACGAAAUUAAUCCGUUCCGCGAGAGUCUUCGUCUAGCGGUUUUUUCGUCUUGCGAAGCAACCCUAUUAGCAGCUUAACGGAUUAGCGCUAUUAGCGGUUUAGCGGCUAUUAAAGGCUUAAAGGCUUAGCGGAUUAGCUGCUAAAAGGCUAUUAAAGGCUAUUAAAGGCUUAGCGGAUUAGAUAAAGGGGGGGGAAGCGAAAAAAAAAUCUCAAGACUCGCAAGACAUUUUCGUCUUGCGAAGCAAGCCCAUAGGGAAAUUCGUCCUGCGAAGCAACUCAAAAACGGAAAACCCUUUCGUCUAGCGGGUUUUCCGUCUUGCGAGGCAUUCGUCUUGCGGGGCACCACUGUACUUAGAAAGCUGAGGUAAUUUUAAUCUGUUUUAGUAUUUAAACUUGUGUAUAUUUUAAAGUAGGGUUGUGAAUUUUCUUGAUUUUAUUGUUUAUCUUUUUUUUAAAAAAAAACAGUCAAGCAAUUUCUAAAUUUUAUUAAAUAAAUCAAAUAUUGCUUAGGAAUUCUUUAAUGUCUUUAAAGAGUAGUGGCACUCUUGAAACUGUCCUACACAGAAACUGUCCUCCUUGGAGAAAUUGAUCAUUUUUGGAUUACUUCAUUUUGAAUAAAGCAGUCUGCCAACUCUCAUGAUUGUUCAGAAAAUUUUCAAACCAAUUUCUGCAUAGAACAAGGAAGCAACUAUGCUAACUGAAUUGAGCUAUUGCCAAGAUGAACUUCCCUGGUUGAUUUUCUUUUUCUUUUGUUUUUGAGGUUCUGACCAGAAUUUUUUCACACUUGCUAUUCCAGAAUAAGAAUACAUCCAUAUACUUCCUGCAAUGUAUUCUCUUGAUGUGAUAAGGCACCUGUUUAACAAAACUGUGCAAAAAAUAGCUUGGUCUUACAGCUUACUAUUGGCUUCAAAAGAGAGAAUUUGAUGGAACAUUAUUUGUUUAAUUGGCACAUGUUAACAUCAGAUAUAUCAUAGGCCGAUAAUAUGCCUAGCAUAUCCAUUAGAAUAUGUUUCUGAGGAUUGACUACAGAAUGGAUAUCUUGGCAAGAAUCAGCUAGUGACAUGUUUGGCUAUGAACCAAUUCUCUUUCACCAGACUUCUGCCUACAGUGCUAACAAUAAUUUUGUUGUCCUUAAUAACUCUCUUCCUUGAACUUUGGUGUUACUGUCUCUUCCUGUAGCAUAUAAGUAUUCUUAGUGGAGAUAUUAUUGCACAAAGCGUGAUUUGAAAGGAGAAGUUUUUGCAAGAAUUUGCCUAGAAAAAUUUUUCUUUGAAAAUACAUGCAUUUUGCAGGAACAUUGUGUGAGUGAAGGAUGGAUGUUAUGAUGGUGGCAGAGAUAUGAGGAUUAGUGGCUGACAGUAAAUUUGCCAUAUCUUCCCUGUUGCUAUGGCAAAUACUGUUGACAGCUGUUCUGAUACCUUUUGCAUAUUCAGACAUUGUUUCCCACCUGCCUCCUACUUUCAGAAGUUUUAUCUCCUUCCCCCUGUCCCCACCAAUUGUUUCUUUAUAUCUUCUGGAAUAUUAAAGCCUGCUUGGAAACUUGUUUGAUUUCAGUCCAAAGCCGGUGAUCAAGUGUGUGAGACUAUGUAUGAGUGCAUUGCGUGGACAGGCGGAGUCCCCAGGUCCCGAGCGCCCCCCCCCAUCAUGUGGAAUAACGACUCAAGACAACGUGCUAUGGGAUUAAAUUGGCCACAACUUUAUUAAAUUUCAAAUGUGGGUAGACCUUGGCUCAGGCAUUGGGCGUUCUCCCUCCCCAGUCCCCAGCCGGGGACCUAGGGAGCAUCAGGGUUAUCCAGUGUUUGUGUGGGGGAUGGGCCGGCUCUGGAGAACAUAUGUUCAAGCAGAGAUAGCCGCCCCCAUUACGCCGCCGCCGCAGGGGAGAGCAAUGAUGACCUUUUGGCGUACAGUCAAAGCCUCCCUUCAGAAACCCCUUUAACGGCGAACCCUGGUAUCACCGCUGCAAGAGGAAGAUGGACAAAAGGAUUCCGCCCAAGGCCUGAUACUGCCAAAGUUGUGACGUUUUGCUACGGGAAAGGCGAAACCUGCCAAUGCAGGGAAAUUCCUUUCCAGCCCUUUGACAGCGACCUUAACGUAGCAGCGCCCGCAUACCUGUAAGAAAAGUUAACCUGCAAAACCUGUGAAGAAAAGUUAACCUGCAAAAUAAGGCAUUAACUGAGGGUGGGUAGGGUGGGAGAAGCUCUGGAGCCAAGUGAGGAUUCCCAGGUAAGAUUGUGUGGGCAGGUAAUCCCUCCCCCACCUGGCCUGAUCUCCUUGGCAACGCUUCCCCCAGGUGGGAUUGGACAACUGACUGGGGUAGGCGGAGACCUCCAGGUAUCCCACCUGAGGGAAGGCAAAGCCAAGCCUAUGCUGAAUGGAGCCGCUCCAGAUCCAGGGGCUGCGCGCGUCCACGCAAAGGUCGCUCCCCGUUUUAUGCGGGGAGUGGUCAUUCAGAAGUUCUAGAACAGGAAAUAAAUGACUUGUCAAGCUCUCUGGAUUUGUUUGGCACAUCAUUGCAAUUCCAAAAUGUAUGAUCACUUUUUGUUUGUUUGUCUUGAUUCAAAAACCUGAAAUUCUCAGGCAGUGCAUUUGUAGCAGCUAAUCAAAUAUUCUGUUUGCCUAUAUAUGGUAUAUGUGUGUGAAUGAAUCUGCACUGGGGUACAAACGUCCAAAAUGAAGAAUGUGAAUCCAAGUUAAUGUAUAUUUUAUUUUAGCAGUGUUAACGCCUAAUUCUGUUUUCUUUCUUUUCAACUAAGGCAAGCUGCCAUUUAUUGUACAUGUCUAAAAGUAUAAUCCUAUAGUCCUAAACUGUAGUUUUUGCUUUUAAUUGUAGGGUUCAAUUAAAAGGAAUUUAUCUAGUAAGUAUAUCUAUUUACUGAAUUUUGUUGGGACACAAUAUAUCUCAGGAAGUUGGAUAUAUUUAGAAUCAUCAAGAUUACAUAAUUUUACAUCUUAAUUUUCAAACUCUAGAAUCAUUGGAACAACUAAUUUUUAAGAGACUAAAGUCUAUAUAUUGUUGAUGGGAUGGUCCUCAAAAUGCUAUGAGGACAUUAUUCCAUGCACUAGUAUUAAAUUAUGCAUGAAUCUAUAAUGUAAAAUUAACAGACUCUGACAGUCUCAAAAUGAGAUGACGCAUUUUAAAUGAAAAGGCAUAUGGAGUAUUUGCAAUUGGCUGAAUGCACAAACCAGUUCAACAGGGCCUAAAAUUACAAGAUGUUCGUAAUCUGGAACGAUGAAGGGUAUGGCUGAAAUGGGAUUUUCUAAAGCUUUUCCAUAAAAUUGGGCCACAUGAAAAUAGGUUAAUGGCAAGUCAUGGAGUCAGUUUAUUAUCUCACAACAAAUGCAUUAUAUGUUUUUAAGGUAGCAAAUGAAUAAUAUUUUUAGCAAGUUAUGUUCUGUUAAGAGACACCCACCAUGGGUAAUGUGAGGGGAGCAAUUUGAAGCUGGAAGGGCAUGCAGGGUUACAUUGACAUGAAUUAUGAAAACUGGUUCAAAUUAUUCUGGAAAGGGACAACAUAGUUAAGCUUGGACCUAGUACUAUAUAAGUACUAAAACUAGUAAGAAAUGGACUUGCGGAAGGAACGCUGUGGUGGCGCUGACAUUAUCAAAUAGUUAUGUGAACAAGUUUUCUAGAAGACACUAUGAGAAAAUUACCUUAAAAUGGUGUCUUAUGUGCCAGGUGAAGAAAUAGCAAGGCCCAGGCGUUCAACACCUACUCCAGAGCUUCUAAGGUUAGUAUAAAUGUUAAAUUAUAUUUUUAAAAAACCUCAUUCAAGUCAUGGAUGGUGUGGAAUCCUUGUACCCAAAUGAUGUACGUGCUCUUGUUCUGGCUUACCAAGUCCUAUCUGUCUAGCCUGUGCACACCUCAUUAUAGGAAAAGGCAGACUCUUAUCCUUCUGUAUGGAAUGUAGCCUACUGAACAAAGAUAAGUCACAUAAUUGCUCCACCCACUUUUUGCCUCUGGCCCUGCCCACCGCUGCAAUGCGGCCCUCAAUUGCUUUCCUUUGAGGAAACGCUGCCUUGAACUGAAAAUGGUUCCCCACCCCUACUGUAAAAAAAAAAAAUCAACUCUGCCUGUCACCUCUGCUGAAUAAAAGAUCCUUGCGCGUAAUUAUCAUUCAGCCUCUGUGUUGUGCUGCAGCAAAAAAGCCCCGGAAGAUCCUGCAGUACUAGCGCCACUAUUUGGUCCACCUCUGGAGUCUGCAUUUGAAGAAGAGAAGUUAGAAGGUAGGUGUUGCCAGUUAACUUUAUCAAUGUACCCUUCUAUAUCUGACAUGACGUUUUGUUUAAUUUGUUUUACGUCUUUAUUUCAAAUGCCCGAGUUCUCUGAAGAGGUGUGGGCUACAAACUCAGUGAAUCACAUAAAUAUAAACUGUUUGUGAAUGCAAAUGAGUCUGUGAGUAUGUAUGUGUGCACUUGGUGAAAUCUGCCACAAGUUAAAAAGGAAGAAAGAAGUGUUUAGCAAUUUCUAGGCAACCACAUGAUGUUAAUUCCCAGACAAGAAGGAACUAAUAUUUGUCCAGUGUUUGCUUUUCUGCCCUGUGGGGUAGUUGGUGCUAAGGGUAUCUUGUCCCAAGCCUAACUGUAGGGUUCAGCUAACACCCCUUACAGUCCACUUUCCACAAGUGCUUCCUAGCCUUUCCCUGUCCUGGCCUUGGUCAAGAGCAAGCUGGGUUGCUGAUUCCUAUUAUAUGUGACCCAGAAAAAACAUGGGAUCAGGCCAUCCGAGGUGAGAAUGUGGCCGAAUACUUCCUUUCCUCACUCAUUAAUCUGAAUGGACAGACCUGCAUGAAAAUCUCUUGUGUUGAUUCUAACUCAGCACUGAAUUAGGGGAAUGCUUGUGGUAAUUUAGGUGUCACUGUAAAGCUUUUGUGUUUUGCAUAUGACAGCUCCAACCAUGUUACUUUUAUUGGCAGAAAUCCUGAUACCAGAAAAGCAGUUAACUUCCUCAUUGGCUAGAGGCACCAGGAGGCCAUUGAUCUCUGUAUCUUUCUCUCUCUCUCUCUCUCUCUCUCUCUGUGUGUGUGUGUGUAUGUAUGCUUGUUUCUGUGCGCGCGUGUGUGUGUGUGUGUGCGCGCGCGCAUGCAUCCAGGGCAGAAAGACUUUCAGAAUGGUAUUCACAGAUUUGGUGGUAUAUGCAUUUCCCAACACUGAAAUUCAUUUGUGGGUUUUGAAAAAUGGUUAUUAACAAUUUAUUUCCAAAAAAUUCAUAUUCUCCUUACAUUCUCUUCUCAUUUUCCUCCUGCCAUAAUCUAUCAAGUAGCUCCUACAGUUCAGUGUUCGAUUCAACUGAUGCUGCUAAAGAGAAGCUCUGUUUGGAAUUAAGUUCUCAUGUUACUUCUAGAUUUGUAUGCAUCAUGUUAUAUGUCUGUGACUUCAGCUCCCAUAGAUCACUCUGAGGUCUGGGGUUCUGUGCAGCCAGCAAGUCCAAGUGUAGAAUCACCGAAUUCAUCACGACCUUUUCCAUCUGGAAGUAAGUUGAGGCAUCUCCUAUUUGAAAAAUUGUUGGGGUUUUUCAUUUUGUUUUUCACUACAAAACACUGAAACGUGAGAUGGAAGUGGCAAUGUUGAGGGUUAUUACUCAUUAUACUGUCAUGGAAGCAAAGAGAUAUUAGUUGAAUUAUGCAUUGGAAACGCAGCUUUCAGAAAAGGCAAAGAGACGAUUCGGAGUCCCUGGGGAGAAAAGCCUCUGUGAUCUCAAUUUGCAAAGCUAAACCUGACUCCUUCCUAUCCAAAAGACAAGUCACCUAGCAACCAGUGCAGCAUGCCAUAAAUACACAAGCUCCUAAUAAGAACCAAAAAUUGGAUUCGUGGAUGUGGAAAAGCAGAAUAAAACUUCACAACAUUUAUAUUAAAACAUAUAGUUCACACUGGAGAAUGGAAACAAAAAAGUUGUCAUCUCAUAAAAUAUCAACCACAACAAAAGGCAGGUGAUUCCUGGUGCUUAGACUCUGUGGCAUGUGCUGCCAUAUCAUAAUGGUGAUGGGGGGAGAAGAGGGAUUUAUUUUUUUUACCUAUCUUCUUCUAUAGGGAUGAGAAACCCUUUUUGCUCUCAAGAGCCACCUGCAGCAAUAGGUAGAAGCUGGGGAUGGGGAACUACACAUGCACCCUUACACACAGUCGUGUGAAGUUUACUUGACUUUACCUCCCCAACACAGCUGUGCUUCCCAACCCUGUGACUGUAGCAGAUACAGAGAAACGCAAACAGAAUUCCACUCACACAACAGGUCUUUGUCCUUCCAUUGCAGUCAGACCAGAGGGCUGCUUCUGAGGGUUCAGGGACCCUACUGGACAGCAUGGAAUGAAAUGUGGUGGCUGCAGCUAGAGGAGGGAAUUGGCAAAAAUUAGGGGACUUGCCCAAGCAGAAGUGGCUUCCACUUGUGGAACAGACUUUGGAUCUCAGCCAUCAUUUGGUUGAAUCUCUAGAUACGACUGUGAGUUUAUAUUUAUUUAUUUGACGAAUGUUGUCCAUUCUUAACUUAAAAUUCUUCCAUUUGGCUCACAGCACCUCCACCUCUUCCACCUAAGAAUAUUCCAGCUACACCUCCCCGCACUGGUUCUCCUUUAACAGUUGGAGUAGGUAAGUAUGUUUAGCAUAAAUGACUUUUAGAUGUGUAAGAUCUCUGCUUUACUGCAAAGUAACUGUGUUUCUAUUCAGUGCAAAUUAUAAUUUGUAAUGUGAACAGAAUAUGAAACCUUGUAAUCAUUUCUCAAUAACGACCAUCUAAUUAGAUGCAUUUUAUGCAUAUAUGAUAUCUAGGCAUUUAAUAUUUUCAUCUGCCUUCAGAUACCAUGGCAGAUUUUCUUUAUUCAGCAAAAAAAUAAGUACAAGCCUAAGUAGUGCAUAAUCUUUUUUUCUAAACCCCUUGAGAUUUUUAAAUGAUUUCUGAUGUCUGUGUUGUAUUCAGAUUUUGAACACGUUUCCCACUAAAGUAUAGCUAUGGUAGUAAUAUUUUGUAUGAACAAUUUGGCAGUAACCCUGUCAGCAAACUAAUAAUUUGUGUUAUACCUGGUUUGGGUAAGAAGAAAAGUCGGAGGAACGUUAGUGAGCCCGUCAUGAAUCUCAGCACAUUUAGGCCUAGAUGUAAUUCAGAAUAAUAAAGGUUAUAUCUUGGCAGUAUGGUCUUCAUACAGAACUAUGAGUUAAUGUAGUUAAAAUGAUAUAGGAAUGUUCUUGAAGCCAUGUUUCUUCAUGACUUGGGUCCUAAGUUGUUUCUCUGUUCGUGCAAGGUGAGAUAAAUCCACUCCUACCUUUGCACGAACAGAGAAACAACUUAGGAUCUAAGUCAUGCAAGGGCAGGAAUGGUUUAUCUCACCUCCCCCCUCCGUCAGCAGCCCACAUGGUUCUCAUACCUCCUCCAUUCUCCAGGAUUAUAUUUUUGGGACACAGGAGACUCAGAGGGAAGUGAGAGGUGGAAAACCCUGUUCUCUGAAUGUGAACUCUUGAAAGGAUCCUCAGGAUCCAAGUGAUUGUGGUACUCAGAGACAAGAAAUAAGGAGCUUACCAGCAUAUAAUUCAUGUUGCAAGUGAACAUCAUUAGCUGUAUGAACCGACUUGUAAAUUUGAGCAUGAAUUGCUUUGCUUAAAUGAGAAAACACAAAGAUGGCUUCUAAAAAGAUUAGCAUACUAUGCAACAUAAAUGUUACCUUGUACAACAAUACUUGCAGACUUGAUGUUUUAAGGGUAUUUCUCUUCAACUGUCUAUAACUUUUGAAUUACAAAUUGUGUCCUCUAUUCAUUCCUGUUUUAUUUAUACAAACACUGCAAUUCCCAACUUCCAACUCUGUAUCUAUGCUGGGUGAAUAUAACGCAAAUGAAAUGCACAUCCAUGUGUGAUCAUUUAUUCCCCAGGUGGUACUGUGCAUUUUAUGUGAAUCACGAACAGAGCCAAAAAGAAAAUAGGAUUUUUUCCCUACCAACAAACCUUACAUUAAUUGGUAAAAUAAAAUUUUCUACAUGACAAUAUGACAUGAAAUGUAAUUUUCCCAUACCUUUUAGAUUGAAUUUACAGAUAAAGGUUCAACAUACAGUUUUGCAGAGUCAAAGCAGCAUGCAGCAUUUGUGGACCAAAGAGAUGAUUGGACAGUCAUAUGCAUAGACAGGACAACCUGCUCAUUCGGUGGUUCUAGGACAAUGGAAAGAUUGGAUAUUCUAUGGAAAAAAUGCAUCUCUGUUCACACAAGCAUUCUCAUUAUGUGUGCAUAGUAUGGGGUUAGAAUGGCAAAACUGUAACAUUGGAUGCAAUCCAGGGGAAAAAAGCAUUCUGAAAUGCCUGCUGACUUCAGUGGGACAUCAGUUCUUUUUUUAAUAGGAUCCAGUGAACACCUAAUCACAAGACAGGACUUUUUUUUAAUAGGAUCCAGUGAGCACCUAAUCACAAGACAGGAUGCUUACUUUAAGCAUAGAAGAGAAGUGGAAGUUUUGAGAUCAUACCUAGUGCUUUUAGAACAAGAGUGGUAAUUUUCAGAUGCUCCAAAAUGCAACAGAGCUUAUAAUACACUCUUUAUAUAUCCUUCAUAUAGCUUUUUUUUUUGGUCUACAAAUUGCCUUCCAGCCAUGGAGGAGAGGGGAAAAUGCCAAAUCGGUUUCCUUUCCAUUAAGAAGAUGCUCCAUUUGCCCAGAAUUUACAGAUAAUAAUGAUUGUUCAACUCAAGAAUAGAGCCCUUUGAUCAUCUAUAUUCUCAUUGGUCAUGCUAAAAUAAUCCCACAGUGUAUACUGCACAGCACAAAAAUACUUAUCUACAUGCACGUCAUCAUGCUUGAAUUUCAAAUUAUGUACUUUACCAUUUUGUUACUAAUAAAGGCACUCUGUUGUCUUUUCCCUAGCAAGCAGUUUUCCUAGAUAGCAAUAGCUCCAUUUGGGUAUAUUAGUAUGAACGACAUACAUAGUAGACAGCAUAUUUACAUGCAGGUCAACAUGGAACACACUUUAAUAUUUGUGUGUGUGUGUUUGUGUAUUUAUAUAUCACACCCUAUUAUGUAGAUAUUUGUGCACAUGAAUUAUGUUCCUAGUAGCACCUUAAAAUGCGUUAUGAAAAUGUCUGUGCUAGAAUGUAGCUGAUUUUAAAAGCCCCAUACUUACGUAGAACAUUAGUACGACUUAGCUGCUGUACAAGUUGAUGUUAAAGUUUAAAAUCAACUACUUUGACCACAGGAAAUGACCAGACAGCAACAGAGGUCAAAAGUGACAAACUACCAUCAAUCAAUGACUUGGAUACCAUUUUUGGCCCAGUAUUAUCCCCCAAGUCUGUUGCUGCUGACGCGGAGGAUAAGUGGAUCAGUUUUUCUGAUCAGUCCCCGGAAAACGUAACUCCAGAGGUGACUUCACGGGAGAAGGUGGUGUCCCCACCUGUGGCAUCAGAAACCCCAGAUGAGCCUCCAGAGGCUGAAACCUCUCGCAGUGUUCCAUCUCCACUCAAUUUAGAAGAGGUUCAGAAGAAAGUUUCUGAGCAGACCCACGUUAAAGAUGAUAACUUAGCACCAGCAGCAUCUCCUAAAGAUUUUGGGGUGGGACAGAGAGCAACACCACCUCCCCCUCCACCGCCUACCUACAGAACAGUGGUGUCAUCACCCGGACCCAGCUCUGGCGGUGGCACAGGAAGCACCAGUGGUAUGUCUAAACAGCUUUGAGUGUGCUUCAAUGUGGCCAUGAAUGCUGCCGUGUGAACACAAAACCUUUUUAGCUACUCUUAGUUGGUUGGCUUUUAAGCAUCAGUCAUUGUUUGAUUGUACUGUGCCCCGUGGCUUCUUUAUUUUCUUUUUAUUCUGUGCUCUCGUGGUCCAAUUUAACCUUGAACCCUUGAUACUGUGUGUUCUUUCCCUGCCAUUGCUGAAUGUCUGGUGUUUACAGGAGAGCGUUAUGUCUUUAAUACCAGACAUAGUUGGAAAAGCUAUUACCUUAAGAGUUUAAGGUGAAUUUAUAAAACUUCCUGAGCUACAAAGCAACUAGUUCAAACUCUGUCUUCUCCCAUUGUACAACCAUGCUUAGCUUCUGCCCCUCAAGGAAAGGGCAGCUCCUCGUUUUUCUCCAAGAGGAAGUGAUGAUCAAAGAUACUCCUUUUGCUAAGGAACUUCAGAAUCUUCUUGACCUUCCUCAGAAAACCAGUGAAGCUUUUAAUAGGCUUUCUUCUUACCCUUUCAAUUUAGAGCUGGGUGCAAUCUAUGAACAAUAUGAUGGAAAUACUGUACCACAACUAGGAAAGAUCUUGUGCUUGCCUAGCAAACAUUUAUUCUGCCAAUUCAUGGAGCUAUCUACAGCUACUGGCCAUGAUAUCUAUAUUCGGCCUCCACUGUUGGAGGCAGGAUGCAUCUGAAAACUAGUUUAGGAACACAAGUCAGAAGAGUGCUGAUGCGCUCAGGUCCUGGGUUUAGGACUGGACGAGGUGGGCCAUUGGCCUGAUCCACCAGGCUCUUCUCCUGUUCUUCACUACAGAUUAAAAACCAUAAAGUUAAUCUGGAAUUUUCCAUCAAAGAAAUAUUAAAGCAUCUCAACAGCAAAUUCAAUGUUUUGUAAAGGUCGUAUCCACACAAUACAAUUAAUGCAGAUUCAAGGCACAUGGAUUCCUCCAAAGAAUCCUGGGAACUAUAGUUUGUUAUGGGUGUUAUGUCUUCCCCCAUUGCAGGUAGGAAAACAGAUUUCAUAGUGACAGGAAGAAGUAUAGGUUAAGGGUUCUAUUUUCCCCCUUCCUACCACAAAGGUUUAGUAGAUAUGACAUCAUGGAAUCCCCUGUCUGUGACUAGCAAACAUGCUGCACAUCCUCCCACACACCUUAGGGCUGCAGUCCUAUAUGAACUUACCUCAAAGUAAAUGCCAUUGUACUUGAGAUGAUUUACUUCUGGGGAGAUAUGAAUAGGAUUGCAUAAUAAGUAACUUAGCUUUAAAUGUGAGUGUGGGUGAUGAAUUAGCAGGAAAAAAUGCAGCAGUAAUUGUUUCAUGACAACCUUGGGUUGCAAGAUAUGCAAGUGUGAAAGAGAGUCUUUGCAUUGUCUACUGUGCAUGCAGCUCUCUGAGAGCCACUGGGGGCAAGAGAGGUCAUUUGGUAGCCCUUAGGCAGAGAACUUUUCAUAAAUCCAGUUAAGGAUUUUCAUAAAUCCAGUUAAGGAUACCUAGAAUGAUCUAGGCAUGCAUGCAUACAUGUACCAUUUCUUUCCCAGGACUCAAUCCCUACCUAACUUAAAAACCUACAUGAUGUAGUUCUGGUUUGGAGGAGUUUCAGUGAGUGCAUUCUUCUUAAGAUAGGUACUCAAACAAGUUGCUGAAAGUGGGAGAGCUUUCUCUGUGUGCGCUCUCACUAGAGCUGGUCUGUAUAUGGAAGAUUAUUUCCAAGUGUGGACAGCUGUCUUUAAUAUUCUGCAUAUUUUAGGCAGAUGCAAGGCCCGCUCAGAAUAAUGAGUCCCAAUACUGGGCAAGUAUGAAGAUUCAUGCAACUUGUUUUCUUAACUCUUUACUAGAGCUCAAACAGGAAGCUGAUCAGAUUCAAUUAAUAACUCAUAAGAAAGGUUUUAAUUAUCACCAAAACUACAACUUGAUUAGACUUUAGUCUAAUCAAGCUAAGAGAUUCAAGAUUAGCAAACUAAAUGAAUUUUAAUUGAAUUUAUUCUUGCUAUGAAAUGCCAUCGAUGCAGAAAACAUUGAAACCUACCUAGGUCUGAUGCUGAAAUGGAAGAUUACUUUUAGCGUAGCUGCAAUUGCAGCAAUACAAUGAAACCAUAUUUGUUUUAACUAUAGUGAUUUCUAUCUGUGAAUAUAUAUAUCUUCAUAUAUAUAUAUCUGCUUUACAAGGUGUUGUAAAGGUUUCAUUUUUUAACAUCUAAAUGUAAAACUCUAAUGUUGUUCCUGUAGUAAGAGGUCCUCUUUUAGUUGAUCACUGAGGUGACAGAUGGGUUCUUACAAAACUUCCAUCUGUUUCACUGAAGUUUCAUCGGACACAAAUCUGGUAGCUCUAUGAGACCUGGGUCACACAUGCUGCCAUAAUUUGUUUUUCAGUAAUCUGGGAUUAAUAUUUGUGUAGUGCAUGUUUUGCAUAAUUGGGGUUUUAUGUUGUUUUAAUGAGGAGGGGAAAUAGUGGUUUGAGUGCACAGAACUUGGUACUUGGCACUAUGGAGUUUUACAUGCACCAAUAAAUACAAAAUAUUUUAAACGGCCAAGGCUUUUCCAAGAAUUUACCUUAAGCAAGGAAGCAUUUAGGGCAUGCUUAGCAAAUGCAGCAUCAUUACAUAAUCAUCUAGCCUUAUAUUUUUAAAGCUCCAUCAAUCAUCUUCUGAUAGCUGUGUGUUUUGUGUGCGUGUUCCAUUGACUGCAUGAAGCAUGUAAUGCAGUCAGUGCUUACGAUCAACACUGUAAUGCUGAUAUGAUAAAACCAACCCAUACACAACUUGGAUGUAAAAUAUCUUGUUUCACUUUUAAAGGACUGACUGACUUAGGAAUUGGUGGUCUGUUGAAUGUGGAAUAUAUUCCCCUUCCUUUUUCUAUUUGGAAUAUGGCUUUGCCUUUUACCAUUCACAAAUACCUGCCAUUUUAACCUUGGGAGGAAGGAGGGACAGGUACAAAAUGUCACACACCAGAAUGGCUCAAUAAAGAGGGGAGGGGCUUUGCUACCUUUAGCAGCAUGAGAGCCACUGCAGCAUAGCUCCUUCCUGCGUCACUCAGUAACAUCUGUCAUAUGUUCACAGUAUGUACAAGGAGCCCGUGCUGUGAGUCCUUCCCAUGCUACUAUUAUUCCAACUUCCAGGAAGAAUAAUGCUAGAAUGGGAAGAAGACACAGCAGGAAUUCUUCCUGUGACAGCAGACUUUUGAUGUUUCCAAGCAGGUGCAAAGGAGCAGCACUGUUGUAGCUUAGAUGCCACUGAAGGUAACCUGGGCUCUAAUUCAGUCAUUUUCUAUUGUUAUCUCCUACUCUUAAGUUUAGAAAACAUUUAUCCUAUUUUGGCAUAGUAAAUUAUAUAAGUUGCUAUGGAAUUGCUGAACUGUGUUUUGAUACGUAUCAAUAACUAUUAAACUGCCAUAAUCUUCCCUUUUGUAGUUUAACCUCCUUUUUUGUUCAAUAGUCAUCAGUGAGAUGAGAGAGAUUAUUUUUCAAUUUCUAAAUAUCUGCAUUUUAUUCCAAGUCGUUGUAACAUCAGUCUUUUCACCAUUCUAGUGUUCUUAGCUAUUCUCUUAUUUGCUAGCAUCUUACAGUUACAAUCACAUGAAAAUAAUUGUGCCAGGCUUGUCUCUUUGUACACCAUUGUUCCCUAAGAAUAAAUGGGUAUUCCAUUGUUACAUCAUUGCGUUCUGUUGCAGCACCACUUACGUUUGCAUAACAAGAACACAUUAUGCUUUUAUUGCAAGAGCAUAAUAUGGAAUGGGUAAGUUUCAGGAAUACCCCCAAAAAACUUCAAUAUUUUGGUAUUUUUAGACAUCACUUUUUCAUCUAAAGUGGGUUCACUUCAAGUGCUGCUUCCUCAUUUAAGUUAAAGAAGUUUAUGUAGGAGCAGUGUGUUAACUGUAGUCACAGUAUCGUCAUUGCCAAGAGCAUGUGAAACUUCCAUUGGCAUAAAAGCAGGAAAAUAAGCUUUUCUGUUUUUAUUGUGACUUAGCAACUUUCUGAUCUUAUCCAAUUCCCAUCUACACAUAUGAAUUGUCUUGUUAUGCAACAGCUGCCAGCCUAAGUCAAAAACUGUUUGGGCAACUGUUUGCUUGAUGGUCUGCUAUGUGUUGGGGUUUUUGAUAAAGGUGGGUAAGAACUGCAGCAAGAACAGCUCAACACCUUAUUUAUAGUGUACGUUUAUUUCAGGUUCAUCAUCUCCUGCUCGACCUGCAACCCCGUUGGCAUCCUGCAGCAGCCCUACUCCCCCUCCUCCUCCACCUAGACCCCCAUCUCGUCCAAAAUUGCCUCCAGGGAAGCCUGGAGUUGAUGUGGUAGGUUUAGCUUCUUCAAAAUUACUAAUUAAAUUGAGACAACAUAACUUCAGCUCACCGUGGUACAGACAAAUAGAGAAUUCUUAAUAAACAAAUGGCUUCUGCCAUGUCCCUAACUAGUGUCUGAUUUCCUUCAUUAUUUGAAACCAUACAGAGAAUAAUCUCUGUUGAUGACGGUAAAUAGGCAGAUUGUUAUGGAAAGUCCGCAUUUGAAAUUGCAGGCUAGUUUUGUUGGUCAUGCCAGAAACAAGUCAGAAUUAUUACACCUGUGUAGGAGGUCAAGAAAGGUCAAGAAAGCUGCUGUGCCCCAGUUAAAUUGAAAUUGUCUGACACUAGUGAUGACAUGUAUCUUUUCACAUUUUCUGAAACACUUGGACUUGUACAUAUAUAAGCACACCAAAGGGAUGCUUCAAUUUUUACUAUUCUGACAUGAAAAGCACUGUUUUGUCAGAAAAAAUGUACAUAUUUGUUCCUGUCAUGUGACAGAUGUGCAUAUACUUUCCACUAUGUAUAAACACAAUCUUGGGAAGUCACAGCCAACCAUGGAUUCCAAGUACACAUUCACAAAGUGAAAGAAACUCAUUUACCAUUACCAUCCUUGACCAUCCACAUGCUCUUUUCAUAUCUGUUCCUAUGUAGCCAUCCCUGCUAUAUAUGAAAAGUAAUCCAUCAUUGUGGAUUCCAGUAGUGAAACAACCCAGUGAUUUUAUUUUGGACCAUUGCUUAAUUUUGCACCUGUCAGCUGUUUUUUGUGCACCAUAGUUUGCAGUUUCAGAUGCAUCCCCCAAAAGUUACAUUCUGCAGCAUGUUUCUCAUGUGCACUACAAAUAUAGAUCACAUGCAUUAGAGAACUCAGUAAAACCUUUGGCUACACAACUGGGCUAGUAAUCAAUAAAUAGCAGCUGAGAAAUCAAUGGAUCUUUUACACUCAGUGUAAAAGGACUAAUUCUGGGUGUUCUAGGGGCCUUAGAAGAUAGUGUGUGCAGUUAUGAGUAUUCUUGCUUGAGUUCAUGUUCAGAAAUGCACUGUGUGUAUCUUUAAUCUUGUUUGUGUUUGUCUACAGUCCAGACCUUUUAGCCCUCCGGUUCACUCUUCCAGCCCUCCUCCGAUAGCACCUUUAGCACGUGCUGAAAGCACCUCUUCCAUAUCGUCCACCAAUUCCUUGAGUGCAGCUACUACUCCAACAAUUGGUAACGAAAAGCUUUUCUUUGUUUGAAGAAUAGUUUCCAUGAGUGGAAUGGCUUGAAUAUUUUAAUUUCUGAAACCCUUUAUUUGGUUUAUAUUUUCCUUUGUUUUCGUUGUCAUGGUCAUGUUAUGUUAAAGCACUUUUUAAUGUAAACGAGAAUUGCACUCUUGAUUAACUGUAGACUGCUGUAACUGCAAUGUAUAUUUGUGUAUAAAAUAGCAGGGACCUGAAGGGAUGCAUAGGCUCCCUUUAUUCCCUAAACUGUGCCUUCCCCCAAUAAUUUCCUAAAUUCCGCUAAGAUCACGAAGCAGUUUUCAUUGGGUAUCGGAGACUUUCCAAGGGGAGAUCAGGAAAGUGGAAAGAAUGGAGCUCAUCUGCUGGCAGGUUUUCUAUGCUGAAAAGUUAUUCUACCUACAAACCAAACUGCUUUUUGAAUUGGAGGAGGGAAAUUCUAAACAGUAUUUUAGUUUAGUAGUAUUCAAUGCAGCAACAGUUUAGUAUUCAAUGCAGCAUUUCCUGGAAGUCUCUUAGAAGCCAGUGGAGAUGUGGAACAGUCAUGUUUCCCUUUGAAUUCUGACCACUAUAGAUAGAAAAUGUUUUACAGUACUGUGUCACUCCUGUGGCUGCAAAGCAGGACGAAUAGUCUCACAAUUGGGCAAUAAUAUAAAUCAUUGUUAGAUUAGUUAGCUGUAGCAAAACUAGAUAAAUGCAAUAAAAAUGAAUAAAGUUUAACACAAAGUUAAUCUUAGUAAGGAGAAAUAGGAAAGGAUAGCAGGAGCAGAAAGUAUACUCUAGAACCAGAUAUUAUUAAAAAGCAAUGUUACAAACCAAUUGUAUUUGCUUCUUGGAUUGCAGAAACGGUACACAUGAAAAAUUUCAAAAAGUUCUAAACUUUUUCAAAUCCAGUUUCUUAGAAAUUUGAAAAUAUGGAAAGUUGUACUGAAAACAUGUUUUUUUCUUCUUAAGCUGAGGUUAGAUUACACUUGUCAAAAGUGAUAAAUGUUUUGUGGCUGGCAAUGCCUGGAUGUUGAUGCUUUUCAUUUUUUGCUUCAUUCUCUGGUCUUCCUUUCUGCUCCCUGCUCCACUUCCUUCUCAGACAAACAUAUAUUUGAAUUCUCUUUGUCAUUCUUUAUUUCAUUUACAAUACUCUUCAUCUUCUUUACACCUUAAAACCACCUUCUUCUCUCUGAUAUAGUUCUUUUGUGCUGCAGACUCCUGGUUUUCCUUUUUGACCUGCGUCUCUUUUCAUCAACGCUUCUGCUCUUCUACAGACCAUCUCUGUCACCUUCAGUUCUCAUUGUAUGCCAGGUUGUUUUCUUUUAUUGGUUUUCCCUUCUUUUACAUCCCUUUGGACCCGUUCUGCUAUUAGUCUAAACUUUCUUUCUGUAGUGUUCCUGCUGUGUGCCUCUUAACCUCAAUUUUUUUAUCAAGCAUUUUCUAAUCUGUGUAGACGAGAACGGGCACUUGAUCUGCUGUUCAAAUUGUCUUUCUGACUAUUCUGAAUGAACUCAGAAUGGCAACAAAUUGGAUAUUCCAAGAAAGGGGGAAAAAUCAAAAAUCUGAGUGAGCUGAAAUGGAUAUGUUUUGUCUUCAUUUGAGUAAUAGACAUUGAGCAUACUAAUGACUUCCCAUACUAGUGGUGUUUAGUCUUCACUCAGUCAUAGUAAUUCAUAGAUACUUGUUUUGCUUAUUAGAAAAUGAAGAUGCUGUCAACUGGGGCAUAUAUUCAAGCCUCCAGUGAUAAUUUGUUAAAUGCUGAACCUGGUUUGAAGUGCUUUCAGCUUUAGUUUGUCUUUUUGAAAAACCGUUCACUCUUGUUUCUUUCUGCCUAUUGUGUGUGAAAUGGAAGUGUGUGGGGAAGAGUGCUUAAUGCAAUUUUCAGACUUCAUGUUUCCCUUUUCGUACCUAUGUCCUUUGUUUCUGCUUGCUGUUGGUCAGUGCAAUGACCAGGGUGAUAUAAAUGCAUAUCAGUCAAAGUACUGAAUAGCAUUUCAAAUACUUAACUAACAAUAUUGUAUUAUCAACUAAGAGGCUGUGUCAUCAGUGGCUCAACUCCUUGUAUGUGAAGUAUUAUGUUCCAUGGGGUGGUGUAAAUUGUCUGAAACUGAUGUCGAUCAGUAGUUUUUAUGACACACUGUUGUGUGUUCUUAUCAGUAACUGUGUUUCAGAACAUAAGGUUCCAAUGGAAUCAAGCCCAACUGAUUUGUGAAAAGGGCUACUUUUAAGUUGAAACGUUAGCCUAGGUUUUGUGCAGGUAAAAUAGGUGAUGGGGAGGAAAACACAAUUUUCUGUUGAAAUAAUAAUUUCCCCCCUAUAUAAGCAUGAACAUGAUGACUCUGUCACUAUGGACAUUUUCAUUAAUGGAUGUAAAGUUCCUCUAGAUAAAUUUUGUUGCUUUUAAAAGAAAUAACCAAUGAUCAAUAGAGACCAUUGCUGGUUUCUGUUUGGUUUUAGGAUAACAAUUGUGAAAGUCAAGGUGAAUUAGAGUCAGGAUUAUUCUGUUGUUAUUCAACAUGAUUCCACGAAUCUAGAUAGCCUUCAAAUUGAUAUUCAUAGAUGUGGUAACUACAAAAAAUGUCGAACCAUUUAUUUAUUUUAAAACAUAAUAUUUAUAUUAUGCCUAUUGUAAAGUUACAUGUCUUUUCUAAAGCUACCAGUACAUCCAACUUGUAAAUACAAUAUUGGAAAAAUCGGAUGGCAGUUCAAAUAUAAACAACCAUUAAAAUAUCCAUCAAAUCAGUAUCAAACAAGGGUUGCCUGAAAAGAAAGGCUUUAUAUAAUCUUUCUAAAAGCCUGUGCUUAUGAGCUCCAGCAGAUACUCUUUAAGUUUUUUUUUUUUCAGUGGAUGGAAGUAACCAGUUACUCAAUAGCCAAGGACACUCUUUCAAACACAACCUUUUAAAAGUGCUAUAGAUUACCCCAAAGCCUAAUAUUUAACCUAAACUUUAGAAGCAAUGUGAAUGUGCAGUUGUGAUAGGGUAGUACAUAAUCCAGGUUUUAGGUGGCAGCACACUUAAAACAUUACAAGCUUUGAAGGCCACAUGCUUUUGACUAACCAUUCAAGAACACGAGUAGGCCUUUGAUUCAUAGUCUUGACAUGAACAUGAUUCAUUCGCCAUAUAUGAUUUUUAGAGAAAUUGCUCUUACGUUGAAGUUGAUUGAGUAAUCAGGCAUUUUAUUAAAAUUAUCUAAGUGGCCUUUUUUACAGAUGGCCUUGGAGAUUUCACCACCCUUGUUGGGGUGAAGAGAAGCUUUAAUACAAAAUGAUUGAGAAAACAGCUGAAAUGGCUAAUAAGGAGUUUCUGGUUUGUAUUUGUACAUCCCAGCUAUUUUUAGUUAUUGUGUAUUUGUUCAUAGUGACUAGCCUGAGCAUUCUUUAUGCUGGCAAUAUGAAGGUCUUGUCAUGAGCACUAUAGUUGGACUUCCCACUGACUGGCCUGAUUUGCUUGUCACGCUAAGCUAUACCAAGGCUUAGUGUGAGUACACGGGUUCCCAGAGAGGAGCUUGCAGCUGCUUUGCUGUUCCUGAGUUCUUUUUGCUGCCACGUAACCCUGAUUAGCACAUUGCUCAAACCUAGGCAUCAUGGUUAUGGUCCCUAGACUAACCACAUCUAACCCUUGGUUACAGCUCAUAGCUAGUCUGGAGACAGCCUGGUCUUAAGUCCGGGUGCAGAAGACAUGCUAAGCUUAAACUUGGUUUAGCUCAGCAUGGCACAUUAGCAAAAAAGACCAGGGAGCAGCAAAGCAGCUGCAAGCUCCUUUCUGGGAGCUCACACAGUCAUGCUAAGCCAUGGUUUGGUUUAAUGCUAUGUGCAAGCCUGUUCACUUUCAUAGCUUAUAAAAAGAGGCUGCUUGGUUUAUGCAUCCUUUUUUUUAAAAAAUCUGAAAUUAGGAUUCGCUUCUAGAGAUAGCCAAGGAAAUAGUCACACUCUUAGACAAGAUGAACUAUUUCUGGAGUGUUUUCUUGAAUGUGUUAAACACAGGCACAAUUUUACAUUAAUAUUAGAUCAACUUGUUUUGUCCUUUGAUAUUGUUGGGUGUCUGUGUCUCUGUGGGGAGAAUUGUAUUCACUGUAGUAAAAUAAAAGGAAAUCUUUGUUAAAUGCUCAAAUUCUGUGUUCUCCUCAAUGCUCUCCCUGAGUAGGGACGGAGGGAAGGACCGUAUUCCCCACAGGUACCUUAAUUUUUAAAAUCUCCCUUUAGUUUUCCAUAUUGUGAGAAUAUAUAGGUAGCUUCCAGAAUUUAUUGGCUUCUGGAACAAAAUAAUGAGAAUUUUUUCAUCUACUCCUUGGAAAUAGGAAUGCAUGUUUAUUGGCAACAGAGAAAGCUCCACCUGUCCCAAAUAGGCAAGUGGUAUUGUCAGAUCAUGUGUUGGAUGAGACUGGAUUGUGCCAAUCUGCUCUUGUGGCCCAUAACAACUAAUGCAGUAAAUUAUGCUUAAUAUGCUGAAUGGCUUGGCAUGUAAAAAGCUUCCAGCUCAAGGCAAAAGCAUGGCAGGCGUUUACCAUGGAGAGGGAACAGCAAUUCCUGUGGGACAUGCAGAGCUCAGGUGCUAAUGCAAUUUCAGACCGAUUAAGCCAGGGCUAGUUUGAGUCCUUGGUUUGUAUCCUAAACCAUAGGAUUCAAAAAAUUGUGCUAAAGAUCUGGCCUUUGUAUUUUUCCCUGUUUCAGAGAACAAUGAUUAAUGGGUUACAGUGAUACUAUUAGGCUUGAACAGGUUAGCAGAGUAAAAAAAAAUGGGAGGCCAUUAGCAAGAAGCAAUGGGUCCCAGUUAUAGCAAACUCAGUUUGAGUUCAGCAUUGGGAAAUACCUCUUGAUUGUAGGAAUGAUUGGACAGUGGAACACGAUUGGUUUUUUAAGAGGAUUUUAGCAAGAGUAAAUGACCCUUUGCCAGGUAUGCUUAGAGUGUAGGGAACUUUUCCUUGUUGCAGUAGCCCCUUUUAAAUUCUAUGGAUCUAAGACAAGAGUAGUCAACAUGGUGCCCUCCAGAUGUUGCUGGACUCCAGCUCCCAUCAGCCCUAGCCAGCAUGGUCAACAGUCAGAAAUGGUGGAAGUUGUAGUCCAGCAACAUCCAGAGAACACAGGUCCUCCAUCCCUGGGCUACAGUCACACUUCAGCAGGUAGAGUUUCUUCAGCACUCCUAAACUGACUACCCCUGAUUUAAGACAUGGAAGGGUUUGGAUACUCAUUAUAAAAUUCUACAUGAAGAGUAAGAUUAUGAUAAGCCUUAUUGAGUUCAAUAUGACUUACUCCCAGUAAGUGUCCCUACGAUUAUGGCCUAAGUAGCUCGUAAGAAGCACAAUUUCUCAGCCUUUGUGACUUCCCUGUGUGCAACUCUUCCAGUCUCUAAAGGUUAUCCCAUAUAUGGAGAGUUUGUCUGAGGAAAUAUGACACAAAAUUAUUUCAUUUACUGUUUGUCUUUUUUGUAUUUGUUUUUGGGUUCUUGUGGUGGUUGUUGCAUAUGAUUUUGAUAAUAAAAAGAGAUGUGUCCACCAUUUCUAUGUCUAUGAUCUUUUUUUCAUUGUAAUGUUUGUGGUUUGGUUGAUAAACAGCUACUUGAUUUUCAUUUGGAAUUUGUGUUUUCAUUGUUUUUCUUUUACAUUUCUUUUGCUCAUGGGUUUCAGAAGAUGAUGCUUAUGUUGACAAACUGCUCACGUUUGAAAGGCAUUGUGAAACUCCUGCAGGUACUGUACUAGCAGAGUGGUUUCAAGAAAUCUGGAUUUAAAAUCCUAGCCAUUGUCAUCUGAAUGCUUCCUUCACUGCCACCCUCACCACCAUGAGUGUCAAGUGCAUACAAAUAUAUACUUAUAUGUAAAAGAGAGGAACUCAUGCCAAACUCAGAAAUGCAGCAUAUAGCAUGCCAGUUUCCCAAUGGCAAGAGUUUUGCAGAGGUGAUAAAUUUUUGACUUGUGGUUCUUUUUUAUGUAAGGGAUAAUGCUACUACUCAAGAGCAGGUCUUUCCCAUAUGUAUAUUCUGUCUACCCAGCUCGACCUUUAUUUUACAGGACUAGGCUUCCAAGGAAGCUUACAAGGCCAGAUGUUCUUAGCUUCGGCAGUAGUAUUUCCUUAGGUGUUUUUAGUUUGUUUUACAUGUACCCUGGACUCUUUAAACUAUUGUGAGUCAAAGUAACUGGUAAUUUUUGACUAGGAGAGAGAGAAGGGUAGCUUUAAAUAUUAAUUUAUUGGUUCAGUUUGGAAUUUUAUCAAAUAAUAUGGUUCAAUAAAAUCAUGCACUUAACCAACAUUCCAGAAAUCCUGCCCAGUAGUUAGUUAAACCAGAUUUAGCACCUUUAGGGGAAACUGUCAAACCAGAGAUAAAUGCCGCCUUUGGAAGCCCACCCAUACGGGAGAUCCAUGCAACAUACUUUCAGAAUUAUAAUGCAUGCUUAUCUCAAGAGCAUGUGAGUGCCAGAAUCAUUGCCAUGUUUUCCCCUUACCAGCCUUUUUCUUCAAGACAGGUUCAUGUAAUAAAGUUUAGUGCUACAUUUUCAGAUGUUGUUUUCAUACCCAGAGGCAUCUUCCAACAUUACAGCAGCAUCUUUAAAAUGGAGACAAGGCCUUGUGUGACAAAUUCCGCCCAAAGCUAGUACAGCAAAAAAACAAACAUACUAAUAGUCUGUUGCAGCAACAGAACACUUCUCACACCCUCCACGCACAAACACGUAGGCAGCAAUCCAGUGGGCAAAAAUUAUCUCCAUUUAGGAUUCCAUAGCUUGCCAUUUUUUUACUUUUUUUUUUUUUUGCUUUCUGUUUCCCAAAAUAAAACAAGAAAAUUGUUUUAAACUCCCUUCUACUCCCCCUUGCACGUUAACAGCUCACAGCGCCUCUUCCUCCCCUGUAGUGAGAUUAAUAACCUGCUUUUGUGACUUACACUUAUGUCCUUCUCUCUCCCUUCUCCUUAACCUUUCCCAUCCCGCUUCAACUCCUGGCCAUACAGAGAAUGAACAGCCUUCCCUCGUCUGGUUUGACAGAGGAAAGUUUUAUUUGACUUUUGAAGGUAAGUAGUGCAUAGCAUACUGGGUUGGAACUUUAAGCCCCCAUUUUGCUCUUAUUAUUUAAUAGAAGCCCUUUGGUUUCCUACAAACAAACAAACCCAUUCUACCUUUCUGUAUGGUAAUGCUAUGGCUACUUAGAUGACAUGACGAGUUCAAUCAGAAUCAUUUUAAAAUUUGAUUUGUACAACUGUGUCCCUUCAAUUGUUAUAAUUUAAAGGGGGAAUGGGGAAAUAAUUGUUGUUGAUUUUUUUGAAAAAAAAUCUUCUGGAGUUACUGAUUAUCAAAGAACUUGACUCUGUCAACCAGGGCUUCUUUGUAUACACUUUACAAGCAGUUUUUACACCUUAUAGCGGCUACACAUUAUAAAUAUAAGUAGAAUGUUCUAUUAUCCUGUUAUCCAUUUCUAGAGUUUUCCUUGCCAUAAUAUUCUUAACCAUGACAAUCUCCCAUACCCUUAAUAAAUAGAGUAUUUCAGAGAAAUAUGAAAAAUACAUUCGUAUUUAGUGCUUGGAUCAUGUAUCAAGACCGUUUGACGGGGGGUGGGGUGGAUAAAAAUAGUAUUACAAUCUGAAUAUUGGUCAAUUAAUAAAAGUCCAUUAUCCCUUUGGUACUUCAGUGGUGUCAUUUUAACGUUUAUGUAACCUUUUUCCAGCUUGGCUAUACAGGAGAGUUAAAGCUUUCCUAUAUUAAAUGUUUGAUUUCAUGAACCUGUUUUAUUCUGUGGCAAAUAUCCCCUGGAGUAAGAAUUGGUUGGCACAACUCAAGUUGUUUUUAGUACCCCAAAAAAGUGUUCCAGAGCAUUGUUGAACCUCCUGAACCAUGGGAAUGUACUGCAGAGAAGUGGCGCAGAAUCAGCACAAUCACCUCCCUCUACCUUCCCUUUGCAGAAACUACACUACAGGUUAUCAAUCCCUUUCCUCACAGAAGGGGCUCUUCCCUGAAUGGAAGGAUAGCUUCUUAACCUUUUUCUGUGGAAUUGCUCCACAUAUCUUGUUACCUCUAAUUCACCUCUGGGGAUAAAUUUAUAAGAAAAAGAAAGUGUACUAGAAUGACUGAGUUUCAUAUGAGCAUGAAAUGUUGUGGUCUGAAAUGGAACUUGUAAGUCAGUUAGCCAACAAGGUGCCCUCCAGAUGUUCUGGACUACAACUCCCAUUAUCCCCAGUCAUUGGCCAUGCUGACUGGGGCCGAUAAAGUUAUAGUUCAAAAUGUUUGAAGGGCACCUGAUGAAGAUUGAGAAAGCUAAGUUUGAUGGCUCUGGAAAUAUUUUUCUGUUAUAAACUAGGUAAAGCGAAUGCAUAUUUCCUUCCCGUUAAGUCAGCCUCUGCCUAAUCUUAACCAGUUACUGAUAGGUCUUUAUGAUUUGCAAAUACUGAUACGAUCCUUUUAGUUUUCUAAGUUAAAGAAAUACCCCCUAAUGGUUUAUGUACCUUAAAUGUACUUCACAGAACUAACAUCAUAGUACAACUAUUCUGCUAUCUGUAAAAGUUGUUGCCCAUCUGCAAACAGUUGUUUUUUUAAUCAGUCUUGGGAAAUUGUCCAUAUUUGGUGCCGGUAAACUUUAAUUUUGUAGGAAAACAGCUGUGGGGGGCAGCUUUAAUUGACUACAUGUUUCUCUCAGCAGUUAAUUGUUUGGACCUAUACUCAAGCUGGGCUUGAGAGUCCUGUCAAAAGUAGCACUGGAGCUCUAGAAGUUUUUGCACCUGGUUCCCUCCGUGCUUGUUUUUGGUGCCAUAAUGCCAAGGCGCACUGCUCUUUUAAGCAAGUGGCGGACCCAAUCUUCCUUUGUGGACAUUGAUUUUGACCUGUGCCUCUGCUAAUUUAGUUUUGUGUGUUUUGUUACAUUUUAUUUUUUGUGAACCACCUCAAAUUCCUUCAGUAGACAGAACGGCAAGAUAUAUUUUGAAUAAAUAAAUCAAUAUUGCCCAAACAUGUGUAGAACCAACCCAGGGAAUCCCUGUGGAUUUGGCUCUGUGGAUAAAGAACCUAUCAGCACAUUGGGGAAAGGCAGCAUUCACACAUGCACACUCCCAAGCAGACAUUGAUCCAGCACACUUUUAGUGCAUUUGAAUAGGGCUUUCAUUUCUGCCAUUCCAGCCUGCCUUUAAAAAGCAAAUAUGGACAGUGGUUUGACUUCUUGUAUUCACAAAGCCUAUGAUUUCCUGCUAGUGAUUUCAUGAUUUAUAAUGGUGUUCUUGAAGCACUUGCAUUGUUAAGUAAACAAUUUCUGUCUGUAGGUAAGACUUAUCUACAUUUUUUUUUGGUUUAAAUUUGAUCAGUUUCCAUAUAUUUUUAAAUUUUGCAUAAUCAGCUCAUAAAAAUACAGACAAAUCUCUCAAAAUAGGAAAUGCCUUAUACCUCAGGCUUGAGAAUUUAAAAAAUGGCCAAAAUGCUAAGUCUUGUCACUAGGGCAAAAUCAACCACAGGUUAGUCCUAACCCUUCUUACAUUGACUCACUUAUGGUUGAAUCUGAAAGUCCUAGAUUAUAAAAUAUAGUUUUUAAAAGGUUUUCAUCAGGUGCCAAAGAGGCAUCACAUAAACAAACAAACAACAACAACCACAUCAAUAAAGCCUGUUCAAUAAAGCAAUUUCAAUAACCUGUAAACAAACCCAGUAGAAAAACAACAAAAACUUCAGCAGCAAGUACAAUAAGAGCAGAUGGUGCAAAUUACCAAAAAGCUGGAUUGAUUUCUUAGUUUCUAAUUGGAUUUCUUUGACAAAGACUCCAUUCAGCAUUGACAGAAUAAGUUUAUUCAAGGCAAGGGGAAUAAGCCACAAAGUGUUGGGUAUUUUCCUGCAAUUGCCCGUUUGUGGGAGGAGGAGUGGAAGAAAGGGAGUGAUGGGAAGUAGGUGGUAAAGAGGAAGCCUGAGGAACUAAGUGAGGAGGACAGGAUCCUGCAGAUUCUGAAAAAGUUUACCCCAACCCCCCCCAAAAAAAAGAUGGUGCUGAAAUCCCAUCCCAGCAACUGCAUCUGUCUCACUAUCAGAAGCUGAUGAAUAUCUAUGGCAAAGCAGGAUGUUUGUUUGGAUUUCUGCAAAGCUCAAGUUUAUGAUACAUUUGAAGCCAAUUUGUAUCCUAAAUAGAAGUUGUCCUUAAGGUAGAAGCCUGGUAGUUGGUGCUGCUAGACUUUCUUAUAGGGUAGGGUCACCAGAUGUUCCCGGGGACAGUCCCCGGAUCCACCAAUCUGUCCCCGGACAAAAUCUGUCCCCGGAAUGUCCCCGGGGACAGCAGAAAAUUUUAAGCGUGGGAGAACCUAAGGCAAAGGAAAUCAUUGUACUGGUGCUGUGUGUCCCAGUGCAUGUGACCCAUUGUCUAGGCCCAGCAGAGGGAGGAGUCAGCCUGCAUUCACGUGGGAUCUGCAAGUUGGGAUGGGAUGCCCUUUUGUACUAACUCUGCAAUUGCUUAUAAAGGCACUGUUGUUGUUCAGAUGCCAAAUGCAAACUGAGCAUCAUUGGGCAGCCUGCCCAAUGACCAUAAGUUUGGUGCUACAUGAAGCUCUCAAAACAGCAGCCUAGGAAGCUGCUUUAUACCAAUUUAGUUUGUUGGUCUAUCUAGCUGUGAUUUGGAAUGGCUCUCCAGCAUAUCAAAAAGGGCCCUUCCUAUUUGGUAAUUGUAGUUCAUAGUGUUUAAUGUUUACAUUAAGCCACUGCCAUUGUGCUGAUGGCACCAUUGCUGUCUGUUGAAAACAAGCCAGUGUUGUGUGGUGGACCCUCUUGGUUGCAGUUUUAGAAACUUGACAGAUUCACUCUGUUUGGAUAAAGCAGUGUAAUACAGAAAGUGAGACAGGUGAUGUUUAGUUUACAGAAAAAGAGAGUCCCAAGCAAUCAGCAGUAGAGUUUGAUCUCCCAUCCUCUUCUUUAAACUACUGCCUAAAAAAAUCUGCUGCCUUUGCAAACCUGCAUCCUAAGUAAUUAUCAAUCUCCAACUUCAUUGUACUGUAAUGUAGUCCCUAGUCAAGCCUUAAAGUGUAGCCCCUCUGAGUCUGUCAUCUGUUGCUGAGUUUUGUAUGACACGUAACAAACUGAUGCUUAAUAAAUACUAAUACUUUUUAGCCCAAGGAGCAUAUUUGACAGAAAAGUAAUCUCUCAUCUACAGAUACAUUUUGUGAUACUUUAUUUUCCCAGCUUUUAUGUCUCUACUAAAAUAACCCAUGCCUCUGAAGCGCUUUGGUUUGUCAUGAUUGUAAAUCACACUACUUGCAAAUAUCACAUAUGAAAGUUACAUUAAAAUUGCUGCUUCUGCAAAUGUAUCUCUUCACUUGUUGGGUAACAUUUUAGAAAAGCUGUUUUCCAUUUAGUGUGAAUGUAUUUCAUAAUCUCCAAUAGUAACAAUAGUUGGGUCCAAAAUAUUGGUUCCCUACUUUUUCUUUCUUCUGUGAACUUAAUUUAAUGCUUAGAAGACAUAUUCUCAAAUCAAGUGCUUUGUGAACAAGAAGGCUGGUGUAUCAGUUUAUGCUUAUUGGGUCUUCAAAUCUUAUUUAAAAUGAAGAAGGGUACUUAAGUCUAUGGGACAGCAACUAUAUCCAUCUGAAGUGUGCUGCCUAGCCUCUGCUUGACAAUUUCAAAGCUUAAAGAGGUAUGAGAAAACUGGCAUCUAUGGCAGCUCAUGGGGCUGGCAGGUCAACUCUGAGUAAGACCUCCCUCAUCCACAAUUUGAUUAUGGAUGAGGAGGUUGAUCCGGUUUGUAUCACUGAGACUUGCGUGGAUGAGCAGGUUGGAGUUGGUCUCACCGACCUGUGCCCAUCUGGGUACUCAGGUUAGCAUCAGGGCAGACUUUGGGGGGGGAGGGGAAGUUGCUGUGUUCUACAGAAAUUCUCUCCCUCUCUGUUGUCUUGCUUCCCACCUCGCUGCUCCGCUUUCUCCUUGCCUAAGCUUACACAGCUGGGCUCAGAGGUGGUGUUGAGGACUCCCAGACUGCUGGUUUUGGGGGACUAACAUCCAUGCUGAGGCGAGUGGCUCUGGGGUGGCUCAGGACUUCAUGGCUGUUAUGACACCCAUGGGGCUUUCUCAACAUGCCACCGGUCCAACACAUGUGGCAAGCCACACUCUGGACCUUGUUUUCUCAACUGCGCAGGAAGAGGGUGAUCUGAAAGUAGGGAGCAUUGAAAUCAGUCUCUGGUCAUGGUCAGAUCACUUCCUGUUGAGAUUUAGGCUUUCAUCAUCUUUCCCGCUCUGCAUGAGGAUGGUUUGCCCCUGGAAGCUGAUGGACUGAGUGAGCUUCCAGGCGGCUCUGGGGGAUUUUCUAGCUAAUAUGACGGGCUCCUGUCAAAGUCCUGCCUGACCUCUGGAACAUCUGAAUGGCUCAAACUGUUGAUGCACUUGUCCCUGAGCUGCUCCUCCUGCUUCAUGGAGCCCAUUUGGCUCCCUGGUAUACUCCAGAGCUUAGGGCAAGGAAACAAGCUGGAUACAACUGAAAGUGGAGGAAAGAUCUGGCUGAAUCCAACCAAACAGUGGUGAGGGCUCAUCAUUGAGCCUACCUAUUGGCAGUGAAGGCACAGGAACGAAGGCAUCCUUUGUUACCUCCACUGCAUCCUCACUAUGCCGCCUGGCAUAGCUUUUCUGGGUAAUGCAGGCCUUUUAAAGUCUGGCCUUAGGCAGCUGACAGAACGACAGUAGCUUGCUGUGACUUGUUUGCAAAGCAUUUCUAGGGCAGCAUGGCUUGCAUCUGUUACAGCACAUGAAUCCUGAGUUGUGUCCAGAGCACUGUCUAGUCUUGUUAUGUUGGAUAAGUUUCAGUGAGCAAGGCUCAAGAAUGUGGGAAGGGUGCUUGGAUAGGGUUGCCAUAUUCCAAACAGUGAAAAUCCAAACAGCAAAUUUGAUGCUGCUGGCAUGGAUUUUAUGCUGAUGGAUGCGGUAAUCCAGAUAUGUCCAGGAAAUUCAACACGUAUGGCAACCCAAUGCUUGGAUCAGUCAGGGCGACCACUUGCGCUCUCUACCCUUGCCCCCUUUGGCUGAUAAAAACUAGCAGAGAGGGGACAGCUGUCUGUUUGAUAAGCAAUUGCAACAUAGAGAAGAUAGGAUUGCCUGCAGGCACUAUAGCAGAUCUCCACUGUGUGCCCAUGGGCUUCAGACUUGGAGGAAAAUUUCAUCCUCUCUCUUUUUAACCUGCUCUGCACAUGUUGAAAUAACCAUUGUUUUUCCUGUACAUAGCUCAUGGUUCUGACCAAAAACAAAAUUUCAGGUUUAAAUUCCCUCUUGUUGUUUGUAAAUAAAUAUCACAGCUUAUACAAUUCAUAACACUGAUAUUAAAUAUAACACCAUGUAACCACUCACAUUCAUUCAACAACUAAACAGGCAAUUUUAUGUUAAUUGAUACUGUUAUUUCCAUGAUGAUUGCUUCAUAAUUGGUACACACUUGAACCAAUUAAUUUUACUUAGCCAUGUAAUUUUAUCUUGACUAUUUUGAAUUGAUUUAUUCACAGCGUACUCUGAAAUUUUGCUGGUUCUGUCUAUCUCUGUUUGUCCCUAAGCGAUAAAAACAUAACAGUAUAAAAUUAUAAAAUUUCAAGGUUACAGAACCCCAGUUCCUUAACCAUACUUCUCAUUUUAACAAACUUUGAUGUGCUGAAUGUUGUUGUGAUGAAUGAACCUGUCAUAUGAGCAUCAAAAUACAUUUCAAUGUCCGAGUUUAUUUUCAUAUUUUGUGUAGUAUUUUGAGUUGUAUAAUUGUGAUAUUAACAAUGAGCUUUUCAUUCUUAGCUCUUCUUUAUUAAUACUCUUCAUAUUCACAGCACAAUUUGUAGGAGGACAUUUUGUACUAUUAAAGCUAUAAUAGAUGUACUUUGUACCUGUCUAAAAGGGAUGGCAUGAAUAGGCUACAAGACAGAAUUUACGCAAGAAGCUUUUAUUACUUGCCUAAGGGCCAAACCACACAUGAUGGGCAAUUCUCUAAUUUUUCUUCCUUGUUGAGCAGCUAGGGAGCCAAAGCUUUGAGCAGAGAACCAGAACAGGGAGGGGCUGAAGAAUGAUUUCCUUUUCUACUGCUUGUUUGCUCAGAAUCUCCCCCUGGCAGGGAAAGCCCAGGUUAAAAGAGCAAUUUUCAGCAAAUGGCAAGAAUGGUUAGGAUUAAGCAGCCUCUCCUUUCCAUUUUCCAUUUCAGCUUCCCAUGGCUGCUUCUUAUUCAGGAAGAAAGUGGGAGGGAGAAGCAUGGAACUUGCUAUAUAUCCAUAACAAUGAUUUACUUACAUACAUGAUAGUUCUCCCUACAUGAGAAUUUACAGCCUUGUGAUUUGGAUCCAUUUGUUCAUGCUACACACAGCACUGGCAAAGGUUGCUUAAAAACACAAGGCGGACAUGCCCCUGUGAAUGAUGUUUUGAACUAUUUGCACCUGCUAUGAACUGCAAGUCUAUAAUCCUUUUUGUUUGUUGUUGUGCUAUGAAUCUGGAUGUGAAAGAGAGGGGAGGCAUGAAUGCCUAUGGUCUGUUUAAGACCACUUGUGCAUUAAUUACCUAAGAGUGACUAAAUAUGACCCAACUUUAACUGUUCUUUAAUUGUUCUUCCAGGUCAAGUGUCAAUUCCAGAACAAGCCAGGGUGAUAACCUGGAUAAAUAUUGUUUUUGGGUGUUAGAUUGCUCAGCAGUGAAAAUGGUCCUGUAGUCUAGGUUUCAACUGUACGUCUGUAAGAUGUAAAUCAGAGUUAUCUAUCUUAUUGAAUAGCUGUGAGGAUGAUUAAGGAUUGCAAAUCAAGGAGAAUAUUCUGCAUGAUGACUAAAAAAGCAAAUGCAGGCUACAUAAACAGAAGCAUAGCUUCCAGGUCACAAGAAGUAAUAGUUCUGCCCUAUUUUUCUGCUGGCCGGCCAGCAUUUGAAUAACUGUCUUCAAAUAUCUUCAGGGCCCUCAUGCAGAAGAUGGGAUGAACUUGUUCUCUUUUGUUCCAGAGAGUAGAACUAGAACCAAUGGGUGGAAAUUGCAAGGGAGCAGAUUUUGGCUAAACAUUGGGAGAAGCCACCUAAUGGCAAGAACUGUUCUAGACUGUUAGAACAGUAAGGACUGGAACAAAGACUGCCUUGGGAGGAUGUGGCUAUCCAUUGGGGACACAAUAAAUGCUUCGUGCAUUACGCAGCCUGCAUUGUGUAGGGGGUUGGACUAGAUAAACGCUGUGGUCCCUUACAACUCUGUAAUUCUAUAGUGUAAAUAAAGCAUAAAAUGAAAGUUUAGCAAAAAAAUUACACUUGCCUAAAUCUAUCAAGAAAAAUAGCUAUGGAGAAACAACUUCUAUCCUUUAUAAUUUCUUUGCUAGAUCUAAAACUACCUGGACAAAUUGCAUAGGAAUGCACAUUCAGAACCACAUGGGCAGAUUGCCGAGGGAUUCACAUUCAAAUAUACUUUAGCAAUAUACGUAUGGAUGUAAGGCAUCUAAUGUACAGCAAUGCAGGUGGGCAACUUCACUUUCCAAAGUAUUUGUCUAAUCCUAUAGGAGUUUCUUGCAUGAGAUUAUAAGUGGAUCAGGGCCACUUGAUUACUGUUCUGUACAUCUACUGGAUUUUAAAUAUGUACUAUAAAUAAGGAUUUAGACCAAGCUGUGGGUUAAACCACAGAGCCUAGGACUUGCUGAUCAGAAGGUCAGCGGUUUGAAUCCCCGCGACGGGGUGAGCUCCCAUUGCUCGGUCCCUGCUCCUGCAAACCUAGCAGUUCGAAAGCACGUCAAAGUGCAAAUAGAUAAAUAGGUACAGCUCCGGCGGGAAGGUAAACAGUGUUUCCGUGCGCUGCUCUGGCUCGCCAGAAGCGGCUUAGUCAUGCUGGCCACAUGCUGGCCAAUAAAGCGAGAUGAGCGCCGCAACCCCAGAGUCGGUCAUGACUGGACCUAAUGGUCAGGGGUCCCUUUACCUUUACGGAUUAAAUAUAAGGUUGGAUAAUUUGGCACGUUGCUAUCAUAACUGGAAAUGACCUAUUUAUUGAGGGCAGCUAGCUUAAUUUGAUUUACAAAGGUCAUGCCACAUGUGUCCUACUGAAACAUUUACCUUUUGCACUUGGAGAAGUGACACUUAAAAAUGUAUUACAGUGGUAACAGCUGAAUUUAUAACAUGGGCAAUAAGCAGUGACAACCCAAGCACCACUGAGAUGAUGAAAGUAAAUUACACCUUGAUGGUUAAUGUGACAAAAUAAAUUCUUGGGACGUUGGAGACAGAAAAAGAGACAGAACCAAAUAGUUAUUAAUUACUGCUUACCACACAUCAAGGGACGCGGGUGGCGCUGUGGGUAAAACCUCAGCGCCUAGGGUACCACUGUAGCUAUCAAAAUUCUGCUAGAGCACCUAAGAAUUCAUGAGGAUAUUGGUCCAUGUCAGUACUGUCAUUAGGUACAGUAUUGCAUAGAUACAUGUGGGACUUUUGUAACUGUAGACUCUAUUGUUCAGCCUCAUUUUGAGCGGUUGGGCUGAAUUUCCAGCAGACCCAUCAAAAUUUACCUCCUUGUGAUGUAUUCUUUGAUCUUUUCCUCUUUGAAAACCAGGAAACUGUUCCCUUUGGACUUUGGGCAUGAAAAUAAAUAGUUGCAAAAUAAUAGCUCCAAGCCUGUAUAACCCUCUUGGGACCAAUAUUCCCUAAAAUUAAAUCGUUCUUUGUUCUUUCACUGCUGAAAAUAUGAACCUUGUGACUCAGAGAUUUCUCAGAGAAUGAAUGGAGGUGCAAGAAGGGUUGCAAGCAAUCUAGUAGAGCAUAAAAAUGUAAUAAUAAAAAGAGGGAAAGUAAUUAAGAGAAUUGGCUUUGUGGUGGGAAUGAGCCAAAAUAUAGCGCUCUUUCCCCAUGGAAAGCCUUCUCCUGCAUCCAUGCUGAUGUUCUUUUAGGGAAAAAUGUCUCCCUCUCUGUGUACUUAACCUCAGUGGAUUACAGUCUACUCUAUCUCUUUCCAAGGGUGGGACAAGAUCAAGGUUCAGUUAUGUUGUGGUUCAGAUCACUUUGUUAAAGUGACAGUUGCAGCAUCAGUUUAAGCAAAAUGAUCAGCAAAGAUAUCACAGUUCAGCAAGAUCCCUCCCUUCCUUUUGCAACUUCAUUGACAGGAGGUUGAGGGAUAGCAGCUUUCCAACAAAGGACCUGUUUUUUUUCUAGAGGAGCACCGCUCUUUCAGAGUGAACGUCACACUCCCUGAAAUUUCACCUUUUGCUGCAAAAUACAAGCCCUUUGACAUUUUCAGCUUAACUCUGCUGUGUGGAUUUCCUUAUUAAGGGGAAAUGAGUCCUAAAGCUUUUCUCAUAGCAUUGAAAGCUGUGUGCAAUGAGCGUAUGAAGGGGAAGAGUUUCAUGCCCACUGUACUGCCUCCUGGCUUACGUGCAUUCAUCAUGUGUCUGUGCACACACAAGUCAGGACCCGUAAACAGUGGGCAUGAUCCACCCUAUCCUUCGGCAUGGCCCUUGUACAUGGUCUCUCCUCUGUGCUGUGCCUCUUUUCACAUCCCCAUUAAUGUUACUGGAACUUCCAGGCACAGGCAACAACCAAUUUGUGUGUGGGGGGGGUAUGUUCUGGACAUGUUGGCAGAGCCCGCGCAAGCAUGUCCUGCUCCACUCCUUUUUGUGUCAUUUUUGGGUCCGUUCUGGGUUCAGCAUGAUGUCUGUGUGUGUGGUCAGGCAUGUAUCGGAUGCGCCUAAAAGGACUGCUGCCAGUAAGCCAAUCUAAGGCUUGCAUUUUAUAUGCCUAUAUGCCUACUGCAGUAUAUAGCUGAUAUACUGCUGUAGCCCCUCUCUGAAAAUUUCCUUCCUGAUAUACUUCUGUAGCCCCUCUCUGAAAAUUUCCUUCCUGAUAUACUUCUGUAGCCCCUCUCUGAAAAUGUCCAUCCUGAUAUACUGCUGUAGCCCCUCUCUGAAAAUUUCCUUCCUUGAUCAGCUAUUUAAACAGCUGCAGUAGAAAGAAAUGUGAUAUUGUGAAGUGUUCUCCAUUAGCCCGACUAGGACACAUAUGCAUUUGGCUUCGCCCCUCCUUGUAUUGCUUCCUGUAAUGGUCCCUCCGCCUCAUCAUUAUGUAACUUCAUUAUGUAAUAAUAUCGAAGUCUGUAGCUGGAUAUGUUUAAUUUCCUCUUCCCAUUCCUUUCUAUCCUCUCUCUUAGUUUGUAAGUCAUUGUUAUAGCCUGUAACCCACCUUGAGUGCUUUGGCCAGAACAGUAGUAACUAGACAUAAGCUAAAUUGCAACCUCUUCCUUUGAAGACUACUCUAAAUGGGUGUGUUUUAAAUAGACGUUUAUGGCAUGAAAGUGCCCUUAGGAUGUUCUGCUGUUAUACAUGGCCCUUUUAUACACCAUGACUGGGACAGUUUCCACAUAUCACACAGUGCUGCUGUUGGAGGUGGAAUCACAAAGGCCAGUCAUCAUCUGUCCUCUAGCAGAAGAGUGCUAGAGAAGAGACCUGCAAGCCUCACGCAGAAGCAACAUUGGAGCUUUCCAUGUGAAGCGUAAUAUCUGCACAUUAAAUUUCAUGGUGGUUGAAUAUUCAUCGAACCAAGUUCUGUGAAUCCCAGGGGGGGAAAUAUAUUCCCUAUAUCUUCUCUUUGUUUCAAAUCAGAAGAACUUUUGAUAGUUUAAAUAUUUGACCAGAAUAAGGACAAUUUUCAACAAUACAAUGAUAGAAAAUAUAAUGUAAAACACACUAGAAAAUGAACUUUUUUUGUAAUUAUCAUAUUUAUCCCUGGUAUAUCAUAAGGGUGUGUGGUUGAUAAUGACUGAAGAGAAGAUGACUAUGCAGAGGUGUUCUUCUAAAGAUGGGUUUUCUUUUUCAAGCGUGUUGGGGAAACAUUUUCCCAGGUUUUGUUAGCCACAUUAAAAGAUUUUAAAUUAAGCAGGCUCUCCUCAGACUAAUAUGCAAUAUUGAUCAUGACACCGUGUGAACUGCUUGGGGGAAAAAGGUCUCUGACUGCAACAUCAUGAUGGUAAUUGUUUUUCUUGCUGGCCUCCUAACUCCUGCCAGAGCUAUUUUCCAGAUAUUUUGCAUAAGUGGUAAACAGAUAACCCACAACCUGCUGCAUACUGAAUUAUUACAACAGUAGCACCAUAUAGCAGGGUAAAAGAAACAAUAGUAAAGCUUGCGUAUAUAUUACAAAGCAUUUAGUGCUACUUUUUCUAUCUAAAUAGACAGCCAAAAUUUUUAAAAAUCUCUUUUGAAAUGCACUCUGUAAGGCAAUUCUAUAUGUAUUCAUAUCCUCUGGAAAGCUAAUCUUUUCCCCAUGAGGUAUGUUUCUGUGGGUUUUGGUGAAAAACGCAACAGAGACUAGGAAGUGUAAUCUGAUUUACAUGGUGGAUUUAUUCAUAUGAUGAUUUCUACUCAGAAGGACCUUCAGGGCGUUCCCCCUCCCCAACUUUAGAAGAAGAAGGAGAAAAAAUGUCCCGAUCAUUUAUGGAAGUAGCUUAUUUAGAAAGUUGUUUGGUUGCUACUGCAGACAAACGGGCUGAAUGCCAUUUUAAGCUCCUGGUUGUGAAUUGGCAUGAUUUGUGGGAAUUGGUCUUGCAGGCCAAAUUGGGACUUCAUUUACCACACCAGCUAGAAGCCCCUCGCCGCUGCCCUAGAAGGGGGGAAGAAGGGAGUUUCAUUGUGAUCUUUCCCCCUCAGACGAUUCUUGUUAUUAUGUCCAGCUCAACAACAGCUAUAUUUUACUUAAGCAUUAUUUCAGCAUGUGGCAUUGUACUGGUCAUAUGAUUCACUUAAAUUUACCACAUUCUUUGGCACAAUCCUUUGAAAGUUGUUGGUUUGGGGAAAACUUUUAUUUACCACAUUCUUUGGCACAAUCCAUUUUACAAUACUUUGAAACUUGUUGGUGUGGGGAAAACUUUUAAAAAUAGUUUUAUUUUGCUGUUUGUUUAGACCCUGUAAUCUGACAUUCCUUUGGUCUUGAUGGAUGUCUUGAAGAAACCUCUCUCUCUUUUCAUCAUUAAGCUCCAGAAUAGACCUGGAACCUAGUUGGAAUUAAUAGACUGGUCCUUUCUUCCAUAUUUAUAUAGUCAUGGUGGGAAUAGAUAUAAAAAAGGCACUUCAGAGGAAGAAGCAGUGGAGGCAUGUCCAUUACACUGAAUAGGGCACUGCCCCACGAACCUCAGCCAGCCCCUCUUACAGACUCUGUCAUUGACUACAACUCUACUUAUUGUAUGUCUGCCCUACCAGUCCUGAAGGGCAAAAGCCACCACCAGAGGGAAGUCUAAAAUAUGCUUCUUGCAGUUUGUUUACCAAAGCUCCUCUUUGGAUUUCAACCUUUCUGUCUUAAUGAGAGAUAACGUAACCCUAACAGCCUAUGUGGAGAUUAGUUGUGUUCCAGUGAGAAAUGAAAACCAUAUUUUUUUCUAACUUUAUAGUUGUUUGCACAAUUUUUCUAUUCUCUGCAUUCUGGAAUACCUGUUGAAAUAAAGGGAGAAUUUCAUUGGAUUUUUGCUUUCUUGAGCGACUAAAUAUAUUGUUAAUCCUCUGGAGACUUACUGUAUUUUUCCAUCUAUAAGACGCCCCCAUAUAUAAGACGCCCCCUAUUUUGGGGGACUCAGAUUUAAGAAAAUGGGGGGAGAUACCCCAUGUAUAAGAUGCCCCCUCAUUUUUGACAUUAUUUUUUAGGGGGGAAAUCUAGUCUUAUACACAGAAAAAUACAGUACUUUCCAGAAAGGCAAAACCAUGGGGGUGUGAUAUCCGAAAACACAUAUCUACUCUGCACAUGACUUAGACAGAUAACACCAAUGGUAUUGAUCACGUCUGCUCACAGUGGGAGAAUACAUGCAAUUAUUUUUUGUUCUUUUGUCAUUGUAAUCGCUGUUUCUUUUGAGCCAGACACAGAUAAAGCAUCACAUCUUCAUCAGCUAGCUUUUGGUUCAGCAUGACUUUCUGUUGAGCAUCUGCUGAGCAUAUUUCAGUGGAAAUAGGGGUUCAAUACACAUAAAUAAAAAUAAAUUUCCCUUGUGCCUAGGCUGCUGCUUUUCCCCUCUUACGUCAGUGUGAGAUUUGAGAGUUAAAAUGUGUGCAGGCUUCCAGAAUGAUCACACUAAUGCUUAUUUUAUCAAAAUGUUUGGGAUAUUUUUGGAGGAGACUCUUAAUUCAUACAAUUUUAAACUAUUGUAAUACCCACUGAGCAACUUGCAAUAUCUUUGCCAAACAUUAAUUGAAGGCAUAAGGCAAUUGUUGCCAAAUAUGUUCCUCUGUGAUUCUAUUCUGAGUAAACAAGGCAUUUUAUCUACACUUCAAUUGAAUACGUGAAAUUCUUGGUUUUUCCCUGCAGUCAUCUACUCCUCAAAAGGCCAAACUAGGUGUGAUGAGGCUGCCACAUGUAUGUUAUCCAUACGUCUGCCCUGUUCACCUAUAAAUCAUGGUUAGGAGACAUUAUGUGAAAAGGAGUGCAUGAGGGAAAAGAGCAAAAGUUGGCUCUCCUCCACUUUAUAUCUCUGUACUCCAGAGCUUUCAUUUUCUUCCAGGUUGGUUUAGUUCCAGUAGUAGAACUGGACAGAGAAAACAACUUAAAGCAAUGGAGUCCAGCAACAUCAAGUGGAAGAGAAUGUAGGUUUUCCUUUCCCUUCCUGUGUCCCUUUUCUUCAGCACCCCGUGAGGGCUACCAUAUAUCCGGAAUCUCCCAAACAUAACCGGAAUGCUGCAGUCAGAAGCAGUGUCCAGGCGGAAAUUGUUAAAAUGUCUGGGAAAAUCCGCACGCAUGUUGAUCCAUGUCAGCAGUGUUGUUUUUGCCAAUGUUCCUGAAAAAUAACUCCAAAAUGACAUUUUUGUGGGGGAAUUUUGCCAAAGAAAGCUCAAUAAUUUUGGUGUCUGGAUUUUUACUUUUUGAAAUAUGGCAACCCAACCGCUGCCCCUCUUUAUAUGUGAAUGGGACAGACAUUUGGGCAGCUUGCCCAACAUACCUAGUUUGGCCUUAAUGCAGAAAGAGCAGUUUUAUACAGAGCCUCUUUGGGACUUAAUGGGAUUCUUACUUAGCUGCCCAAAGAGGACUGGGUAAGUGAGACCCUGCAUUCACCCACAACUGCCCCUGCUUUGUUGUUUUUUCCUUCCUUGAACCUCAGUAAUUGUGUCCAUGGGAAAGAUCUAUCUCUGGAUAGGCAAUUGAAAUCAGAUGGAUAUCCGCUUUCGAAGAAAAGUCCAGGCACUGAAAUAUUGCAAGUCACCAAACCGAAUGAAAUAAUGAAUUAGAAGGUUUCUAGUGCAUUAAAUAAACCCAGACAAUUAUCCACAUUCUCAAGUAGCCAUUUUAAGUGUUUGAAAAACAAGAACCAACCAUGAUGAUCACCAGGAUAGAUACUCCACCCAAAUGGCUCCCCUUUUCAACAAACAAAUAUUAAUGUUCCUGAUGAACUCUGCCUUUUCAGUGCAGGACUGCACAUGUACCCUGUUUUAAAUGAGGACGUGGUCUUCCUGCAAGUUAGCUAUUACCCCAUACAGUCAAAGGUACAUCUUUUACCCCCUCCCAUGGUGGGGGCGAAGUUAGUGUGAGACAAGGGGCACCUCCAGACAUCCUCUUUAUUAAGCCCCCCCCCCUGAUUUUUGUGUGUGAAGGUUAUACAACACCCACUGUUUAUUGAACAUUCAUCCUGAUUUUUUGUGCAGGUUAUACAACUUCCUGUCAAUUAUCAUACACUUUCUAAUGCAUUUUCCCCUUCACUUUUCUUACCCGAAAAGACUGCUUGUUGUUUUUAUUUUUAAAAAGUGGGUUUGUUGCACAAGUGCGUUUUAAUCUACCUGAAUUGCACAAAUCUAAAUUUUCCAGUGUGUAAUUGAACCCCUCCGGCAAAAUAGUGACAGUCUGGGAGAAAACUAACACUACACUAGCACCAGUGCUAAAAACAUUUUUAAGCCGUCUUGCUAACUGCACUGCAUCGCCUGCGCUUCUUGUCUCUUGUGUUCUGUCUUGAUGGAUUCACUGGUUUCAGCUAAUUUUUCUUCCCAGGAGUUUCCUUUCAACAAAAUUACAUUGAUUAUUCUCUUAUUCACUGUGGGUGGAUUGCUCUGGUGCUGAAGUUCAAAACUGUGCCUGGCUUGCAUUAAACACACACACAUAUACACACUGCUACUAACAGUGAUUAAAAGCUUUGGUUUUGAUUUUUGCUUAGAGAAAAACGUAAGUAUUUUUUUAGACCAGAAACAAAGUUGACGUAAUUUGCCAGUAGAGUGCUUGAUUUAUAAAAUGACUGCUUUUUGCCUUCUCUUUGCAUUUCUCUGCAUUUCCCUUGAUGGAGUUGACUUGAUGCAAUCGAAAAGGUUUCUGUGUGCAUAAAAAGUGACUAUUUUUCAUUGGUUGCAGGCUCUUCUAGAGGACCCAGCCCCUUAACCAUGGGUGCGCAAGACACUCUUCCCGUAGCUGCAGCUUUCACUGAAACAGUUAAUGCGUACUUCAAAGGAGCAGAUCCUAACAAGUAGGUAUCAAAUUGUUUGCCCUCCAUCUCUUCCCCAUACAAUAAUAAACAGUUCAGGGUUGGUCUUACACAGUUAGAGUAUGCUCACCUUUACUGCUUACUCUGCAUCCUGUGUACUCACACUGCUAGUUUUUCUCCCCUGAAACCAAAUUCAGAACACGACCUUAGCCUCAACCCAUAUUGGUGCUGUAGCUUCUUGACAAAUACUGUUGUUUGAUGCAUUUCCCUCUCUCAAUUGAACUUCAGUCCAGCUGCAUUCACUUAGUACUUUAAGAAUGGCGUGUACGUUUGAGAAGGCAGGGAAACAAAAAAAGACUGCACUCCUUGGCUGAAUCCCCCUCUCUGGUAUGAACAGCACUGUGCAAAUGUGGUUUCAAAUGCAGCAGUGGGAAACAACCUCACUGAAUUUUAAGCUGCUGAUGUGAACAUCCCCUUAUUUGCCUGUAGGUGGGCCACACAUUAGGGACUGAUGAUGUAAAACCAGCAACAAAGUUGGAGAAAAUAUUCUUUGGCAGCUGACAAAUAAUUCAGUAAAUAAGUACAGUUGUACCUCGGGUUACAUACGCUUCAGGUUACAUAUGCUUCAGGUUACAGACUCUGCUAACCCAGAAAUAGUACCUCGGGUUAGGAACUUUGCUUCAGGAUGAGAACAGAAAUUGCGCGGCGGCAGCGCGGUGGCAGCAGGAGGUCCCAUUAGCUAAAGUGGUGCUUCAGGUUAAGAACAGUUUCAGGUUAAGAACGGACCUGCAGAACGAAUUAAUUACGUAACCAGAGGUACCACUGUACUGAGUGGGGAGAGGGCACAGGGAUCAGUUAUUUUGCAAAAAGGGGACCCUAGCAUGAUGCAAUCGGAGUUCUGUUGAAUGCUUUCAUAAAUUAGGGAAUGCUGGUAUUACUGUGUCAAGAGAAAAAACCAGAUGCUCCAGCUUCUCAAUCUUCAGCGUGGUUGGGGUAUUUAAAUAUCAUCUGAUCUUCAGUGAAGUAUGACUGUAAUCUGGUAUAUUGGUUUGCUGUAUUUAUUUCAUUUCACAACUCUGUAUUACUUUUCUUUUUCUCUGUUACCUGUUUUUUCGGUGCCUACACGUUUUUGUAUGCAACAAAAAAUCAAAUAAAAAGUUUUCUUUCCUCCAAGUAUAGGGAAAUGUACCUGAAUGAAUUGUUCUCUUUCUCUUUCUGUACGUUUCUUUUGAUAUUAAAGAUGCAUAGUGAAGAUUACUGGAGAGAUGGUGCUGUCGUUUCCUGCAGGAAUUACUAGACAUUUUGCCAAUAAUCCCGCCCCUGCUGUUCUAACAUUCCGUGUAACAAAUUACAACAGGUUAGAACACGUCUUGCCAAACCCCCAACUGCUUUGCUGGUAAAUAUCUUUCUAUUUUAACUCUUAUAGAUCUAUAGGAGGAAGUUGCUUUUGUAACUUUCGCACAAGAAACUUUGCAUAGAUCAUAAAUGAGAUCAAUAGCAUUCUUAAUUUAUAAAUAUCUAAAACCUUUCAGUAUAUUUUUGUAUGUCAAAAACAUACAAAAGUACCUGUGGAGUUUAUACUCUGUUGUUGAAACGGUAACUCUCACAAUGUUUUCUUUUAUUGUUGUAUAGUGAUUUUACAGAUGAGCAGCAUGCUCAUUUGUCAAGCUGUUGUCAGAAAGCAAACACAAAAUGUUCAUGUUGAUCACCAUCAGCUUGAGCAUGGGUCAUUCUGAAGCAGCUAUAAUAAAUGACUAUUUCGCUUUCCAGUUUUUGGCAAUGCCAAAUUCGGCACUCCUAUAAGAAAAUGGGACUGUUAACAAUAUAGCUAGAAACCUGCUUGCCAUUCUUCAGCUUUUCACUGUGAAUCAUCUGAUCGUUCGGCUAUGUUUGCUAGCAGCCAAUGCUGCUGAAGACUCUGAAUCAGUCUCUGUCUCUCAUUCUUUGCAUUCAAAUUUUGCCCCAGUAAGACCAUUACAAUUUGACAUCAUUUCUUAACACAAUGAACAUGCUACAAAUAUAACACACAUCUGAAGGACAUGUGGUAUUUCAUCCCUGAUCACUGGACAUUAUGGUUGGUUGGGUUGGGGCUUGGGAGUUGUAAUCCAAUACCUAGCUGGGCCCCAGGUUCCCCAACCCUGCUCUUCAUGUUAUUACUUGUUGACAAAAGUUUUCCAUUUACAAAAUUAACAUUUUCUCUCUUUUUUUCCUAAAUGGAUGCAGUGACAGUACACAAGCUGAUGCCAAUGCAAAGGAAUUCUGGGUAAACAUGCCAAAUUUGAUGACGCAUUUAAAGAAAGUAUCUGAACAGAAGCCACAAGCAACGUAUUAUAAUGUGGAUAUGCUUAAAUAUCAGGUAAUACCUUUUACAGCAUAUAAUCUGGUGAAAUGUUCAAUGUGCAUAAGGGCUGGAUAAAUGUAGUUCCUUUUUGUUAGUCAUUGCUGGUUUCAGUAUCUCCCCCCCCCAAAAAAAAAACUUUUUAUGAAUGGACAUGCUGAAUUGUACUAAAGGAAAAGUAAAAACAAUGCAAAGUAUAUUCCAGGCCAAAAGAACCCCUUUUAAUCUGAAAGUUUAUAACUAGAGAGCCAGUGUGGUGAAGUGGUUAAGAGCGGUGGUCUCGUAAUCUGGGGAACCGGGUUCGCGUCUCCGCUCCUCCACAUGUAGCUGCUGGGUGACCUUGGGCCGGUCACACUUCUUUCAAGUCUCUCAGCCCCACUCACCUCACAGAGUGUUUGUUGUGGGGGAGGAAGGGAAAGGAGAAUGUUAGCCGCUUUGAGACUCCUUAAAGGGAGUGAAAGGCAGGAUAUCAAAUCCAAACUCUUCUUCUUCUACUACUACUACACUUUGCCUAUGAAAUCUUCCCUUUCUCUUUCUUAUAAGGUAUCAGCCCAGGGUAUUCAGUCUACUCCAUUGAACCUUGCAGUGAACUGGCGGUGUGAGCCUACAAGCACCGAUCUACGCAUUGACUACAAAUAUAAUCUAGAGGCAAUGACUACACCAGUAGCUUUAAACAAUGUGCAGUUCCUUGUUCCCAUAGACGGAGGAGUGACAAAACUUCAAGCUGUGCUUCCACCUGCUAUUUGGUAUGAACCUAAACUGGUCUUUGAUCCUUCCCAGCGCUCACUCCAGAGAUGCACUGUUCUUAAUGGCUGAAGGUGGUUCCAUAUGGACAACCUGAAACUGUUUUUGAUCAGCCCUUGUCAUUAUGUGAUUAAAACUUUUGCACAGUUCUGUCUGAAUAACUCUGUAGCAUUUAGAACAUUUGUAUGCAAAUGAGAAAGAGAGAAACUUAAUGCUACAGCUUAUCCACGCUUACCUUUCCUCUGCUCUUUCCAGGCAUGGUCUGAGAUUUAAAGCUCUGUGUCCAAGCACCCCCUUUUUUGUUUUUUUGUUCCAGAGCUUUCCCUGAAAAAACCCGUUCUGUAAAGCUCAAUUGGAGCAAGCAUCAACCUGCAGAAAACCCAAACGGAAGUUUGCUCCGAUUCAGCUUUAAAGAGCAGGUUUUUUCAGGGAAACCUCUGGCCAAAAAUCAAACAAACACAGGUGCCCUUCAGAUGAUGUUGGGCUGCAUCAUCCCUGACCUUUGUUUGGCCAUGGUGGCUGGGGCUGAUGGGAAACUGUAGAACAACAGUGUAUAAUGGGCACCAAGUUGGCUGCCCCAAGGUAGUGGGGAUGCUAGCUUUACACAAGGCAAAUUGUUAUGGGAACUUCCUGCUCAGCACUGUAACAAUAAACUGGGAUGGUUCCUGAACUACACUGUUCUGUACUGACUUUCUAUGCUGGAUGAUGCUAAUUUCAGAUUGCCUGCUUCCUGCAGCACUUAAUUUGCUUGCUACGUAUCCUGUCACUCCAAAACUCAUAUCAACAAGCUUUCUUUUGUUUUUAGGAAUGCUGAACAGCAAAAGAUAUUGUGGAGGAUUCCUGAUAUUUCACAAAAAUCAGAGAAUGGAGGUAAUAAGGCAAGCUUACAUGCUCCUCUGAAAAAUCAGCCUCUUCGGCCUUAUGUUUUCUCCCUCUACUCAUACUAACAUGUGCCCCACUUACUGCGUCAUCAUGUAUAGCUGUCUUCUCACUCCUCUCUCACUGUGUGGAGUGAGGAGACUCAUUGAACAGUGCAGCCAUGGAUAGUUUUUACAUGAAACUGAAUACAGUACAAUAAAGCCAAGAGUCCCUGGGCUGUGCACUUAUUUUAACAUGUUAUUGGGGUGAGUUAAUUACUGAAAUGUCAUUGCUAUUUAUGUAUUACGUUUAUGAAUUUAUUUUUAUUUUAUUUUUUUUAUAAGUACUGUUUCACUAUUUCUGUGAACUGGUUUGGUUACAAAAUUAUUAUGAAUAAUAAGCAUACAAAUAAAUUGAUGAGACUGGUAUGUGCAGUGUGAUUAUGCAUGUUAUCUCAGAAAUAAGUUCCGGGGGGGGGGGGGGGCAACUUGAAUAAAAUCUGAGGUGGGCAGGUAAGUCCCACCCUGCAUAAUCAGUCACAAGAUGCUGUGCACACACAGCAUUUGAAUGCCAGUGUUCAUCAACUGGGGGGGGGGUCAGCCCCCUCAAAUAUUUUAUUUGGGGGGGGGGGUAAAGGGACCUUGGCCUCUAGGAGUUGGCUUCUAGGAGUCCCACUAUGUUCAAUGGUGUUUACUUACUCCCAGGUAAGUGUGCAUAGGAUUGCUGCUUAAAAACACCAGUUGCUCAGGAGGAAGAAGGGAAAGUGGUGUGAUCUGGCUUUAACAAUUAGCAAAAUGAAAGCUUAUCCCGCUGCCAGUGAGUCUCCUACAUGUGCAUAGGUUUUCUCACUGUGUUACAUUUUUGUAACAUACUUGCUGUAUUUUCUACCUUAAAGGUGUGGGCUCUUUGCUGGCACGAUUCCAGUUAUCCGAGGGACCAAGCAAACCUUCCCCGCUGGUUGUGCAAUUCACCAGCGAAGGGACCACUCUGUCCAGUUGCGAUAUUGAACUUGUUGGAGCCGGGUAUCGUUUUUCGCUUAUUAAAAAGAGGUUUGCAGCAGGUAAUUUUUUUGUUUGUUUGUUUCUAUAGAGGCGCCUUAAAUUUUCUUCUUCUAAGUGGGGGUAGGGGUGUAUCAGCAAAAUAAGGAGCUGGGUGGUUAGGUCUGGAAAGGUCAGUGUCCAGGGUUGUUUAGUCUGGGUGCCUACAUCCCAUCAUGCCAUCUGUUAAAAGAUGCAUGCUUCCCAUUGUAAUAAGGAUUUGGGGAUGGGAUGCUGGUCGCAUCUUUUCAAUUUCAUCCUAUAAUAAUAAUAAUAAUAAUAAUAAUAAAUUUUAUUUAUAUCCCGCCCUCCCCAGCCAAAGCCAGGCUCAGGGCGGCUAACAACAAACAAAUAAUCAAACAAUCAAAUAAUCAACAUUCUAAAACAUUUCAUUAUAAAAUUAAUUAAAUAAAUUAAUGGCAAACCGUUACAAAGUUCUGUGCAGGUUGCCGAGGUGGAGUCAGGCUGGGCCCUGACCAAAGGCCUGGUGGAACAACCUGUCUUGCAGGCCCUGCGGGAGAUGCUGUCCCGAGGGCCCUAGUCUCUGUGACAGAGCGUUCCACCAGAUUGGAGCCGAGCCGAGAAAGCUUCUGGCUCUAGUUGGAGGCCAGCCUAACCUCUCUGAGGCCUGGGACCUUCAGGAUGUUUUUAUUUGCACCGAGGUUCCUCUGUGGGGUACGCCAGGAGAGGCGGUCCCGUGAGGCCAGGUCCUAGGCCGUAUAGGGCUUUAAAGGUUAAAACCAGCACCUUAAACCUGAUCCUGUACUCCACCGGAGCCAGUGCAGCUGGUAUAGUACCGGGAUGAAUGUGAUCUCGCAGCGAAGACCCUAUAAGGAGUCUCGCGCACUUGCACUGAGUUUCUGGGCCGUCUCAUGGCAGCCCAAUGUGAGCAGUUACACAAUCCAGUCUGAGGUGACCUGUCAUGUGAUCGUGCUAGGCUGUAUGAGAGAUAAGGGGCCAACUGCUUUAGCUUGGCGGAGAUGAAAAAUGCCGCCUUUGUUAUAGCUGCAAUCUAGCCCAUAGAGAGGGAGGUAUCAAGAUUACACUCCAAACUUAACGGACGGUGCUGGCACUAAUUGCACUUCGCAAGAGAUGGGAGUUGCCCCCCAACUCAUAUCAGUCUUGGCCCCAGCCAGAGGACCUCUGUCUUCGAAGGAUUUAACUUCAACCGGCUUCCGCGUAACCAUCCAGCCACAGCUUCCAAACAUCUGGUCAGUGUGUCUGGGGCCGAGUCAAGAUGGCCAUCCAUCAACAGCUGUUGCCUGAUGUGUUGCUCAAACUCUAUUGAGCUGUGAGCGCACAUGGGUGCAUACAUACAUAUGGCACCACUUCUUCCUUUUUACCACCAUGGAGAAUUCCUUUGGGAUCUCCUGCCUCAAGAGCCACAGGUCUUGAUAAGAAGUUAUGGCGCAGAUGGUGUGAUGGGGUGGAGUCAUGAAGCUGCCCUCCCAACAGCAGCAUCACUGCAGUUUACGUAGAGAGGGGUGGGGUGGGGCAGAGCAGAGCAGAGCAGAGCAGUGGUGAGGUUGGGAUGGCACAGAAUGCACUACUGUGAGUGCCAGAUUGGCUUUGCCAGGGCAUAUGUGUAGACCUGCCCAGGUCAGCUGCAGUGACUCUGGUGCUGGGAAGGCAGCUCCUCCCCACCACCCUGGCCACUAGUGUCCUAUGAGGAUGCAACACACAUGUUUGGAUUUCCUGUGCCUUGUCCAAUAGCUCCAAUAUGAAUAAGAUAUGAAAAGUUGUUUGAUCUCUUCCCCUUCUUGUGCCCCACUGAGAGAUCUCAACCGGUCUGAGGCACCUGGACCUAAAGAAGUAAUUCACAAUCUUUCACAAGGAAAAGAACAUGCAAGCUUGAUUUAGCAGUCAUUCAGUAUGUUUCUCAGGUUGUUAUUAGAAGAACCUUCCUGUAAGCAGUAACUUGAAGACUAUUGCCAGGUGAAAGAUUUGAGCAAUUUGUAUUAUUAGGUGAAGUCAAGAAUCUAGAUUUGUUUCAACUGCAGUAGAGGGACAGACCUGAAAGUCCACAUUUCAUGAUAAUGUCAUCAACCACCUAGGCCGCACCUUCACUUAAGUAAUUUAAUUGAUAGGCCAGUUUGCAUGUAACGACAAGCCAUGGUUAAUGGCUUAUUAGGACUGAACAGUAAGUGGUGAAGACUUGGCUUAUCAAUAGGUCUGAACUUGGUGUUGUGGCUUGUUUUGCACUAAUAAAUCAUUAUCAGCAAGUCAUGCUUUCAUUUGUUAGAGAGAAACAAUCCACUGGGCUUGGCUGCAACAAGCCAAGUCUUCAUGACUUGUUGGUCCCAGGCACUCCAGGGGAGAAGCAAGGUGGGAGUGAUUGGUUGGUGUGGAAAAGCAUGCUGCUCAGACCUGGUAAGCCAUGAACAGUGGCUUAUUGUAAAUUGCCAUGUUUAUAAAAAUAAAGACGAGCUUUAUUAAUGUUAUGAAACUUUUAUUUUAACAUACCUUUUAUCACUUUCCUUUCAGGAAAAUACCUGGCAGAUAACUAA